AUGAUAUCUCUUCCGUCAGGUCUCCUAACCACCACGCGAGACAUCCCGUACAUCUCUGGCCGAACACACUUCCUGUCGGUUCAAGCCGCCACCUGCAGUCAACCUCCAAUCAUGUCCGUGCCCGCAAUUGUACUGGUCACCUUCUGUUCGCCAUACUGGUCCGGUAAUACCCAAAGAGCCCUUACCUGACAGCAUUUUAAAGCCUUGCCUUACCUGUGAGAGGGGGAGGCUAUUCCUGACUCAUUUUGAUUUCGCGCCUGUCCUCUCAUUUGAGUUUGCUUUUAAUGGCCGCGCAGCCAUGAAAUAUUACACCGUUAUCGUCGCGCGCCCAUCUAGUGGACUGCCUGCGGCAGUGAUGUGGAUGGCCUUGGAUCCGACGAUGACUGCCGGUCAUGCUGAAAAACAGAGCACAUCGCUGGAAUUUUGUGCGGCCGUGGGAGGUGCGAAAACAAAUGCCUGCUGGACGGGACGGCGGUGCAUAGUGAACAUUUAACUCAGUGUAAACAUAAAUACUGCUUGUGUAGUAUCAUGAGUUACCUGACAACAACUGCCUGAAACUAAAAUAAAUCAAUAUAGAGGACAGAAUUCACCAAUAUUCUAGGAGUUAGCGACCAAUGUCUUAACUACUAGUCGAUUAGCCAACAGAAAAGGCGAAUGGAAAGGCACACGAAACUGAAAUGAAUUCAUAGGAUCGACAUAGAACUAGGACAGAAAACCCAUGUUCAACCAAUGAAGCCUAGUAGAUCAGGUUUAUUUUCAAGGACUUGUAGGAUAAUAAAGUUAAAGAUCGCAGAAAGUGACGUACAGUCUUUAGAAGGGAAGAGGAGAAGAAAAAGAUGACGCUAAGAGGUUUGAAAACUGUAAAGUGGCGGAAAAGGAAGAUCCAAAAUGUCCCAUGGAAAAGUCAGAUUAAUGCCUAACACUAUCGACAAAGGCAAGGGGACUGAAAUGAUCAUUUCUGGCUUAAUGGCUGUUGUCAGUUAGCCAUACCUACCCUUGAAGCUUGAUCCCUCGACACGUUGGUAAGUAGAACAACGCAGUAACUAUUGAGUCAUGAGCUCUUUGUCCUGUCGGUUGCGAUCGCGUAUAUUAAUAAUCGUAAAGUAAUGAUCAGUGAGCGCUCGUCAAUAAUUGCCAAUUUGUUUUCAAAAGAGGGGGUCAUCUUCCAGUUGUCGGCUUCCUCAAUUUAACGCGAAUGCUGGUUUUGCGCAAAAGAAUGUUCGAUGCCGAUUGUAGCUUUCGUAAUAAAAUAGCAAGGGAUUUUGGAUGUACUACAUGCAAACUAAGUUUUAUGUAAAAAUAGAUUAAAUUCUGAAAUAAAGCAUUUAUUGGUAAUCUUUGCUUAGACAGACCUGUGAUAUUGACACAACAUACAGUUCUAUGCCAAAUUAUUUCAGUCACGGCAAGACGCCAGUUUUGAAAUAGGCGUAUUUUCGAAUGCCUCAUAAAAUCCCACUUGAUAAAUUAAUCACUUGUGUUGAUCAAAAUUUCAUGAACUUGAAGAUGAACGGAAAUAUCCUUUUAGACCCAUUUUCGGUGGAGCUGGUGUACCUUAAAGUUUAUACUUAGACAAACAAUAUCUUUCAAUUUUCUCCAAAUUUUCCUAUUCUGGAUGGGUUCAAACCCAACAUACAUUUCAUUAAGGGAACAUCACAGGUUUUUCUGCACUACAAAGACGGUUUCAUGUAGAAAUAGCAACAUGAUUCAUUAUAAGUUUAUUAGGUUUCUUACCUCAAAAGAAACGGUAAUAAGCGACAGAUAGGAUGUUAUUUCCAUAUACUUUUAACAGUUUAAAAAUACCAUUAGUUCACACUUUUUUAAACUAAUGGAUACAUUGCCGUAAAAUGGUACUGCGAAAAAGACGUAGUUUACUACAAGAUCAGUACACGAGAGUACCUUUAUGUGUAAGCUUGUUUGAAGAUAUGUUUGAAUUACCAAUGUAAUCGGAAACCAAGAAGGAAUCGCAUGCUUCUUAAGCAGUCAUUGUUCAAAAAAUUUAACGUUUGCAGGCGGCCGAAAAGACGAACUAUUAAGAGCUAGCAUCCAGACGCGACUGAAAUAUUCCUUGAUUAGACUGCAUUUCCAGUAGACGUACUACCGUAAUAAAGUAGCCGUUUCUGACAAAAAUCGUUUUUCAAAAUUUUUAUUAGCGUUUUAUGAGUUGAAUCACCAGGGCCCGCACUUCUUUCCACAAGAUUGGUGUUUUUUACCGUAAAUUACGAACUCACGGUUCUCCACACAAGCCUCUACACAAGCUCAAUUUAAUUUGACUCCAAACUGGUUUUUAUUAUCAAUAGCUCUUUUUUAAAAUAAUUGAUUUCGUAUGCGAGUCCAAAAGUUUCUAGAAAGUAAGCAACUUAGAGGCUGUUCUGCGGAACUAAGAUAAUUUCCAGCGAAAAACAGCGUUUUUGAACUGAUAUAAAAAUAUUGUUUUGCUUGUGCUACUUUCGAAGUCGCAUGCAAAUAUCUUCCAAGUUCUGUACCACUUGUGAGUAUAAGAAUCGAUAUUUAACGAGUUCGGAUAUUCGGGUCGUUGAGUUAACGCGCACUUUUGCAUAAGUUCCAUAUGCAUGCCGAUAUAGGUUUCUCUUAUAGACAGGACGGACAAAAGAACCUUUAUAUCGAUGCUUCAUGGAAGAUAGCUUUCGCUGACUGUAAUAUUCGGAGAUAACAUACAUUUAUAAAAAUCAACGUUCAGUCGGAGAAAAAAGUUUCGAUUUCAAAACUGUUCCAGUUCUUUUAACAAGUCUAUGAGUUAUCCAACUGUAGAAGCAUGAAAAUUUUACUGUUAACUUGGAUAAAAACACAUGUUAUGCAGCUUUAAGCCGUGAGAGCACCGAGGAAUUUGGCAAGUUUGUACUUUAAAGGUAAGAAAUCACCUUCAUACUUCCAUCCAAAACUUGUUCAUAAAAACCGGGCAUGUUAGUCAUCCAACUGUUGCGGAUGAAAUAACCAGGUCCAUUUUGAAAAUUGGAAAAAUGCCAUAAACUCCAUGGAGCCCGGCGGAGGACACUCCUCCGAAUUUUCAUUGAACGUCUGUUUAAAAUUUUGGUGAGCACUUAUGUUUGGAGUGGAAAGUUGUUGUGUAUCUAUCGGACAAAGUUCAACCGGUUGCGGUUAUUUCAAGUGUAGUGUAAAGGCUUUACAGGACACAUUCAAUUGCAGGACUGGACUACCACCACUUCUCCCGGAAAUCCAUGCUUACAUGGUUUCUGGCUUAAUUUGUUGGAUAGAGUCUGCACUUAGUUAUUGCCCUCGGAAAUGAUACUUUUAGGGAUUAAAGAGAUUCCACUGAUGUUUGACUAUCUGCCCUAAAAAGGAUGCAACUAUAUGCAGUUAGUGGCAGCAUAUGUCUCAAAACUGAAUCACGCUGUCUUCAUACAAUAAUACGGUGAGGACUUACUUCUAAUAAUAUAAUAGCAAAUUGGCCCUCAAAGAUCUGUACGAACAAAAUUCAGGGCUUAGAAGGAAGUAAACCGUUUAAAAUGCGCGCAUUUAGAUGGGAGGAUAUUGUGGAGUACAGUUCUACCAAUACCGUUACGGUUACAAUCUCUCUGGGGUGAUGUAAAAGAAUACAUUGACGUUUUGGGGGUGGAUUUCAGCGAAACCUUUGAAUUUCCGUGCAUCCUACGCAGUAAUCAUUGUUUACACUUAACUGCCACUUUCUAAGAACCGUCGGUUCGCACAGAGUCAUUUCGAUAUGCGCUCGACUGCGUAGUCCCUCUUUAUCGGACAGUUUUAGGGGUGGUAAAUUUUACCGCUGAGAUAGACAGGAAGAUUAAGCCUCUGUCGGUCAUAAAAACUAUUCUCUUAAGCAGAAAAUGGCCUUCAACUGACAAGGCUUAAGCUAUCAGACAGGCGAUUUAUCAGAGAAAAUAGAUCUUCAGCAUCAGGUUCACACCACAGCAGCCUUCAACUUUCACUUAUGGCCUUUUCCGCAGUAGAAGCCGGAUCCUGCAGACUAAUGUUUCUCACCUCACCCGUCCCUACAAUUGGCAGACAAAGUGACUUCUUUCAAUUUUCUGAAAAGCAGUUACCGCCGUACAUGCUGUAUCCGCAAUCCACCCGUUGUUUCAUUGUCCCUUCUGAAGAGCAGGCAAAACUAAUCCAAUUUUUGUAUGAAAAUGAAGGCCAGAUGUCACCAAUCUUAGGGAUUUACAUAUCUGUGUUUUUGGAAAAAAUGGCGGACCUCGAUGUGACCCUCGACCAAACUAACUCUUAAAGAGAAACACAACUUUAAAAUUUGAAUACGUGAUCCAGUCGAAUCUUUUAAGUCUUUACAUCGGACCUCAGGUAUUAGGGACUUAUCUUUCGGUGAAACGGAGUCAUCAAAUAUAGGCUGGGAUCCCAGAAUCCUGGAUGUGUAUCCCCAACCAACUGCUCUGCUGGAAUUAGAAAAUUUGCCGUCUAAAGAGCCGAAAAAAAGCAGCAUAGAGCACUUGGUCAACAGAACUGUCGGCGAUAGGUCUGAGAGGUGGGCAGUCAAAGCCUGACCCUCGUUUUAUCUCUGAGUAAACAUCUAACUCCCCUACAGCCUACCCCAGGCAACUUUUCGACUAAACUUCCAGCCUUUGGCUUUGAUGCAAUAGCACUGACUCGCCUCUUGUUUAUGCGGCAGGGCAUAUGUAAACGUAGUAUUGCUUGACAGGUAAAACCUGGCAUCUUCAAUCCGCAAACUUCGCACACUUCUGCCUCUCCGAUGCCUUAAUAUCAGUAAGGUUACUUGAUAAAAAGGAUAACUGUCCAAAAUUCGAAAGAAUUCUCAAGCUGUCCAGUUCGCUGUCGUCCAAGUCUUUUGCGCUUCAAAUGUGCACCAGACCGCAGUCUUGCAGAAGUCUGUCGCGUUCAUAGUGUCAGAGUGCUAAAUCAUCAUGGACACUUUCUCAAUAUGUAUAGCUAGAUCUCUCCGUAAGCAAAAGCCUUUGCCUAGAGACGUUUUUGUGCGCCAAUAUUUACAUCAAAAACCGUAUAAAAAUACAGACACAUAAAAAGAAUAACAAUUUAAAUAAUCCUUUAACGCACAGAUCUUCAUUUUGGUCAAUGUAUUCAGACGGCUAUUUGCAAGCCUAUGUGCCUCAAUCUGUUAUACAUUCGAAAUGUCUCAAUUUUUAAAAUUUAGCAUGGUCCAUGGAAAGGAGACUAUUAACUUUUCAGAGGGCUGAAGUGUUUUAAGUGUUGCCAGUACUUCUCGACUAUUCUGUCGGAAAAGAUUCCGCAAGCACUUUUGCAUGGGUACUUUUCCUCACUUCCAUUGAUUGAUGCCUUAUUUCUCAGUCGACUGUCAGAAUAUUGGGAAUUUUCGCAGUUCACUUUGGCACCGCAAAAAUAAAUUUUGCUUUGUGCAUUCUGGGACAGCUUUAACAAAACAAAGCUAAAUUUUAAAUAGUAACUCCUUUUAGGUACAGUAAAUGUGUAUAAUCUUGAAAUGUUAACCUGAAUUCUGAAAUACGUUUUCAACUCGAAAGAUUACUUAACAAUACAAUACUAUACGGGUAGCAAUAACUAUGACAUCAUAAUAAUGGUAAUAUUGAUUACCGUGCACUAUAAUCCAAAAAUAUUACAUACACUUCGAAAUAGCGGCUUUUGAGUGAAAUUCUUUCCGGCAGCCUGCAAAAAUACACGUUGCAGAACAGGACUGCCAAAGUAGAUUGAAUUCUCUAGUUGAUUUUAAAUGCUCUUAUAAAUUCAAACAUAUGUUGCGGAAAUAAUACAUAAAAUGUUCAUUCUUUGACUCAUUUAGUGGGAAAGUAAAUAUUUUUUAAAUAUUUUUAUUGACAGAGGGCAAAAAUUAGGUUAAACACAGUUUCUGAUCGCAAAAUUUGUAAAACCCAGAAGUGCCCGUUUAUAAAGCGUUAUGCAGUUAAAUUUGCCAACGUUGCUUGUUAAGUAUACAAUGUAGCGCGAACCCCCUACUGCAUUUUACGAACCCCAUAUAUUUUCCUUUCAACAGCGUAAGAAAUGUAUGAUUUUUCGCGCACGGAAAAUAUACAACUUGUUGUUUGAAAACCCCAAAUGCAAGUGUAACGACAUGCCGGGUUUGAAAUUAUUCAAGAGUUGAGAAAGUGUUUUCAAACCGAGAGAUGUCCUUUUUCAAGUUUAAAAUUGCAGCAAGACAUUAUUUUAUACCAAAUAAGCAAAAGGAUAAAUAUAUUUAUGCAUGUUUUUUGUCAAAUAUAGUUGGGUGUGAAGAGUAUGGAGAAUUAAUUGUUAAAAUUCAUAUUACUUAAGUAGUGGCGUUUUUACAGACGGGAGCUUCAAAUGCGUCUGGAAAGAAUUUCAUUCAAAAGCUGGGAUUCAGUGGUAAUCGAAAUACCUAUAGAUGACGAUACUUGAUGAUUUAUCAAAACUCAUCUGAAGUAAGCUUUUCCAGUUGAAAAAGCACUUCAAAAUUCCGAUGAACAUUUCAUGAGUCGGCUCAUCUACUACAAGUCUGUCAAAUAGGCGUUAAGCAUAUUUGGUUUUUUGUAAAUAAGGACUUCAGUGUCGAAUGUUAGCACAGCCAGCCCUCGUGAGCCGCGCACAAAGUCCCCGUGAUUUGUGCGAAAAUUCAAGAAUAACUUAGGAUUUGUCGUCAACGCGCCAAUCGAAAAAUACAAAAAAGGCAGUGACUAAAUGUGAAGACAAACUUACAUUAAAACCUAAUUAGAGUGUGUGCAACUUAUAAUUAUUACAUGAAGCAUACAUUUGAGAACCGCGUAUCGUGAAUUACUUUGUAAACACCAGGUUUGUCGUAACAGUAUAUAAGCUGACAUAAAAGAAUCCACAGCAAAACACAUGCUAUCAUUAGGUAAGUUGUAUCUGUUUCCAUUUUCUAUACUUGAACGUAGUAGAGCAGGGUGACUGUGAACAGAAUUUGCUUGCUAGAAAGUGAAAAAGUAUUAUUUACAAGCUGCAACUAUUUUCUUCGAAUAAACGUUCUUUUUGAGGUUGACAGUUUGUAUUCCAUUUAAACUAUAACGUACAAAAUAAUGGUCGAAGUGGGAGCUGUUGUAUGGUCUACUGACUGACCUAAACACGCUAGGAUACUCAGCAGGCGCAGGCAUCAGCGAAAAAUGUUUGGUUUUCAGACACGAAGUUUUUUCUGUAAAACGGCAAGUAUUUUCAAUGAUAAUGGAGGCCGUUAUGUCUGAAAUCGUCCUUGGGCUGUCAGAAAACACUACAGCUUUCUAUUUGUCCAGUUGAUAGGCAGAAAGGAGGACACCUGCAUUUUAUACUAAUCAGAUUCAGCAAAUGUAGACAGUUCCUGAGAGCUUUUAUCCACUUAAGGGCUUCUCAGAAAAUGUUGUCUCACAAGCCAAGGGUUCGAAACAUCGUCUCACAAGAAAAAGAACCGCAUCUCUAAGGGCUGUAAGAACUUUAUUUCCUACCAAAUUGGAAACGCGAAUUCAAAAGGUUUUCCGUUAAAAAAUAUUUUUUUUGCACAUGAAUGCUUAUUCUAUGUGUGUCUGGUUUAAUUAAGAUCAAAACAGAAAUAAAACUUCUUCCCUUGUGCAUGGUUGCCUGUUCGAGGUGUUUUGCUAGUCAAACAAAAACAGCGUUUUAAUGCCAACUUAUUAACGUUUUCGUCAAACUUUCCCUAGUCCUGCCAUGAGUUCUACCAGUGUAAAUGCUUUCUGCGCUAACUAGUUAAAUAAAAAAAUGUGUGUCAAAUCUACAUUUGUGGCAAAUUAAAGGAUAACUUACCUAAAUUUUGUCGCAUUUUUCAAUGAAACAUCGCACAAAGUUAUAUAAAGAAUGCAUAAAUCCGUAUACAAUCUCGUGUUUUCGAGAUAAGACAGCGAAUAAAACUUCGCCUAAUCGGAUUUACGUAGAGGGAUGAGUACACUUGGAAGUCCUUGAAAGCUGUUUGAGUCAACAGUUCUUAAACGAGAGUUGGUCUGAGGCUAACUGCAGCUAAGACUGAUUACAGUGGCCAACUCUUUUGCGCAAAGGAGUUGAUAAUCUCAGUGACGCGGAGUGAGUUAAGUGAAGCCUUACGGAGUUUCUCCGUAAAUGGAGACAAUCACGGCUAAUAAAAAAACUUCUUCAUAAAACAUCCGGUCUAACAGGAUUCGUCAUGCAAGGUAUUGGGUUAUCGUAUGAAGACAGUUAAACCGCACGCACAGCUGACAGCUGCGCUCCCAGACCUGAUCCGUGUGUGAUCGCUCGCUUGCUUGUUCCUGCAAAACAGACUGAAUGCUGCCAGAAGGGGCAUGAUCAGGUUCAUCUUGUAGACGCCGGCUCUCAGGCGAGCAUGAGAGAAACCUUCCGGAUGAUGCACAGGGUUCUUGGGGAACUGAUCGAGGCUGCUGCGUCGAAACACACUGGUGACGGUGGAGGCGGUCGAACAUGCCUAUGGGAUGCUGUCCUGUGUGCAACAAAGCACCUCCGUGGCUUUCUUUAGCCAUGUAUGACUGCCAAUCCAUUGUUACGGUGCUGACGAUGGUCACGCGUUCGUUUACUCUCUCUGCCGAUGAAGUGAUUCCCUGAACCCGAUCCCCCAUGACCGAUAACCGGCCAAAAGUGAUCCCGCAGCAAGCAAAACCGCCCUUCCUUUUUCCCUUAAUCACUCUAUGGCGUGAAAAAACUUCGCAAAGCUGUUGCAGUCCGCCAUACCUUCGGUUUUCUAACUUCCACUCCCACAGUUCAAGCCUGUUACUAAGAUUAACCCCUAUUCUGUAGAUUUAGACCAACCAAUUAAGUAUCGGCAAAUUGAAAUUUCAGACUGCCACCGCAGCUGCCGAUUUCUAUGGCAGACGAGAGGGCACAAAUGCAUCUGGUCCGCUUCCAUGAGCCAGCAAGUUGUCACUAGUGUGACUGAGGUCACAGGGCCAUAAGAUGGGAGACAGAGAGAUGAAGACGCCUCUCACAGAGACUGUCCUGUGAAAACCUCCAUAGCUAUAUUCAGGCGAGCGAACGUUACUUUCGAUAACUUCUCGUCAGGCCAUUACAAAUUUAUGGAAAGGGGUGGAGUGAGGGAAGAAAAUCGAUAAAGGACUUGCGUCGCGAGAACAGGUAUCCUGACAGGUUCACUGCAAAGAGCCUUGCCGAACAACCCGAAGAACCCACCACCCUUACUGCCGGAAAUAAAACGUUGUUUCUCAAAGUCGCUUUCCAAGAAGAUGCUCAAGUGAACUCCUAAGAAGACGCCUUGACCAAGCUGCCUCGGGAACCUUCCCAGCAGCAAGGGUUCGCAUAUCAUUCUCCACUAACCCUAUUCUACGCGGAGAAGGCAAGGAUAAGCUGCCACCGCAGACUGCCUCAAUGUGCAUCUAUUCAUUCACUUGCUCCUGUAGAGCAGAUUACAUUGGUUGUACGAGUCGGUAUCUUUCCAAAAGAAAAUGAGAACAUCUUCCCGCGUGGCUGGCAAAAGGUGAAAGAAGGAGAAUAGACAACGCCAUCCUUGCGCCUGCAGUGGAUUCAGAGCAUCGUGUGGACCCCGCUAAAGCAUUCCGUGUGAUUUAUAAGGUCCCCUCGAGCUAACCUGAGCUAUUGGGCCAGAAUCUGUUAAAAACAGCAGAAUUGGCCGCCAUGAGGAUAGAAAAAACUGAUCCUAUGCACCCAAAAGAACCUCGUUCAGGCUCCGCGCUUACCGUGGUCAAAGGUUGAAUAACCACAUACAAUUUUCUGCGUCUUUCCGCUCUUACCUAGCCUGUAUUUUAAAAACGAACUUUCCUGAGACAGAUGCCUACACGGAACGCCAUCUGGGAAGAUUUAACCGACGUUAUUUUCAUAAUGCAGACUGCUAGCUGAGGGGGUGUGGAGGGUGUACGCACUCAUUGUUGUCCUCCAAAAGGACGUCAUAUGCGUCUAGCUAGUUUCAGCGUAACUUAAUUAAAUGUUAAUCCGUUUGCGCAGACAAUGUGACCACACUUGGUGCUGAGAAAUGAAUGGCCACACCAGAAUACUUUGUACUUUUGUCAAAAUGUGCGAUCGCAAUCGACCGUACAACGAAUCCGUAAUUCAGUGCAUUGGACGUCUUAGCAAUAGGUCGCAAGUUUAAUCUGCGGGGCUACGCAUCUCGCGGCUGUGUAUAUUUAGUUAAUGAUGGCUAACCAGUUCAAAUAAUCCCUCUCAGUCCUCUUUGUCCUUUCUGUUCAUAUUUCGCACUGUUGACCGGGGACGCCAAAGUACAUGGCAUUUGUUUAAUUUUCGAACCCUCAAAGCCUGAUAUUUUGUUUUCUUGAGUCACUGUGGCUAGCAUUACCUCAGCAGACCAUUCAUAAAACUGUUGCCAGAGAUACGGCCCUAACCCAAUAUUCAACAAUUUCCAGGCGAAAUUGUGCUGGCUUUUGCGUUAUAAUACUCAACGGUUUCUGACAUCGCUUGCCUUCUCUCCCCUCCCCCAGAAAUCCCUCAAAUUCUGAGGUACCAGCCCUUCAGUGGCGGACAGUACGUAUUUGAAAAUGCAACCUUUGAGAACUGCUCACUGCAACCCGAGGUCUGGGACGAGGACAACUACGGAAAGCCCACGAAACGAACUGAAACGCCGGUGGGCUGCAAGCCGGACAGAACGAUCGCCUUUGUGGAACUGUUGCCCGCGACAGAGUCUUCUAACCUUGCAUGUAUGGUGGAUCCGGAGUUGAUGAGAACAAAAUUCAGCACUUGUGGUGAGAUUUUAAAGUAGAAUUUAGUACUCAGAUUCGUCUAUUGCGUUAGACAUGAGGAGAAACAGCGGCAGCAUGGCACGAGAACGCUCGUUCACUUUGCUUCCAUUGCAAGAUGACAAUUUUAUUGAACCUCCUCUAUCCCUCUUUCGGGAACGGUCUUAGAAAGUACUGGCGUGUCUUCACGCCGCCUGUACUGUAGGCAGGCUAAAUCAUGAAUUGUCAACCGAAACUCCAAAAUGCGUUUUCUUUUCGAAAAGAUUAAUUAAAGGUGUUGUAGAACUAAUUAGCAUGCAGCAUAAUCCUAUAAUAAUUUGGUCACCCCAAGAUGGCGGCUUUUAAACAAACUUCUUUGUGGCUGCAUGCAAAAGCUACAAUAUGUAAAAAAUGAUCAAUUAAUUAGCAUGCGUUUUUCUAAUUAACUUUCGAGAUCCAUAAAAAUUUAAUUAUAUUUCCUGAAAACCAUAGAUAAACAGUUCGUUCUUUUUUUCAUUCGGUAGAAAAUGACGUUUUCAUCCAAUGUUAUACUAGAAGAAAAAGUAUAAUUCGCUUUUCAAGAACUUUUCAAAUUUCCGAAUAAUUUUGAACGCGAUCUGCCGUUACGCUUGCAUUUAGGAUUUUCAAACUAAAAACUGUAUGUUUCCCGCGUACAGAACGCAGUGCAAUUUUUUACAGUGUUAAGAGAAGAUUAAAUAGGUUUCAUAAAAUUUAGCAGUGGAUUUGAUCCAUAUUGUUAACUUAACAUGCAUUUACAUGGUAAAUGCAGAGGUAUAACGAUUUAUGAAUAAGCAUUUCACGGUAUUAAAAUUUGUACUAGCAGAAAGGUUUCUAAAACUGAAUUAUACCCUUCCUUCGAGUAUAACAUUGUAGGAGGACGUCAUUUACUACCGAAUAAAUAAAAAAACAAAAAGUUUAUCCAUGUUUUCCAUGAAUUAUAAUUUAAUUUUUAGGGGCAUCGAAAAUCAGUGAGGGAAACGCAUGCUAUUUAAGUGGCUAUUUAUUGCAGAAUAUAUCUAUUACAUGAAGCCGGAAAGAAAAUCGUCUAAAAUUUAGAAUUAUUUUAAAAUCAUGCUGCAUGAUGAUUAGUUUUACAACCUCUCUAAUUAAUUUUUCUGAAACAAAAACGCAUUUCGAAAUUUCAGUAAACAUUUCAUGAGUUAGCUCACCUACUGCACAUAGUGAAUCCAGCGUGUGGAACUGGUAUGGAGAUGUUUUAACUAUCAAACAAAUCGUUUACAUCCAUCUCAUGUCAGAAAAAUGAUUUGGUCUAGGAUGCGGCACCCUUGCCCUCAACCUAACCCUAGUUUUGCUGGAAUUUGGCUUAAAGACAGCCGUGUUGCCGGCGGUUCCUGCUUUCAAGUUCCGUUUAGGUGGCCUUGCAAGUCAGUCUUACAGAACACUUUAAAUCUUUUGGAUCUGGAGAAAAGCGAAAAUGCACUUCUCCUUGCUAUUGAGUUCGGCAACUUACGUAAAUGCCAGUUUUCUUUUAGUCAGCUAGUGAAUGCUGUCGUCUUGGGGAGAGGGGUAUCCGCGGGCAUAAAUAAAUAAUGACUUCGGCUAGGCGUGCGAAAAUGAAGUAGGCAGAUUCCUGUAUUGAGGUACUAAACUGUCGGUUAAUGACAUCCGGAGAGAAAAGUGUGAUUCUCUUCGAAGAAUCCGCAUAUGCAGACCUAAUGAUUAUGCAAUAUUCGGCCUUAAAACGUCUGUCAUUGUCAUAGUUUUGCAGAAUUCGUUAUGUGUAUGUAUGUGAUCGAUGGAUGUCCGUUUGUGAAUGCCAUCUUCAAGGCAUUUACAAAGAGCCAUAUCCAUUUUAGCAGCUUAAGGACAUCAAAAUGCUCCUUGCAAAAAAGCGAAAAGAAAUGUUAGUUUUCUAGGAGAAGACAGGAAGGAGAUCAGUGCGCUGUGGGGAGAAAUCACAUAUCAGACCUUAUCAUGAUCGCGUAUAUUUCUAAUAUGCACGCGCAAACCCACCAUACAUGAGCCUUCCCCGGCUAGAGGACGAAAUAGCCACCUGUAUCCACUUCAGCAGUCGCAAAUAGACUGGUGAAGGCCAACUCCACCUACAGUGGGUAACAUAUGCCACGGAACAUUGGGCAAAAAUAAAAAAAUAUUUUUUCGGGAUGUAACACUAAUUGGCAUAUAGCAAUUGUAUACAGAGAAUGAGUCUUCGCUUUGCAGUUUGCGUCUUUCCCGUAUAAUUUGGCCAUAUACAGUAGGUGAACAAACAUGUGAAAUGUCAACCGAAAUUCUGAAAUGCGUUUUCGUUUUGAAAUAUUUACUUCAGUAGGGUUGUAAAACUAAUCAGCUUGCAACAUAAUUCUAUAAUAUUUCAGCUACCUCAGAAUGUCAACUUUCGACUGAACCUCCUUCCGGCUGCAUGAAGAAGAUUUACUGUAUAAAAACGACUACUUAUGUAGCAUGAAUUGUUCUUAGUGAUUUCUGAUGCCGCUAAAUGCCCAAUUAGCUUUCAUGGAAAACAUGCAUAAAAAUAUUCAUCUUUUGGCUCAUUCGGUAGAAAAUUAACAAACCAAAUUACAUCGUUCCUUCGAGCAGAAUAUCAGAGAAGACGUUAUUGUCUAUCGAAUGAGCAAUAGAAUUAAUAUUUUUACGCAUGAUUUCCAUAAAAGAUAAUUAAAUUUUUAAGGGCAUCAAAAAUCAAUUAAAAAAUCCAUGCAAAAUAAGUGUUUGUUUUUAGAGAGUGUAGUUUUGACAUGCAGCCGGAGGGAAGUUCAUUCGAAUGCCGGCAUCCUAAGGUAAUUGAAAUAUUAUAGAAUUAUGUUGUAGGCUAACUAGUUUUACAAGCUCACUUAAUAAAUCUUUUUGAAACGAAAACGCAUUUCGGAAUUUUGCUUUACAUUUCUUAGGCGUGAUUUUUUCUUUUAAUUACAUUGGACUUGCGCGGCACUUGAUGGUUCGACCAUCUAUUUCAAUGAUGUCCACCGUGAGCCCCACAACAGCAGCAGCAGUGGGAGCAGAAACGGUGACUUACGCAGGGGUUUACAGUUCCAGUAGACUUGCGCUGCAUCUACCUACACUCUCUCCUCCUCCCUCGCCCGAGCCCGGUGUCGAGACAGAGUCAAAAGGACCGGAGACGAGGGAAGCCGCAGGUGGAUGACUCGGACGGAUCCUCACCUUGGCGUUCCACCACACCCCCUGGUCCACACAACAAAUAACCAGGAUUUCAACCAACAAAACAGAGAUUUGGAGGCUGUCACGUCCGAUGCCGCACCUAGGAGUGCCGCCGACGCCUGGCUCGGAUCCCAUACUAUGGUAGGAGUGCCAUAAAGGCCACAUUAAAAAGGAGCCAUUUCAGCCUGACUCUCAGACCUUCAGUCAAGGAGGUCCAAGUUAUCACGUCAGGUGGCAACCUUCCAAGCCACGGCUUUAGGCUCAUCAUGAUAGCUUCAAACGCGUCAGAUUGUUUUAAGUGAAGAGAAAGUGCGCUGAGUCGUCGAGCUUACUCUGCCUUCCCAUUCCCACAUCUCAGUCGCUGUCCAAACCGGUCAGCAGACCGGAGUGGGGAAAGGUAGCGGUGGCUGGCGUGGUCGACUGACCAUGACUGUGCGCGCCACGUGUACGACCUUACCCCCCAUACACACACACACCAAGAUUUCGCACAACGGGGUUGAAGGGCUUGUCUCUCGCUUACGUGAGAGGGCCGUGGAAGGUGCUGUUUCAGCCCGUCCUCAGCCCACCAGUCCGCCAAUUCACACAACACACAUACACAACGGGACAAACUGCGUGGAUCAAGUUGGUGCGUCAAUCAGUAACUUUCCUACCCACGACGUUUGACGUGUCGGGAUAGUCUCAGACUCAAGUCACCCGUGCAGCCGAAGCCGCAUGGGGACCAAGUCGAGAUGCGGACUUCCCACUUGCGUGGGAGGUGACAGUUGGGUGCUUGUGGUGGGUGAGUGUUGAUGUGUGGUGGGGUGAUGGUGAUUGUAGAGGCAGGGAGGGAGGGUGUUAUGGUGUGGUGAAGAAGGUCGUCGUGGGUGCGCAUGUGGCUGAAUAGGCCCAUGCGAUGCGUGAAGGAGCAAGGGCAGUAUGGACAGUGGAGGCGAGUGCUUUGGGCGUAGGCUGGUGCUCCUGGCACAGGUUUGCCAGUCUCUGGGCGAUCGAUUCGCAAGUGACUGACCAAGUCGACUUGUGAGGAGAAGGUGCGGUUGCAGUGAGGGCAGGUGUAGUCCUGGUCCUUACCCCUGGAGUAGGAGGUUGGAGGGAUGGUGUCUGUUGUUAUGUCAUGGAUGUGUGUGAUGCUGAUGUGAGUGACGGCCACCAGAGUGUCCGUGGUUGGUGCAGUGAGGCAGGAGGAGAAGAGGCCGGAGGAAGAGGAGGAGAAGGAGGAAGAAGAGGAGGAGGUGGAUGGGGAAAAGGAGGAAGGGGGAGAAAGAGGAAGAGGGAGAGGUGGAGGAUAGAGGCGGUGGCUCAGAAGAAUUGUCAGAGUUAGUUGGCGGCAAAAAGGGCGAGGAAGAGGCGGGCGGUCGGACGGCGUUUGGUGCGGUAUGGGAGUUGCAGCACCUACCGCGCUCUCUCCUCCUUUCCCACAUGGAUCCAAUGUCAAGACCGGGUCCAAAAUAGUGGUAGGAUGAGGAGUCGCAGACUGCUGGCGCGGUGAAGACUGCAUGUAGGCGUACCACGUCCUCUAGUUCACAACAGACUUUGACCAGUAUUUUGUACCAUUACACAAAUAGGGACGCAAGGAAAACCGGCAACUAGGCGUGUCACCACAUACCACAUUUUGGAGUUUGUUAUGGGAGCGCAUUCUCGAUAACUCCUGGCGGACUCCAAUCUCUGCCUCGUGUUGUUCCAGCGCAUCUACCGCGCGACCUGUUUUAAGGACAGAGAAGUAGUUCAUAGUAAAACAAACUUGUACGGUAACUAGCGCACUUCCUCUCUCCCCCUACUCGCCUUAUUCCGGCAACAAGAGAAAGUCAAGAGAACUAAAGAUGGUUUCGUAUACAGCGACCGACAAAUCUACUUACCCCGUCUACGCGAUCCGCGCAUCCGAUUUGUUUCCCACUGCGUGUGUCAGGCCUUGUGAAGGCAGCUUCGAUCUUGCAUUCCCGAGAGUGCCAUAAAGCUUGCGUUAAGAAAGAGCCAUUUUAAUAAAAUCCCACGUCCUGAGAGCGACACAAGCUGUCACGUUAAUUGUCAACCUUCCAGGUAACGAUCCACAACGUGUCAAGAUAGGCUCCAGCGCUUUAGUUUAAACAAAGUGGGUAAUGCGCUGCCUUGAAUAGAAUUUUCCUAAAUUCGGCCGCAUCCUUUCUCUCUCUCCUUUCUCAUGCAUCAGGUGACUGUUUGGACCUGUUAAGCAGCUUGUGGGUAAAAUAAGCAAAGUGAUUGAAACGGCUUGAGAAUGCGAUAGUACGAUAGUACUUAAAUCUCGCAUGAACAUAGAGCAGCCCAAUAAACGAAUGCUGUGCCAGUCUGGUUUCAGUUUCCUUCCAGCUCACUCACAGCCUAUUCCGUUUUGGUAGCAGGUAGACUACACGAACGGUAUUAAUAAACGUGCUUUUAAAAUAAUAAUUGCAACCUUCUAAUUUCACACCACGUAGCAUUAGAAGUAAACUGUCCCAAAAUACGGGGUUUGAAGAGGACUUUAUUUUCCUUAGGAGGAGGGUAAGUGAAAAUGCUUUCCAACAGGCAGAUGUGAACUUAAAUAGGCCUCUAAAAUCAACGGAAAAUUACCUACUACAUAAUCGGCCAUUUUUUUUGGCUGGUGAGGAUUUUGCCAAUGACCGUUAGGAUGCGUAUUAGAAAGACAGUAGCCGGUCCGGUGUGGUUAUGUAGCCCCACCUCACGUAAACAAAAUCCAGCCACCUGUAAUACGGGAUCGGUGGUAAUAGGGGUUUUUACAGGUGGGGCCGGGGAACGCACAGGCGAUGCGGUCAAGUAGCUGUAUGCAAAAGAACAGCUAAUAGGAAUGCGCGGUUGUACUUUGGGUGGUCGAGAUAUAGCUGCCUAACCCUAACCUUUAACCCUAACCCCUAAAUCUAGCCCCUAACUCUAACCCCUGAGCAUAACCGCUAACUGUAGCCCCGAGCCCUAACCCCUAAUCAUAACGCCUAAUUCUAACCCCUAAACCGAGCGCCAACAAUACCGUGACUAUUAGGCGGGGCUCCAUAACCACAUCUUACCCAGCAGCCUGGCGUGUUCGAAUAACGUCACUAUCAUACUUCACGCUAAUCAGUACUGCAAACUCACUCACCUAGCCUCCUCUAACAAAAACAAUUUUCUUUAAAAUUCAGGCUUCCAGGUUCAUGAGUUAAGACAUGCAUUGUAUUUUGAAAAUGGAAAUUGCCAAUUGACCUCUUUACUCUUUAAAAAGAAGUCAGACAUGACGUAGUCACUGGGUUAGUUCUGAGAACGUUACUUCUACGUAAAAAUAUUAACAAUAAUUACUUUAGUGAGCAGGUAAGGUGCAUUUAUUUGUCAUUCUUAAGGUUUUUUAAACGAAGCUUCCUUCUAAAAGUUUCAAUCAAGUUUAUUUUAAUGACCCUGUAGUACAUUUAUUAAUUUUUUACACUUUAGGUUCAUGGUUGGUUCGCAACAGUUAGCUUGAGCGAAACAGACUUAAGGGCCUUAUCUGCGUUAGACUUCAUCCCUACUGUGGUCUGAUGUUUCGUUUUAUUUUUUUCUUUCUUGUCCCUGUUGCGAACAGUUUUGAUUAACAGAUUUCCAGAUGAAUGUCUGUACGAUUUAUCGAGCUAUUUAUGGAAUGUUUUUGUGCUCGAGGCAUCAAGAUAAUGCUAGGUUCGUAAACAAACUCUGUCUGAAACGGGCUUUCCGACUAUCAAAGAUCCCAUGAUUCUCUGACUUAUAGUUAACAGUCUAGAAACCAAUGGAUUUAUUAUUAAAUUACGCUUCUCUAAAAGUAAGUGUGAUAAAAUUUCUUUCCCAAAUGCUAUUUAACCAUUUAUAGCGGUUCUAAAGAAGGUUGGCAAAUUUUGUGCAAAUACAUUCAUAUAUGCGUAUAAUAUAGGUGAGCAUUUUUUCUUAAAUUUUCAAGACUAGUUCCCCAGCUCGUUUUAAAACUUAUAGGUCAUGUAUAAUUAGCUAUUUAACCAUGUUGAAUGAAUGAUUCUCCGGUUGACCAAAAACUGCAUAUUGGCUGCUCUGGCUUUUAUUUGUCGUUGGGUUAUUCGUACGUAGCGUAUACAUCACUAUGCCGAUUAAAGAAUCGUUCAUCAGAAUGUAUCGCUUUCAGAAAUUCAUGGCGUCUUCUUACUGGUUAGACGCCAACAGUAAGAGUAUUCUCUAAUGCAUAUUUAUAUGCAGUACCCAUUAUGUGCAUAGCUAUCUGGGAUAGAUGAUCUCGCCUCUUCACUGUUAACUGAUGUUCAUUUAUAUGUUUUGAGAUAGAUUUUCCAGUUUUUCCACAGUAAACAGCAUUACAACUGACACAUGGGAUCUUGCAAUAAGCACCUUUUCUAUAGAGCUCUCAAACCUUAUUUUUAGGUUGUACACACUGGGUGGGCAAGGUGGUUUCCAGCUGGUGUGCUACUUGUAUCUGAUAUUUUUUCAGCUGUCUUUCGACGGGCUCGGACGUCUUUUUCAAAUAUAAGAGAAUUCACCAGGUGAUCGCUUUUAGUAUUCGGAUGUCCGCAAUGGUUGAAAUACCUUUCUGUUUGAACUCAUAAUGUUUCAUGCACUGACGGAUUAAAACACGCAGGCAUCCCUUGUGCAAAAAUAAUUUGACGGAAUAUUUGAUUUCUGGUUAACAACCUCCUUUAUCGGAGCAGUUUACCUUAGCUCGUUUUAGCAGGCUGUAGACAGAACACCUCGUAAGAGAGACGAAAAUGACGAUACGUAGUCUGCGCGCGUGAACGCAAGCCUCAGCCAACUGCAGAAUCUUCAGUUUAACGCGGUUUAAGGGCUAACUGUUUGCAUACGUGACUUACACAGUAGGUGGGCUAACUCAUAAAAUGUCAACCGAAAUUGCGAAAUGCGUCUUCGUUUCGAAAAGAUUAAUUAAGUAAGCGUGUAAAAAUAGUCAGCCUGCAACACCAUUCUAUAAUAAAUCAGUUACUUCAAGAUGCCCGGUUUCGAAUAAACUUCCUUCAGGUCGCAUGCAAAAACUAUACUCUGUAAAACUAGCCACUUAUUUAGCAUAAAAUUCUCUCAUUGAAUUUCUAUGCCCCUAAAUGUCCAAUUAUAUUUUAUCAAAAACAUGCAUAAAAUAUUCAUUCUUCUGAUCAUUCGAUAGCUUAUUACGUUUUAUUCUAAUUUUAUUCCCGAGGAAAGGGUAUAAUUCGGUUAUUAAAAGCUUUUCCCAUUCCAGAAUAAUUUUAAACUCGCUUUACCGUUACACUUGGAUUCAAAGUUUCAAAACUUCAAGCUGUAAAUUUUCCGCGUACGGUAAACCACACAUUUCACUACUGCAUUAAAGAGGGAUCUUAUAGGGUUCAUAGAAUUAAGCAGUGGAUUUGGUCCAUAUAGUUAACUUUAAAAGCAACAUUGGUAAAUACGAAAACAUGACGGUUUAUGAAUUGACAUGUCGCGGUAUUUAAAAGUCUUUAGUGAAACACGUUUCAAAGACCGAACAAUGCCUCUUAUUUGAGUAUAAAAUUAAAAGAAGACGUCAUUUUCUACCGAGAGAGCAAAAAAAUAAAUAUUUUUAUGCAUCUUUUCCAUGAAAUACAAUUGGACUUUUAGGGGAAUAGAAAUUCAAUGAGAACAUCUCAUGCUAAAUAAGUAGCUAGUUUUACAGAGUAUAGUUUUUGCAUGUGGCCGGAAGGAACUUAUUUGAAAGCCGGCAUCCUGAGGUAACUGGAUUAUUAUAGAAUUACGUUGCAGAUUGACCAGUUUUACACCCCGUCUUAAUCUUUUCGACAAAAUGCAUUUAGGAAUUUCGGUUGACAUUCCAUGACUUAGUCCACCUACUAUAAGUCUAAUGAUGUUCUUGGGAACUGGCCUCAAAAACUUAUGCACUAAAGGUUAUUUUCUAUCCAAACCAAUUCACUCUCUCAAAUCACAUUCUAUUCGAUGCUCAUGUUAUGCUACGUGUCUGCUUUGUUUGUGAAUCCGAUCACAAAAGAUGAUUGAAUACGCCCGAGUAAAGUCUUUAAUAAUCUGCUCAAAUAUUUUGUCAGCCUUUCUCGUUCAUACCUAUUUAUGCGUAGAAGGAUCGCGAUAAGGACAAGGGAGGCCGCGAUGUCAGUUUUGACCUGCCAGUCGUCGUCUGUCCGCCAUUCCCCACUCCAGGUCAGGAUGUCCUUAAAAUCGAACCCGGUUUAUCCGACCCCUGAUCGUCGAGUACCUCAACGUCUUACCAUUAGGCUAUUAGUCUUUUGGACCGUCGCCUGUGAUCGUGGAUGAUAACGAAGAAUGCAAAGGCGUUCAACGAUCAGAUAACGGGGCGUACAGGCUGUGCCUGGAGAUUCAGUCUAGAGCCUUUACGGACAAUCACAUAGCCGCUUAAGUGUUGGGUAUGUUCAACCGACGAUGGCCGCAAAUGACGACCCAGUCUUCCUCCUCCUUAACGCCACGCUUUGGAUAUUUAUUUCUCAUUGUGCGACUGUGUAUAACGGCUAUAGACUUGAGGUCAAGGCGCUUAGGGCCGACCAUGUCCAAUAACCUGAUCGGUGAACGUCCCUCCUACGCCAGAAUGUGAAACCGGGAUGGUCUUUUCCAACUCAUUGGCCGCCGUCAGCUUGUUUAAUCUAACCCCCCCCAGAUGUAGCGGCACAGCUGUUCAAAUACGGCAUCUUUUGGUCAUUGAGCGUGCAACGCCCUGACCAAUAGGCGUGGACUUAUUGUACUAUUAUAUGCACGGUAUAGGUGAAGAUGCAGAUAUCAGAGAGGGCGAAUCGUAUACCAAUCAGCCUUCGGAACAUUCUCACCCUGUCACGUCUUGGGCCUCAAUCUGGAGCCCACUCAGGCGGACAUAUAGCCGACAGCAGUGAUGCGGAAUGACGUGAUCUUCACAUUGCUCGGUUAAGCCGUAUUACUUGUGGGCAACAAGCGUGCAAGACUCCAGCGCUCCCAUCCAUAAUUUCCCUUAUGGAAAAUGACGUGAACACUUCGCAAAUGUCGCCCAGCAAAAGGUGUCUGUUUUUUCCCUUACACCCUAUUCCUGGCGAAAUAGUCUGGACUGUCACAUAUCUCGCUUCACACCUUCCAGCCGCUUAUGCUGCUGCUGAAAACUGAGACGAACAGAAGCUGAUAAGCAGGCCUGUCGGCUGCACCUGUAUUUUUCCCCCUCUAUCUGAUGAUCUGUUCAGUCACGCAAUGCUCCCCUGUCGAUGGAUUGUUUGUUUGACCGGAUCCCCUGCUAAACACUGUGCUAUCAAGAAACCAAAGUAUUUGCGGUCUGAAAGGUGUAAAUAAUAAGCCCUUAAAAUGUGUAGCAUUUGACAAGACCGCCUGACGAGGAAAGUGUGUUGCGGAUGAAAAAGUGGAGAAAUUAGUUUUGUAGGCGAGCGCACCAGGCGAUGUGCAUUUGGAAAAGAUGACCUGGAGAGCUCUGAGAAGGAGGGCAGAUCCGCUGAACCCUUCACAGUCGCCAUCCAAUCUCAGAAAUUGUUCGGACCUUAUUUCGUAGCCGUUCCUGCAGUAGACAAGCCCCAACCCAAUCCCUUGCCCUAACGGCAACGAAAUGGGAUCUUGCCAAGAAAUCUCAAAAAACGUGUAUAUAAGUGUUCACUUCGCACAAACAACUGUCACACUUGUACGCAUGAGCCUUUGGAUUUUGCUUCGUUGCAUAAUGUAAUAUCUAAAUACUCGCAGUGACAGUUGUCGAUAUAUCUCUGGCAAAUACUUUUCAAGUUUGUUAGACGAAAUUGCAAAGCAUCAUGCAAGUAGUCUUUGGCAUCAGCAUAAUCUGAGCAGUUUUCAAGAACGUCUUAAUCGAGUGCUGCGUAGGAACGAAUAUAAGUUAAUAGUACAUUUUUAUUUUGUCCUGAAACGGGAGAUUUAAGUUUUCUUUUCUGCUUGCAAAUAAUGGGGAUAUUAGAUUUUUUUACAAAUAUUUAUGCAAUAGUUUAAGAGCACUUUUAACACACACAGCAUUCUCCUUGCAGAGCGUGGCCGGUUAGAUCUGAACUGAUAAAGAUUUUGCUGAGGGGUUGUGUACAGUAGGUAGGCUUACUAAUGAAAUUUAAACCGAAAUUCGGAAAUGCGUUUUCGUUUCGAAAAGAUUAAUUAAGAAGUUUUGUAAAAUUAGUCAGCCUGCAACAUAAUUCUAUAAUAUAAUAUCCCGGUUACAAAAUUUUGUCCCUCCUUUGCGUAUAAAUUUAGAAGAAAACGUAAGUAUCUACUGAAUCAGCGAAACAUGAGUAUUUUUAUGCAUGUUUUCCAUGGAAUGUAAUUGGAGACUUAGGGGCAUAGAAAAUGAAUGAGAAAAAUUAAUGCUACUUGAGUAGUCAUUUUUGCAGAGGGUAGUUUUUGCAAACAGCCGUAAGGAGGUUCAUUCAAAAGCCGGCAUCCAAAGGUAAUUGAAAUAUUGAAGGAUUAUGUUGCAGGCUGAUUACUUUUACAAGUCUACUUAAUUAAUCUUUUCAAAAUGAAAACCCAUUUCGGAAUUUUUGGUUGACAUUUCAUGAGGUAGCCCACCUACAGUAUAUCAGAGUUAACUAGGCAGGGGGAUUAAUAUAAACAUAUUUUCUGACGAAAAACAUGAGCACUGCUGAUCACUGGAUUCCUUUCGCACAUAAGAGCACGCGUGACCAUCGGAAAUACAGUUGCAUAAGCCUGAACACUCAGGCGCAUAGAGGAGCGCAUUCAGCCAGGGACGCAGAGUUGACAGAUCUCGUAUCUGCACCCCAGCCAAGAGCACAUGGUCCCGCUCUCCCCCCCCCCCCGAGGCGUCAUUCAGCAACUGACCGUUUGGCGCAUUAUAUGGUCAUACAAAAUUAUAUACCAACAACAAUUAUCAGUUAUUUUAAUACCGACUGAUAAUUAUUGUCAAAAAUUAACGGACAAAUUGGGAUCUCGAGGCCGGACACUUUGGUGAGCAAGAAAGCGCUCCAUCCAUUGCUCCAAGUGACUGGGAUUUUUAAAAAUCUGCGAAGUGAUUGACUCAAUUUAUUUGGACUAGGAGAAUAGGUAGGCCACAUUUCAAGCCAUCGGAACAAGCGGACGAAUGGGCUUAAGAUAGAGUCCCCAGUGUUGAUAGUUACCUAUUAGAGAGGAUUCAAUAAUUUCCUUAACUCAUCCUUUUUGUCCAAUUGAUAGAAUUUUGGAAAUGGGCGGGACCGACCUAGAUGGACUCACACAUAAUUUAAGAAGGGAGAAAAUAUUAUCCUGUCCUAACCCUAACCCCAGUCGUAUUAGAAGACUAGACCAUUGCUCUAAUAUUGACACCAACCAUACUCUGAACCCUAACUCUGCAGUCGACACUAACCCCUGCCCUAAAUCCUAACUUACAUUACCGUCAAAUUCAAAUCCAAAAAACGUGUAUAUAAGUGCUCACUACGCCCAAACUACCGUUAAACUUGUACGCAUGAGCCUUUGGAUUUUGCUUCGUUGCAUAAUGUAAUAUCUAAAUACUCGCAGUGAAAGUUGUCGCUAUAUCUCUGGCAAAUACUGUUCAAGUUUGUUAGACGAAAUUGCAAAGCAUCAUGCAAGUAGUUUUUGGCAUCAGCACAAUUUGAGCAGUUUUCAAUAACGUCUGAAUCGAGUCCUGCGUGGGAACGAAUAUAACCCUAACCCUGGCCUCAGACCCAAUCCUAGUUUUGCCGAAAUUUAGCCUGAAGCCAAUCAACAGGAUCGAAGAUACGAUUUCCGGGAACCAGUCAUGAAGGAGACGCGAUCGCUUGGACAAUAGCUUUAUUCGCCUGACGUUUUGGAUUCCUGAUCCAACCCACCAUCAGAGACAAAAGCAGAUCGUCUGGGCUUGAGUACAACCAGCACUCCGGCCGUCUGAGCUGCGGGACUUGUAUUAACUAAAUGAACAUGGUAGUCAUCUGGUGGAUUCAAGAUUGGUUGCUAAGGCCAUUCCGUCUCGGCAAUCAACUUACUGUAUCCGAUAUGUCGGAUCUCAGACGUUGCAGAAGGCUGGGUGAGUAAUUUGACUCAAAUGUUAUUAGACCCACGGCACCUGGUUGGGCCUCGUAGCUCAAGUGGCUGAGCGUUGGCUGUGCUCAGAGCUUCCUCCUGCCUUCGUGUAUUUGAACAGCACCGAGGUUACCAACUUGUUUAGAGUCGGGUCAAAAUGAAUAAGAAGUAAGUAACAUGCUACCCGGCUAAAGUGUCUCCGUCUUGGCACAGACUAUAAACUUAAAUCUCAAGUUGUGCCAAUAGUCAGAUGGCGCAAGCAAAAUGCGAUGUGCUGUAAAUGCGUCUGUGAAGUCAGAAAAGGCAAUGCUGCACAACCUACUUAAAAUACAGCCGGUUGUGUCUGCAACCUUGCUCUAACCCUAAGCGACAUCUAGUCUUUCUGUCUAUUUAGCAAGUGUCUGCUUCCACAUGUGCUCCCUCAUAAAAUCUUAUGCCAAGCAGCCGGCGGAGAUGAUUACUAUUACAGAACAACAUCCGGCCUCGCUCUUCUUCCUCGUGUUUAUCCUGGAAGAUGAAAAAACGGACGCAAGGCUCUCUAAAAUUAUGCUAAUCGGUUUUUAUUUUUGUUCACAUGCCGCAGCUCUGGUUGACUUUCAAGUUGGCGGUAGAAUUGCUGAGGCCACUUUAACUAUGCCACUGCCUGUGACAGCUCCGGACCGGAUCUCUAAGUCAAUGCGUAACCCGCGUAUUCCGUUUUGUAGUCAAAACAGGUCGGUGAAGGCAGUUGCGAAGCUAAACAGGGGACUUUCAACUGCAAUCGACCAGGAGUAAGCUCGUGACUUAGCCGUUUGUGUAGAGAUUCAAGCCAGGCUAGGUAAUGCCUACGAGCAACCCAGAAGUUAUCGACCAGGUCUCAACUGCUUUGCCUAUAAACAUUCUCGAUAUCAUUUUGCCGGAUUAUUGUUCCUUACUCUAGCUGUCUUGACCAGAUGGGUAGCAGCCGUAGCGGGGAGGAGAAGCGUUGUGAAUACUCCUGCCUGAGAGUGGACUCCCGCAAGGAGAAUCCAGGAUAUGAAUUUUGUAAAAAGGAACUUGUCAGGGUUUCGAUUUUUCAGCAAGUAGGGAGUUUUAACGUAGUUGCUAGAGAAGACAUUUCAGCAACACAUGUAGUAAAUAUUUGACAAAGGCAUUCGUUCAUGCUGAUUUCAUAGGCAGAAAUAGAGGCCUGACAUCAAAUCACUCGAAAUCUUCAAGGUGAUAUUGGUACAGUUUAAAAGUUUCCGAAUCCGGUAAAGUGACUGAUUUACUGUGUACGUUUCCUAUGAGCAACAUCUGCCGCAUGGAGACCGGAGAACAUGAUAACGAUUGGGUGUUUGUCGUUAGUUUAGCAUGAUUGAGAAAGUACGUUUUAAGAUAUGCACCCUUCAAUUAUUUACGGUCGAUUUUUUGAUAAAAAUUUGUCGGGCGUUUCAAGAAAGCCAACAUUGGCAUCACUGAAAAGACAUAGAGAAGGGGGGGGGACUGUAGCAGGGAACGGCAGCCAAAGAAGCAGAUUCGGAAACCUCAUCUAUAUAUUUGGGCAUCUAGGUGUCUCUUCUGGACGGGUAGUUUUUUUCGAAGAAUAUCUUAAGAUUAAGAUUGGCUUUUCUCUAGGUGAUUUAAUACGAGCCAGGUCAACUCCCUCAAAUACAUAAACGAAGGACUUUUGACUAUACCAGAAAUAUACCCUGGAUUUCUUUACGUCUUGGCCUAAGAGGCCAAAUGCACGCAAUCAACCUAUCCAAAAGACUACGUAAAUUGAGAAGAGCAGUAAGUUACUGAGCCAGAUUGCUUGUUCAUACGGGCAAAAUAAAGGCUACUGAGAGCGGGCGUGUGGAUCGUUUUGAAAACCAACAGAGAAAUCUAACAAAGUAAUGCGGCUCUGAUAAAAUAUACAGGAUAAAAAUGCCUGGGAAAUAUCCACAAUUUUUAUAAUUUAUAAUAAAAUGCUGGAUAAUAACUUUUUGCCCAUUUUAUACAAAAGCGUUUCAAAAAACCGACUAACUCCGCUGAAUUUAAAGCAUUCUUUGACUUCUAACGAUGGUUUAUAACGCAUCGGCAAUAUAAAUGAGCUUCAUUCGGCGGUCGGUAUAAGAAGAAUCUGGUUCUACGAUGAUACGAAAUUAUGAUCGAUAUCCUAAAUUAGCCUGUUAGAGGAAUCAAAAGGCCCUUUUUGAUAAAAACAUAAAACAGUUAUAAUAAACAGUUUUUAGCGCACGACACUUGAAUUUAUCCCAAAUAAAGCAGUUGGCAUAUAUUUGUAUUUCUUAGACGGCACCUUAAAAGCGAUGAUAUUUGUGGAAUUUAAUGUUUCUAUUUUCACAAUAAAUCUCCACUUUAAACAGACAGGGUUCUAAUUUGGUUCCUGCAGAUGAAACAUUGCUUAUACUGCACAAGUGAGGCACGAUUGAUGUUUUCAAUCCAUUUGCUAUUUCACCAAAGCAAAAGUUGCAGAUAAGAAAGUUCACGCAAGACUAUGUACGUUAGUCCAUAAACAUUUGCAGACGGUAUUUUCUACGCCUUAAAAUGUGGUAGCGAGUUAAAAUAUGAAUACCAAUAUACUGGUGGGAAAACGUUUGAUGCAUGUAUUUGAGUAAACAUAUUAUUAAUCAUUUAUGUUCAGGUUACCUGGAAAAAUCAUUGCACAGAUAAUAAUUUUACUUUCAUUUGGCCGUUGAUGUGUAUAUGUAGCCUCCUGACCGAAAUCGUUUGAUUCUCAUGUUCAUGUAGAAAGUAAUUUUGUUUGUCAAAUGUAUGUUUGAGAGAAUGGGAAAGUUAGGUUUUACAAAACUUAUCUGUCAUGUCAUAUAGAGUGUCCUCGAAAUGACGUGAAAUGUGUCAAAAUAUCACGGAGAUGCGAAAGAUACCCGUGUCUCCUCAGAUUUUACGACAUCAAAAGCGACCGUUUGUGAUAAGAAGGCAUAACCAAAGUAAGACUUUGUCGCCUAGUAGCUGAUUUAUAUGGUUUUGCUAAAAAUCAGGAAUUCAGCUCUCCUGCUUACGCAAGCAUAAGUGAAAUUUUUCUCAAAACUAAUGACGGAAUAUCGAUAAUUGCUUGCUCGCUUUUAGCACGGAAACAACCGAUGGCGAGUUGGUUUAUGUAAUUAAUGACAAAUAUACAAAAGCCUUUGAAAGAAAAUUUUUCUUAUCUAUGCAACGCUUUUUUUUGGUGGCAUGAAAAUAUCUCCACUAAGUUUGCGUUCCUAGUGUUUUACGCAGGAACAAAUAUUAUUUUAAGACCAACGGCAGGGAGGUUGAUUAUUCACAAAUGAAGGCGAAAUUUCGAGUUCCAGGUGUACGCAUAUAUGAAGAAGAUUUGAGCACCGGAACACUUUGUUUAUUUUCUUGAGCUUUCAGCCUCGUACAGGGAUCCAUCAUCAGAGGUAGUGGCGGGAAAAGUACAAGCGGCAGUUUUAAGGCAUGUAAGCCCAAUCAUCGAUCGAUGGCGCAAGACUUGAGGUGACUACGCAGGGCUCUGUACGCCGGCGCCAGAUCGAUAAAUCGAUUGACCGAGUUCUCAUCCGAGGCUCAGGCUUCAAUCAAUUCUCGGCCUAUUUUCUUUCAGGCGUGUCCUGAAAGCUCAUGUUGAUAAACAAAUUGUUCAGGUGUUCGAGUAUUUAUCUUCACUUAGGUUUGUUAUUAUCUAUAUAGUUAGGGUAUAGCCAUAUGUGCUACUAAAUUACCACCUCCUUUGAAUACUUAACACUAGCAUGUAUCCCAAAAAUAUUUUAUUCAUUCUGCGUCACUGAGUGCCCACGUGACUGAAGGUUUGCUUUAUGGUAUCCUUGUGCACCUUGAUGUCCAUUAUGUCCUUUGAUUGCCAGCUUGGCCGUUUACCAGGUUUGAUAGCCAUCCAAACUAUCAGACUGUAACAGUUCCUGAGAAUGAAAAUCCAAAUGUUAGAUGCUGGCAAAAAGAUUCUUCCAUAAUUGACUAUCUCUACAGCCUACAUUGCGGAACAAACGUUAUUCCGGUACUAAAAAUGGAGUGACCAGCAUUCACCUCAGGAAAAAUGGCUUCUCUAGCCGAUGGUAUCAGUCUGCAACAUAGAACAGUGUAUUAGCAGAAUUAGAGGUCUUUUUGUCCCAAGAUGUUCUGCCUUCUUUAACUAAUGACUUGGUGGCAAAAUCGCCUUCAGAAAAUGCGCCCUUUGCCUCUAAUGUAUCUCACAGGCAUACUUAACUGUUGCUUAAGUAUCCAAUGGUAAACAUUCCGAUUUCGUUCUUAGUGUCUUUUUAAUUGCGCUAUAACUGUCAAUAAAUUAACUACGCCAAAUAAAGUUCACUUACUAUCGGUUUCUCAAAUACACGAUCUUUUUCCAGCUGAAAAACCUCUUGCUGUAAUUUAUGUGCUAACUGCUUCGUGUGGGAACAAGUUUGUAACCCUGCUUGCAUGCAGUAGAACGCAUUGGGGAGAUAUUAAGUUCGUGGUGUCUCUAAAAAGAAGUUACUACUUCUUCCUAAUGCUCUGUUGCACACGCACAGUUCAUUUUAGCUCACGGAGCGAGCGUGAUCUUCCAAUCCUUACUAUAUCCCUAGCAGACCCUUACUUUUAUAAACGUUGAACCGAAUGAUGUAUUACCGAAUUCCUGGGAGUAAUUCUUGCAUGAAAAGAACGUAUGCAAUUCUAAUGUAUUAAAAUAAGAUGGAUAAUUUUCAAACUAAAUUCCGGUGGUUUUUACGGGCUGCUCUCGUGUUAAUUUCAUCUCAGUCAGUCUCCAGUGGAGGAGGUUUUAGCACGUGAAACAAGACUGGCAAAAUGACUUCAGAUUAGUCACCAAGACUACAAAUGUUAUUAAGGUAUAUAUGGGGCAUCAUACAUUCUAAAGCAUAACCUACAUUUUAAAACGCUUUGCAGAACUUAAAAGCAUGAGUGAUGUAUUUUGUCUUACACAACCGCACAUAUAGUUCUUCACGGGGCUGUCAGUAGACCUCCGGUGGCACGCAAAAUUCUGUGUCAUAUACGUUAAACUCUGAGCUUCGUGGAUAUUUUUGAUUAACCUGGGGUAUUGACGCCAGACAAAUAAUUUUAGAUAUGAUGGCAUUACCGACAAAGACAAGGGAGACUGGAAUGGCCACUUCUGGCUUAUUAACUGUCGUCGGCCAGCCAUACCAAAGCCGAAAGUGUGGAACACCCGAGCUCUGCCAUUCCCGUCUACCUUGUCUUUGUCGACAAUGCCAUUCUGCCUAUGUAUCAUGCGCCGCUGUUCGGCUGCUGGUUGGGCUCGAGAGAGAGCCCUUAAGACACAACGGAACGAGUGAGUUCCGUAUGAACGAUCAGUGAGCGCCCCCUACCAAUUAUGAUAUGAUAUUAUAUAAACCUUUCCUAGUGGCCUCGCCCAGAGUAGAAGGGGCGGUGAAAAAUUAAUGUUAAAAAAGUACUAGAAAGUUAAUGAACGGACAGCUCUUGUUUAUGCAGAUGCCUGAAAGGUAACGCAACUAAAUGCAAAAGAUUUACCGCGUAUAAACAUGCAUCUAUAGGGUGAAAACGCAUAUGCUACUUAAAUGGCAAUGUAUCCAGGUGAGUCUGACAAUGGAUGACUGGAACACCAGUGGAGUUUACACAAAAAAUAUUUAGGACCUAACUAUUUAAAUUCAAUUUUGGAGAAAUCAGAAUUUAGAAACCUUUCGGCUGUCAUUAAAACUCUUGGAUCGCGUUGCGCAUCUAUAAUAUUGAUUUAAUUGCUUUCCUCAUUUGGCUGCUUUUUAGGAAUUUCAGUGGCGAAUACACCCUGGCACAACCUGCUACCGACAGUCAUUCGUUAUGAGGACGCUAUUGGUCGAAAAAACUGGCCCCGGCUUCUGGCCGAGGUAGACGACAGCGCUGACGCCCCAGUUAACACCUACUUUCACUUCGACGGCACGCAACACUUGAAUCUGACCGCCCUGCAUGUGCUGCGUGACAUAGGAAAGGACUAUCUAACGCGAUUCUCUCUUCUCUUCUGGGUCCGCCCCUCAAAUCACACCUCCAAGAAUGUCAUCGUUCAUUCAACCCUGCCAGUUGGUAAGUCAACGUUUGUGUACAGCCUCAAAACCCAGCAUGGACGCCAUGGGAUUUUUUAAUGAAGUUAUGGCACUGAAGUUCACGCAGUCAAAUGAAAUUAUUAUGACCACCUUUUGAAACUUAACGAGCACCUUUUUGAGGCAUUGAUGAAGUUCGUCAGUUUUGUGAUAGGUCUGCCGAGGGAAUCAACAGCACAGUGACUGCCUUCACUUGAGAAACGUGACCUUCUCUUGCUGAAUGUUAUUAUGGCGUCAUUGAAAUACCGCUUUAUCUUCUCCUACGGGAUAUUUUAUAGGCAUUUGACGUCUAUGUGGAUCAUUUAAAUCGGUCUGCUUUCAGGACGCUGUUAGCGAAUAGCGUUGGUUCAUUGAUGUCAUCGUCUUUAUGCACUUUUCUGUGUUUUGAUGCCGGUGUUAACAUAGAAAAUGACGCCGCCACAUUGUUGUAUCGAUGCUUUCAAUGAUGUUUUGUCCGGCGGAGCUCAGCCUACACAUUAAGACAUAGGACUGGUGUAGUUCACCCUAGGGGCACAUUUGAAGUAUUGGCCGUCCGACAUGUUUUAUGGUUUCGUCACUAAGUUUGCAUUCUUUCACCGAAACCUCUUGACCUUUUACGAUAUUUUGGGGAAGCAGAUGCCCUAAACACGACAGAAACAUUCCACUCGCAAGUCAGACCAUUACACCUCCUAUUGUGUGAACUUCAGUAAGCAACAGACCAUUCCAAUUGCUGAGUCUUUAAUUGCCGCAUUAAAAAUUCAGAGUGCGCUUAGCAACAGCCGCGUUUCAACCUUUGUUGGUUUGGAGAAGACAUUUGACAGAUUCUAUAAAAUCGUUACAGGAACACCCGAUUUUCUGUGCAUUGGCAGGCUUAAAAACGUUCCGCCUAGAUGACGUUUUCUCAUAUUCGCAGGAGCAGCCUUCACUUCCUACGUAACAUGCGGGGCAGUUACUCAUGAUAAAGGGCAGGCAUUAAAGAUUGAGCCAGUCCUCCUGAGGACUGAUUGUUAAUCAUGAAUCCCCCUCAACAGCAUCAUUAUGACGUCUGGUGAAACUCUGAGCUUUUGGAAAGCAUGGAUACGUUGCUAUUCGGAGAACAUUCGCAUAAGUAUAAGUGAACGGGAAUGUUUGGGAGAGAGAGGACUGCUUUAUUUUGAAAAUAACUUUCAAAACUUUCAGCAAAAACGGUUUCUCCAGAACACAGUGAUUACCAUAGAGAUUAACAGGUUUUUGGACAGACAGGUGGACAUGAUUAUGUAUGAAGAAAAAAAGACUUUAAGGUGCAAGAUCGAGUUUUAGUUUUUGUUUUUCAACAUCUUUGCAGGUGAGAUACCGGGCUAGAAAUGGCAGUAUGGAAUUCCGAUAGGCCGAAGUGCGGCAAGGGAUGUGGCGGAAGCAUCGACGCGUGAGGCGUAAGGAUUUCGCAGCCAUUAACUCAUUAUGAAGGCGAUGGACGGUGUCAUUCAGAAUUCGGUCAGCGAAUUGCUCCACCGAGUUGAAAUGUCGCUGCACGAUGAUAUCAACUAAAAGAUGAUAGGAAACACCAGCAGCAGAGGCGAGCAUUCGAAUGACACGUUUAAAAAUAAUUAGAUCUUAUUUAACUAAAGCUGGAAAAAUAACUGGAGAACAAUAAAGAAUGAGUGGAAGAAUACAGCCAUCUAUGAAUCGCCAGAUAAAGGACUGGGGUGUGUGAUAUGAACGUAGACGACGAAUAUAAUAAACAAGUUUUUGAAUUUUUGUUAAAAGGGUUUCCAUAUGAAGAGAGAAAGAGAGAUUUGAGGAUAAAGUAACACCUAGGUACCGGAAAGAAGAUACCUCAUUGGGAAGAAUAUCCAAAGGUUCAGCAACAGGAGAGGGUCGCAAUCGAAACACACACUGUACUGAUUUCUGAUUGUUGAGUAGGAGUCCAUUAUUCGAAGACCAUGCGGAGACGUGGUCUAAGCCAUCCUUUAAAGGCUGUAGGUGAGUCAGGUUUUUGAGUGGGUGGGUUUAAAAAAUCCUUUGUAUGGAAGCAUCACUUCUUCCAGAGCAUGUCGUAAUUAUUGCGAAUUCGAAAGGCAAUUCACACAGGCUGGAAGUUCAGGACGGCUUCGCCACUUACAGGGAAAAUGUACUGGUUGGUAUAAGAGGCUGUUUUUUUUACCUUUACAAAGCACAUCUGACAGCCGAGUUCUGUUGACUAAGUGUUAUUUAAGGGGGAGAUGUUAGUUAAUCGUAAUCUAUCUAUCUGUGAUUUAUUUUCAACUUUGUAAUGAUGAAUAUGGGUUUGUAUGUGGCGCGCAUCUGGAAGGGCAACGGUUAUAACAGAGGUUCCUUAUUCCGGGAAUCAAAUGUACCAGAGAAAAAAAUAAAAAUACUUCACGGUGGCUGUUGCGUGAGGGUAGUUAAGAUGCCUUAAGGUUGUCAUCGAAGUAAAAAUACGACAAUGUGAUACAUUCUUGGCAAUGCCUGCAAAGGGGCAUUAAAUUCAAUUACUGUCAUCAGCAAAUGAUAAAAACCGAAUUCCUUUUUAGUUGGUGAUAUUAUGGAGGAUCACAAUGGGGACACGAGAGACUAGGUAGAUUUUCAACUCUUUCGUUCGACACAAAGGCUCCCAGGAGUAAGCAAUCGUGGCCAUAAACUAUACCCUUGCCACAAGUGUAUGAACAGAACCGUCUUGUACAUUCGUUUGAUAUUUCAUUGUUUUCCACGAAUAAUCACUAAAAAUUUACAAUAACCUGAGCGUGAAGGUUUCCAGAGUUGGAACUGCGAAUAUUUCUUUUUUUAGGUCACAACAUCGACGUUUUUAGCGUGGCCAUAGACAGGGAAAACGUUGAGGUGUUACUCAGAUGGGUGCAGAAUGCAGAGACUGCCACCUUUAAGGAAAUCAUGUUAGUUUUUACGGCGUCAAUUUAUCCAGACGUCUGGCAACAUAUCGCCGUUGUUUAUCCGGGAGAGAUCAAUGUGUCCGAGGCAGAGCCGAGCGUAAGUGAAUUGAGAUUUGUGCUUCUAUAUUCACUUACUCAGCAGUUUUUAAAUCAAAAGAGAAAAUGUGCUAUGUUGGGCCACUCUGUGCAGUUUGCCAAAUGUUUGACUCAAUAGCCACUGCGAUAACUUACAGGCCAUGAAAUCAAACAUUUCGUGGUUGCCUUUGCAUUUUACUUGUUCGUUAAAUAAAAGGUAAAAGGUCCAAAUUAGCCUUUCACCGGGCCUCCUGCGUUUUUUUACAAAAACAGUUUGUUGACAUCUAUAAAGAAACGUAUGUUUCGUCAAAUGACAAAAAAAAUUGGCGGCAAAAAACUUUAUGAUGGCCUAUCAGAUUCAUUCGGAUGGUAACUGUGCAUAUACUGGUAGAAGGGCGCUUGCUGAUCAGGUUACGGAACGUGUUCGUUCCGUUGUGCCAUAGGGUUUAUACUAGACCCCUCAAAGGCGUCGUACAGCGACUAGUAGUAGACAUUGAUGAGAUGGUACCGACAAAGACAAGGGAGACCGGAAUGGCCACUUCUGGCUUGGUAGCCGUCAUCAGUCAUUGCAUAUGUUUGUAUUACCAAAAAACCAAUAUAGAUUACAGCAAGAUAGUGUCUCCAAACAUGGUUUAAUCACUGCUCACAUAAAAAACGCGGGACUGCCACAGUGGCUUGUAGGAUCUCACAAACCCGUGGCGAGUAAGCAGGUGUGGGCGAAAGCUCUUAAAAUUAUCAAAGGAAAAGACAGAUUGAUGAACAAUCUUCGUUUGAACCUUUAGAUGCAGGCUGCCUCCAUAGCGUAGGUCUAAAACUGAUUAAGAGCGACUGACGACCCGUGGAAAUGUCAUCGAGUCGACAUAAUAUAUGCUGUUCUUAAAAGGAUUUGUGUUGAUGGUACGAAGAAUAUUCUUUUCGGAUGUUGUAGGUCAUUUUGACAAGCGAUUAGGAGAUUGGGCAUUAACUUUGCGUCCCGCAAGCUAAAUUAUGCGGAAGUUAUCCUACAUUACGUGAGCAACUACGCUACUGCUCACAAACGCAGUGCUGUCGACACACUACUUAAUCGCGCAAAGCCACACUGCUCUGAGAACAAAGGAUUCAAAAGGGAGCUCAGUUAUUUUUCAAAUCUAUUUUCCCAAAACGACUAUCCUAGAGAUUUUGUACGCCGAUGAACGAGACAGCAAGAAUCAAAAGAAAGUGAUAAGAAACUAGAUUGUUCCGUUUGGGAUCCUAAACCAAAAAAUCAGUGAACGCUGCCCUACAUUGAAAUGUGUCUGUAAUCGUUAAAAGACACCUGAGGAAGCACCAAUUGCAAGUCACCCACAAACAAAUGACUACGCUACGCAACAAGAUUGCACACCCUACGAAUAGGGUUGGCAUUUUGGAAAAAAAGAUAUGGUCUAUAAGAUUAAGUGUGGCAUUUGUAAUGCGGUAUAUUAGGGUCGAACCAGAAAAUCCGCCUCCACACGCUUAUAUGAAUACCAAUUAGCAGUAAAGAGGCGGAACCACUUAUCUCACAUCGCCAUGCAUACUCUAGAAACUGGGCAAAAAUUAUCGGUUCCUGCCCACAUAAGAAAGGAUGAGAAUUCCUAGAGGCCAUUUACUCUGAUGAUUUAUGCAUUGAUCGGCGUAUUGAUCCGGACACCAUACACACAUAUCUUAAAAAAUGAAAAAGGUGGUAGAUAAGUAAAUCAUGAAGUCAGCCCACAGCGACGACUUACACUCAACACUGACAAAUACAGAUCAAUUUUUCAGGCAUAUAUAGAUUUUAGUUGUUUUCACAACUGCAACACAUCUGACGACGACCUGAAGAACCAGCGUGGGAAAUUUACGAAAUAUUCAUUUUUCAUCGAAAUAGUUACUUUUAUAUUUGUACUCAUUCAGAAGUCCAUUCUGAAUUGGCACUUUUGCAGCCUAAUCAAUUAUCACUUUACGGCUGAUAAAUUUUUAACGAACUUGUAUGUAAAAAACUCCUUGGAGUCGGCAAGUCCUCCUAGCGCAGGGAUUUUCUUAGACAAUAUUUAUUGGACUAUCUUCACGGUAAACUGCGCAGGAGAUGCUCCAUAAAAUCUAAACGUUUUCAAUGUUAAGCAGAGUUUUAGAAGUAAAAUCACAUGAUGUCCAGAAUAUUAUGAAAGGAUUCGACGUAUAAAUCUGGUUUCGAAAUUAAUAUACACGAAAAAAAAUCAUUUUCGAACACUUUUAACCUUCCAAGUCAUAGCAAUCAGUAGGGAUUUAGCAGUCAAGUUUGCUGAAUUGCAUAUGCGAUGCCGAUAAGCAAGGAAAAUCCUUGGUUGCUAGUCUGCAUAUAUAGGCCCCUUGAACUGCGCAACAGACUUGGCAUGCUUGGACUGCAUUUUGUCUGGCAUGUUUUAAGCCGAUUACGUCAAAAACUCAGCAGUUUGAUCUUCUACCCGAAUGGCAAUGCGUAGACUAUUAAUUGACGAGCCAGCCGACAGUGCGGCUUUGCAUUUUGGCUGCUCAAACAGAAUUUUUGGUGAAGCGCAAGGCCAAUGAGACGCCGAAAAUAAGCGGGCAAAUGAGGAUCUUGGGAAUUUCAAUUAGUGUAUUAUUGCAUGCUUAGCGUGCGAAAUCGAAAAAAAACUUCUCUGGACAAAGGCCUUGGAACCGAAUUUUGAGGUUUCAGUCUCUUGAUGCCAAUCAAACGUAGUUCUGAAAACGAGGAUCUUAUAGAUUAGCACUUAGUAUUUUUGAGUAAUUAACGUGGAAAUCGUAAAACCAUCUAUCCGCGCGAAUGCCUUGGAGAAAAGCUUGAGGGUUCAGUCUGUUGCUUCCGAUUUUACGCAAUUGUGAAAAGCCUCAUCAUCGAGGGAAUCAUAAGUGACCCUACAGUGUACAAUAGACUUAAGUGCGGUAUCUUGUUCCGACCCCUAAUCCACAAUUUUACAUGGGAUAACAAAUUAGUCCGUCUAUUUGUGAGGAAAAAAUGUCCGAGCCCCAAUCUUCUCUGUCAUUCUGAAUAAGAUAAGAAAUUUUCAGACAGGUCUAACUCAGGGUAAGAUGAUAUCAUAAACACUGCAUAGAUACUAACCAAACGCCCAUAAACGGGUGUUUUGUCGAUAUUCUGCCGCUGCAAGGCGCUUCUACAAGUUUUGUCGCUCAUCAGUGAGUCCUAGCGUUCCCAAAGUGUUCGUAUCUGUGCGAUUACUAUGGUAUCACCUUAUCCUAAAGUAUACUACUAGCUGUCUGUCGACAGUUAAUGAAUAUUACGCGGUUACGCGCUGUAGCUGACAAACGUCCGCCCAAAUUUACAUCGUAGAAAAUCUUGAUCUGAGUCCGUAGACUUUUACUGAACUCGCCUACUCCAAGUUCGUAGUUAUUUUUACUUGUUUUUCUGGGCGAACAAUUCACUUGCUGUACUGCAUCAAAUUAAAGAAUAAAUAUUUAAUAAUAUUUUUGACCGCGUGCUUGCUGCUUGCGUUAAUAUUUUGAAAUAUCUGCUAAGGCCAGCGCGGUAAUCGUCCUUUUAAAUAAACUUUUUGAACGUUUUGUUACACACUUAAGAAUAGCAAGUCAUAUUUAUUCUAUUUCGCUAUUAUUUGUAUCAUUAUGACAGCGUUUGCAGUUAUAAAAAUUCGCCAAUUGAGUAAAAUCAUCCGUGUAAAAUGGUGCUUUUUUCGAAAGGGUAAGAAAAAGACUGGUUUGCACGAUUUGAGUAUUUUUAAUCCUCAAGCGUAUCCUGAUGAAUGGAAGAGUUUUCUUCGAAGUUUCUCAGUUACAUCGCUUUAUUUAACUCAAAGGAAAUGGGAAACACGGGCAUUUACGUUUACUUUUUUGGUCUUCGCGUGUAUGUGUGCACUUAUGCCAAAUGGUAUCCGACAGUUAUUUGUUAUGCUGAUUUAAGCGAAAAGGUUUUUAAAUGGCUUGCCACUAAAGUGACAUGAAUGUUUAAAGUGCAAAUGCAUUCCGUGAGUAGUAUCAUUUAUGUUUAUACUCAAAAGACAACCUCAAAGUCAUUCUUCCACAAUUAGAAAAUUUCUUUCCGCCAAAUCCAUUUACUGGUUUUAAGAAAUAAAAUAUUCAGUGGAAUAUGAGUUCUUUUGGCUAAAAGACAUGUGUAAUAUUUGACACAGAAUUUCUUUAGAUUUCUCCAAUACUUUAAGUGCAUUCAAAUUACUUCCGACGUGUCUUUUCCUAGAGCACAUUAUAAGACACAAGCGAUUUUGCAAGCGAAAUUUUACGAGGCCUUAAAGACUCUCUCCUACAAGGGCAUCUGCAUAAAGUAAUUAUAAUUGUUUAAACAAUUAACGAUCGCUUCUGCUCAAGAUGACGAAGGCUUAUGAAAUUUCUCAAUUUUUAGACAAAUAUUAUUCUGCAUUGUUCCUACUUUUAGUUGUGGCCAUUUCGCUAAAUUGAAAACAGUCAUCCUCAUCUCCUUACCUUUUUGAAAGUGCUGAGUUCUAAGACGUGCGCUAUCUUUUAGGAACACAUAUAAUUCAUGCAAUUGCAACUAUUGCCCAUGGCCUAGGCAUGCUUUUUUUUACCUGCUAUGAGUGCAAUUUGUCAUUACACCAUAUUCUCAGACGUGAGCAGUGGCUGUUUAUCUGCAUGACUAUAAGUGCGAUUCUUGGCCUCCGGCCAAUCGCUUCUGCGCAUAUUUUGAUUCUUCCGCUGGCGGCGACGGCAUAUGUUAUUUUCUAUUAAUUUGUCUAAAACUUUCGUUAUAAUUCACCAGACAGGAUUGAUAAUUUGUGGUUAUCGUAAGGCAUGAGGGGAGAAACAUGCAAAAAGGAAGGCUUCAUUUUUAAUGGUUUAAGUCAUUGUUGUGCGUGUGCUUUUAGAAAAAAGAAGUGUCUGGCGUUACAAAGCGUGUUUAUAAUCGAAACAGUAAGAAUUUGAAACAUAAAUGUCUUUGUGCCGACCACUGCGAGCAACCAGUCAAUUUGGAACCCAUCUACCAAGAAUACCAUACAUUUUCAAUAAUAGAUGGACAUGUUUUAAACAUUGUUUGUGAUAGGCAUUUAAGCAAAUACAGAAGGAACACCUGCAAAUAAGAGGGACACAAGACAAGAAGUUUUUAUGUAUUCCAAGGUCAAGCAGUCGUCUGAAAACUGGGGGUUUUGAAAUGCCCGUCAUAACUAAAUACACUGAAAGGCCAAUCUCAUAAAAUAUCCGAAAUUUUCAAAUGCGCUUUCGAUUAGGAGGACUAACUAAGACGGGGUUAUAAUACUGAUUAUUAAGAAGCAUAAUCCUAUAAUAUUUUAGAGUUGGCAGAGUGUCAGUGUUUGAAGGCACUUUUUUCAAACUCCUAACAAACCCUUCUUGGUAAAAAGCGAUCACUUAUGCAGUAGGCAUUUUUCACAUAUGGUUUUGAUGGUCUUAUAAAUUCAAAAUUAUUUCAUUCAAAAACAAGAAAAUGUGCUUCUUUUCAUUUGUUUGAUAGAGACUCAUGGCCUUUCUAUAUUUUAAACACGAAAGAAGAGUAGUAUUAGGUUUUAAAAGAAGUUUUUAAUGAAGAUAGAAGGCUCUUCGGAAAACAUCGAGUUGUACAACUCUAUGUUUUCCGACGAGCCUUCUAUUUUCAUCAUAUUGUCUCGGAAUGCACACUACCUCAGCUUUUCAAAGUUUUUAAUAUUGAGAAUUUAAGGACCGUGCAGUGUCCAUUCAUACAGCAUCGUACCUUUCGGUUUACCACUACUUCACAUAGAAUGUACCACAUAGUCCGCGUCCAUUGCAAAAUUCUAUAAAUACCUUAGAAUUUCUUUUUAAAACAUAGACGAAUGCCUGAUUUUCCUAACGCGGAAUGCAUGCGCCUUGCAGACUGUAAUCACUACUCGCUAAUGCAUCGGCGGAUCAAGCUCCGAAUUAUUCGGGAAUUGUAAAACUUUUAAAACAAAACUUUACCCCUUUUUUGAGUGUAAAAUAUGAAUAUGAUGUGAUGUCCUAUCAAGCAAGUGAAUUAAAAUAUAUUCACGCUUAUUUCCAUAGUAUAACAUGUUUUAAUUUAAACGUGCAUAGAAAAUCCGUGUGGAAAAUGAAUGCUACAUAAGUAGUCGGUUUUUUACCAAUUGUGGUUUGUACAGUAAAUUUAAAAGACGUUCCUUCGAAAGCUGACAUCCUGUCAAAUCCGAAAUAUAAUAGGAGUCUGCCACAUGUUAAUAAGUAUUAAAACCCCACCUAAGUAAUCCUUCCUAAUUGAAAACGCAUUUUUAAAUUUCCCGUAACAUUUUGUGAGAUCGGUCACCCACUGCAUUUGCUGUCACAAGGUAUAAGAGACUGGGCAGUUUCCAAUAAUGCGACCAGAUCAGUCAGAGCCCUUUCUACGUAACCUAGACGCCGAUUUGAUUCCAAAGCCUGCAAAACACGUUUUACGCUAAUAAUCUGUUAGCAUUCAAUGUAUGGAUGGAGAGAGUUUUCGAGAAGUCCCAGUAUGUAGUUCAGGAAAGAAGUACUUUUUUCUCUAAUGUUUUGUGUCAUUUUAUUGACUGUCAUACUGGCAUGGGUUCUAUCAUUUAUAAGUCGUGCAAGAUUGACAUCCUAGGACACCUGAAAAAACUAAUUGGCCUAGCUUCGACUGCAAAUCCGAAACUUAUUAAAUCCACAUCGUGUUUGGGUGCUAUAAAGGGCUUUUAUUGGACGAUCAUGAUGUCGGAAACUUGUCGACAGUGUAAUAUGAUUGGCUGCUGCUGCUGACAUGUAAGUGAGAAUUAUACGCCCCUCACCUUAUCCGAGUUAUAAGUUGUUCUGCGACUGCUUGUUAAGAUUUCUGUGUGGAGCUAUAAAUCCGAAUGCGAAACCCUUGUUUCGUUCUGCAAUCAUGUCAGAUCAGUGGUCGUCACUUCCGAUGUAGCCUUAAGUACUUUCUUUUGAAAGGAGACCCAGCCACUACACUCGGAUUAAGUCUUCUUUGGUCUAACCGAGACAUGUAGUAGACGCUUGAGUAACAUCAGUCGCUAGAUCCGACAACCAAUUUCCAUGCAAAUUAGUUCAGUUAGUCGUCCCGGAGAUGCGAACUUAUGUGUAAUAAAAUAGUUACUAAAGUUUCUCUGAUUUAUGUUACUCAGGGCAUUUCUUGGCUAACUGAAUUGUCGUCUCCUUCCCGCCAGUUUUUUUCAAAUUCCAUGAAACAAAAUUUGUAGAUGUUAAAAAUUAAGGUAGCCAAACCAAUCGAAAACCUUUAUGCCAUUUUUCUGUUUCUGAGCAAAUCAAAAUGACUUUUUUGUUCACAGUAGUGAACAAAUAUUUCGUCAACAAAUAUGCCUCGAAAGGCCUCGCUGGCGUCCGUGCACACAGCCAGAUUCCCGGCAUCUAUUUUCCUUUUCUAAAGCAGAUCUUGCAGUUUUAUAAAACUAGCGGACUACGUCGGCGGACAUUUUGAUUAGAGCUCCCUAAAUCCGCGAAGAUAAGACAGUGCAAAUGAGUAAAAUUCCUGCAACUCAAAAGUUUCCAAGACUGAAUCUCUUCUAAAUUUUACAAUUUUUCUAGAAGACACAGAUACUUGUCUCUUAUCUACAAGGUGGUUGGUGGCUGUCACCUUUUUUAGAUAAAAUUCGCAAUUGGAUGGAAACUCCGAUUUAUUACUCGAUCCCAGAUUAUUCUUCUUGCGUAAAUAAACAGUUUUUAGAAGAAUUUAUUGGAGGCAGAUAUUAUACCGACAAUUAAUCUCCAAAUUGUAUUACCAGUAAAGUCUACGCAAGCAAAAACGCAUUGCACUGAGAAAUAUUUGCUUUUAAACAAACGAAAACAGUCGAUUUACAGGUCAAAUAAUUUUUGACAUAUUAAUAUGUCAGUUUUCGCAUUAAUGUGUCCGACCUAAGCAGUAUUUUGUGGAAAGGUGGGUUUGGCUUAGAUAGUAUUGUUUUCAUUAACUAACGAGUUAUAUCUUAUGAGUCCCUAGCCUUAAAAGCAGUGAAUCAUAUAGAGAUUUUGAACGUUAAGAAAACUUGAAAACAGAGCGCGACAACGGAGCACGCUAGCAAGGUGUCUUGUACAGGUGUGUCGUUUCUCGUCACAUUGAAAGAAGCAAUCCGGUCAAAGAAAAUGGGGCUAAAUUGUCAAAGGUAAAUUCGUCCGGUACCUCAACACAGGCUUAUUUACGAUUCAACUUAGUGCACAACAGCUAACAGUUAUAAAGGGCCAUCAGGUAUUGCAACGGGUUUUUCAACUUUUGACAAUCAGACACAUGUCGGCCGUGGCAGUUAUGUCAGAAGCAGAUGCAUCACGCUUGAGAGAUUUAAAAUGAAUUAUGUGACCGUUUCAACUUCCAAACGCCAGAUAUGGGAGAACAUUGUUAUGGGGCGCUCACCGAUCGUUCAUACGGAACUCACUCGUUCCGUUGUGCCUUAAGGGCUCUCUCUCGAGCCCAACCAGCAGCCGCACAGCGGCGCAUGAUAUACAGGCAGAAUGAUAUUACCGACAAAGACAAGGCAACGGGCUCGUGGCCCGGUGAGUAGAGGCGCUGACUUCUAACCCAACAGGUCGCGAGUUCGAGGCUCGGGUGUUCCACACUUCGGGCUUUGGUAAGGCUGGCUGAGGACGGCUAAUAAGCCAGAAAUGGCCAUUCCAGUCUCCCUUGUCUUUGUCGGUAAUAUCAUUCUGUCUAUGGGAGAACAUUAUAUCAUGCGCCGCUGUGCGGCUGCUGGUUGCGCUCGAGAGAGAUCCCUUAAGGCACAACGGAACGAGUGAGUUCCGUAUGAUAGAUCGGUGAGCGCCCCAUAACAUUGUAUAUUCCCGAUCGAAAACCGACAGGGCAACGUGCUCGUGGCCUGGUGAGUAGAGGCGUUGAUUUCUAAACCAACAGGUCGCGAGUUCGAGGCUCGGGUGUUCCACACUUCGGGCUUUGGUAAGGCUGGCUGACGACGGCUAAUAAGCCAGAAAUGGCCAUUCCAGUCUCCCUUGUCUUUGUCGGUAAUAUCAUUCUGUCUAUGGGAGAACAUUAUACACUUCACUUAGUAAGUUAAUUUUGACCACCGUUUAGCCGAGAGUCAUUAAUGCACGAUAAAAGUGAGAAAGGUACCCGACCUAAUUGGAAAAAUGUUCGAGGCCACAGCGGAACCUAAACCCACAUCAGAAAAUAGAUCCAACUGACGUUGCAUCAACGUGAGCAACUUGACUCAAAUACUCUCAAACCCAUGGCUCGUGGCCAACGUCUUAAUUUUGACUGUACUAAAACUGUGCAUUCGCAAUCAUGAAUUUAAACGCCAUCAAAGUUACAGUGCUUUUAAAAGGCGGCGACACCGAUAGGACGUAGGACCCAAAAGUAAAUGGCAAUUCCAAAAUCAGACCCUAAAAUUCAGCAUUAUUUUAAACAUCACUUACUGUUCGCCCUUCCCAUUGUUUGUAAUCUCCUUCUUUUCUAGACUAAAUGGACGCUUAUCAGCGACAUUUUAUUUAAAGUCCGUUAUUUUUUAGACAAUCCCUUUUUGCCCAUUUUUAAGUAUCGCGCCAACUUUUUUGCCAGAUGACAGCGUACGACGAGACAAUUGGCAGAAAUGUAUCUGCGAGGAGGGACGACAGAGAAUGCGGGUAGAUUGAUACAGCACUGUUUCGGGCUUAUUCUGCCUUCAUUCAGCCAAUCAUAACCCUGACCACCAGCAGCUUGGACGAGAAACACUAGCAUUCGCACAGACGCACCUGGCGCAGACGGUCCACCACUGAAGCCAAUAGAUCGGUGUGCGCCCAUUCCUGAUUGAUAAAUACCCGAUCUGCAGCGACAGAAAAUGACAGGUGGCGAGGCACUGAUGAACGUCGGUUCGAUGAAGUGCUUAUGACCCAUCUGGUAGGCCUCAGUGGUGGACCGACUGCGCCAGGUGCGUCUGUGCGCAUGUUUGUGUUUCUGGUCGCAGCUGCUGGUGGUCAGGGUUAUGAUUGGCUGAAUGAAGGCAGAAUAAGCCCGAAACAGUGCUGUAUCAAUCUACCCGCAUUCUCUGUCGUCCCUCCUCGCUGCUAUUAUGACUUGGCCGACUUCGGCCUGGUAAUUGGUUGCCUGUUCGUGACCUUUGCCACACAUACGGAGCUUGUUUGCUUUGUGAAGCCAAUAGAUCGGUGUGCGCCUAUUCCUGAUUGAGAAAUGUACCUGUUUACUGUGUUCUCUUGCUCUUUAUUCUGUGUGUUGCCCCACCCGUAAGACUUCCUUUAUCACUGUCCACAGGCUAGCUCAAUUUGGUUGGGGGUCGUGUACCCUAUUGCUGUCGAAUCGGCUUACAUAAAUUAACCAAAUAUGCCACGAAUAACUACUGGAGGUAUAUAAGUCAACUAAAUGCGGAAGUCUGACUUGCGUGGCUGUCCAAACAUGACGUGAGGACAGGAACCGACUGUAAUACAGCUGGCUUAAACCCAACUUCCAGUGAAAUUAGAAAUAUGUUGACAGUGAUGUUUAGGAUCAAGUUAGGAGCUAGAUUAAAGGUAAGACUUAAAGCUAACGGUAACGUAAGCAGGGCUCAACUUUAGAUUUAAGGCAGAGUCAAGGUUUAAGGUUGAGUUAAGUUCAAAAUUAGGCUAACGCGUUGAUUCUAUGUAAGGGUUAUUGUAAAUGUUCGCAUACGGAAAUAUUUUGCGUCUUCUAGAACUAUCCGCGAUUCCAUCUUUAUCACCUGUGCAGAACGUGCCUAUGUCCAUGUCCUGUUUAGGCGUACACCUAGAUCGGUUUCGUCUCUUGAAUACUUAUUUCGCAAGAAGCAUUCGCAUAUGAGAAAGUCGUAAGUGUCUUUCUUGUUCCUCGCAUUUUUCGUAUUUCUUUGCUUUGGUUACGCUUGUGGGAGACCGUGCACAGAAAAAAACGGAUUGCUUAAAAAGCAAUCCGAAAUUUAAAAAGUUUUUUCAGGUAACACUUAUAUAUGUGGAUCAUACCUUCAAUGUAAAGUCCCUGCUUCCUGGCGUAUGACAAUACGACUGAAGCCCAUUAAAUGCAUCAAAGCACACGGUGCUAAACGUUGAAUUUGCAGCCUUUGGGUUUGACUGGCUUUUUUAAAGGGGUAAUUAGAAAACGUAGUUCAAUCUGCACUUUUUGUUUAUUCAUGGUGAUGUCCUUUCACGCAACUGCAGAGCUCUAAGUUUCAUAUGAUAACACGCAUGUAUCCGACGGAGCUGUACGCCAGCAAACCUGAGGCAGAUUCCGAUUGGAACAAAUCAGUACUUUUGUGCUUUUGUGUAAGUUAGGCGGCUGCCAAAAUUUGACAAAUAUGUCUACGUUAAGGGCUUAAUUUUCGAGUUUUGUUCCAGGAAUUGAGGAUGAUACAGAGAAGCAAAUAUUGAAUUUUUAUUUGGAUUAUGGGAUCAGUUGCAGAAAAAAUAAAAUCUUGCUUGCUUAUUGAAAACACAGUCAACCGGUCUGGGUGUAACUCCCUAAGGGAACAUGCCGUCAGCGUGGGCUCUGUGCGCACAAACAAUUUGGCUCAUUUCGGAAUGGAAAUUAAGUGUCAUUUGACGAGGAUUUUAAUUGAUAGUUGCAAAAUAAUUUCAGAAACUGGAAAAUCUCCCAGGUAGGUUGCAAUCAGCAGUGAACUGAGCCCUAAAACUGAUAUAUUACAUGAAAAUAAGAGCUACUUGCGCCAAGGAAUCUGCGACGUAUACUUUGAGAAACGCCCAGAUGUGGAGUAAAAGGCGGGAGGGAAGAAUACUGUUUUUUUAAGAAAAAGGGUCUUUUCCUGAAUUAGAUCUGACUCAAUUUGUUAACACUUUUCGUGUCCAUUGAACUUCUUUUUUGGAUUGGACUUGAUUUACCCUCAAUUUACGUAAACUCUGUUUUAUGAGAAGGUAAUUUGUUAAAACCCCCUGUGCUCUUAUUGGCUUCGUCCUAAAUUUAUAUAAAUAACAUGCUUAGUUUUGGCGGUUACAUUUUGGCCAUAAUAUAGAAAGUGGUCGUUGCGUGCCAUAGACAAGCAGUCAUUGUAACCACACAAACGAAAGUCUGAAAAAACGAGCUUUACCAACUGUUAAAAUCCCCUGAUUCAUUACUGGCUUUUCUACCGAUUUUUUAUUAAAACUUGAGUUUUGAUGCAGCUGCUUAAAGUCCUUGAUUUAUUGAUUCAUAUUAUACAUAUUAUUUCUUUUAAUUGGAAAUAAACCCUAUGAAAACUCAACAAUUAGUUGAACGCAGUGGAUACAGAUACAUUGUGUGAAUAUUGCUCCCAGCUAACAAUCGACGUUAAUAAAAUUUUAAUGGAAUUCGGCCUCUAAAACUUCAUAGGAAUGAAGACUGCAUUUCCACCGGCUUAUCACGAAGCGACGCAUUUUCCCUGGUUUUUACUGACCUACCUUUGUUGCAAGAAAAUCUUUAGCAUAGCAUUUUUCUUGAAUGAUUAGAAUCAAGCACACUCUGCAUGUUUGUUUUUGGAAGGCCAGUUGCUUUAAAGGGUACGUCCUGGUUUAUUUCGACCUUUGAUCAAAUUUUGUCUACUUUGAACCACGGAUGGAACUUCAGCAUUACGAUAGAAGGCGCCUUUUCCCAGAUUGUAUAUUUCUUGUACUUAGGUACUUCGUGACAGCAUGCUCAUUUGACUGAAUAUUGGCAGUUGUAAAUAACGAUAUAUUUUCGUCAUUUUUAUGAAAUCAGGUGCAAGUAUUCUUGAACGGACGCCAGGUGUCCAGGCGAUACCCGACAGAAACAAAAGUGGAGACAUUUUCGACUACUCCUGUUGGCCAACAUCUCCUUGUCGGCGCCUUUUGGUCUGAAGAAAAGAGACAAUUUUCAGGUUUCUUAAAGGUGGGGCUAAAAUCACUUGGCUAAUUUGAUACUGACACUUUGGGAAUUUUCAUAUAGAUGCUUAUUUUGCUGAAUUAAUGAAGAUAUCAAUUACUUGUAAAUAAACUUAAAUGAAUCUAUAUCACUAAUUUUAUCUCGGAGGAAGAUAACAUAGAAGACUCAGAGCAUGGACAGGAAUUUACGUGUACUAACAUCUAGGAAAUCCUACUCUUUUCGUCAUCCGUCUCGACUACCGACGAUCUCCUCAAAAACAAAUAUGACGAAUUAACCGACGGCCCGAACGACUGCAUUUCGUCCAACUCCUGAUACUUCUCCUCAGUAGUUUGAGAGAAAACAAAGCGUACACCACUAGAUUCGUCUUCGUAAAAACUGAUUUCUAGUAGGAUUCUACAGAACUCGACCGACUGGCUUGCAGUCUAUACUUCUGAAAUUCUGGAACUUUUACGUGGACAAUACAUUUGUCGUGACUAGAGGAGCCGACAUGGAGGCCUUCAAGUCACCAUAAUACGUAAGCUUGAUAGAAGUUUAUUUUACAAUGGAAGACGAAGGUGACGAUGCGUUCCACCUCCUUGAUGGUAGACUUUCAACUAAGGACAAAAGUCUACAAUCACGUAGUGAGCAACAAAAGUAUCUCCGAAUCUAACAACAAAUGUAUCGUUGACCAAAAAUGGAACUGUGUCAUGAUCCUUCUACCUUACUGUUAAGCGCAAUGUUGCGACGACAUGUGGAAGGCGGAAGAAAUCACACACCUACACCGCCUGCGUUUGUAAUAGUCUACGUUAAAACAGAUGAAUUGAAAAAAGUCAAAAUAAGGACUCACGAUCCUCUACUUAAAGUUGCUGAGACGACUGCUGGCGCCCUAAAACAUCCCGGACCGUUGUGACCCAUAUAGCGGUAUUUUUGAUUAGACAGUAGGCAAGUAGAUCACAUUACAUAAUAAAAUAUAUUAAGCGAGGCCUAACUGCAUACCCUACCCAAAUCUCCGUCCAACGUAUGUGGGUCUAAAUGGCCCACCAUCGCACCGACGAAAAGUACAGACAACCUGAGGGAUAGACUAUCUUUGUUCUUCUUGGUCACGUUCACUCUUUAAAAAAUAUUUUUGUUUCUGAGAUAGCCAUGGGCCAAGAUAGAUUCGGCGAGAUGGCCAGACCGUUGGUCUUCGAUCAUUAUAAGAAACAGAGCUAUGUAAUUGUAUCCGGCCGAUCAAGUGCUGAGCACAAGACUUGCAUCAGUUCGGACAGGACCGGCAGCACAAGAGAACGAAUUUCCACGGGUCUAACAGCUGACAGAAGCGGAAAAGGGAGAAAGGGCGGGCAGAGUUAACACUUGCUUACCGAUACGCUCAAAAAAUACGCACGCGAACCGGUAACUGAUCGGUCUGCGGACUACGACCGGAGGGCCAACAGGCACGUCGAUUUCGCUACAGCUAUGACGGCCGCGAAAGGCAUGGAGGUCGUGUGAGCCCGCCAGCGGUCGGCUGGUCGCAGCCAGCUGGGAACGAUCAUCCAGGUGAAAGGCCUUGCCUCAGACGUGGUAGUGAUGCGAGGCUGAGCAAAUUAAGGCUGGCCUGAACAGCCAUCUCAGUGCCCUGUAAUGGAAAUAAGGAAGCUUCCGAAAUGUUCAUGAAUACGUCUCCUUUUCUGUUCGACCACUAUGCUAAUGAUUAAUUCGCUAAAAUAUCUACACAUCGGAUAUUCGCAAUUCAUCUAUAGGUGAUACUGAGAAGGGCAAGAAACUUAUUAGUUGUUGUCAGCCAGCUUUACUCUAUCUCACGUUUCGGAGCACAUGACAUUCGAACCCGAGUUUAUAUAUAUAUUGUAGAUCAGGGGUGGUGUGUAAUCCGAGCCGACAUAAUCAAAAAGUAAGAGGUUCUUUGGAAAACUCGAGUUGUCUGCUUCCGAGCUGGUGACACCAACCCGUCUUCAGACGAAAUGAAAACAGCGGAGAAAGUUACUUUGUCACACUAGACCAGUUAGCGUUAAAUGACAGACAGACUGUUAGUCAAUGAGAGGGAUGUAUGCAGAUUAAUUGUAUGUCACUGAGCGGGGGGAAGAGGGGGAGGAAAAAUUACGGCUGAAGGGGAAGGAUUGCUGGCGGAUCGUUUGGACUCCGUGUGGCUGGAUUAACGGUCGUUGCAGCAAUAUCUCGAAUCUAGGAUGGCCUCCCCAAAGAGCAAAAAAGUAAUUUAUCUCACUCCGUACGCAAAUUGCUCGUGCCUGUAUGUUGGUCAUACGGCUGGACGCCUGGGCACCCUUAUCAAUGAAUACAAAGAAGUUGUCCACCGACGAGACGCCCUGUCCCUCGUCUUUGUUCACACCUUCGAGGGAGACCACCGAUUCAAUUGGGAUGCCACUGAGGUCUUCGUCACGGCUGACAGAAAACAAGCAAGAGAAUUUCUCGAGGCUUGGUACUCCAAUGCUGGUGGUAUCAAUCGCCAUGUUGACCUGGACGCCCAUUGAUCACGACUUACCACCACCUGCCCUUAUCCCACAGCAACGGCCGCUAAUCCAGCCACCCAGAGUCCAAUCGAUCCGCCAUCCAUCCUUCCCUUUCAGCACAGGGAGACGUAAAUUUUCCUCCUUCUCUUCCUCCUGCUCAGAGACCUAAAAUGACUCCGCGGAAAUCCCUCUCAUUGACUAACAGUCUGUCUGUCCUGUCACGCUAACUAGUCUAGUGUGACAAAGUAACUUUCUCCGCUGUUUUCAUUUCGUCUGAAGACGGGUUGGUGUCACUAGCUCAAAAGACCACAUCCCGGUUUUUUCCGGAGAACAUUUUUCUUUUCUCUUAUACAUAUAUAUCUGGAAUGGGUGCAAAUCAACAUGUUAGCUUCCCGAAGAGAACAUGCCCCGUAUGGGCGGCAAAGUUCAUGAACAGGCAAUCAACUACCAGGCCGAAAUCCGCUAGGUCAUAAUAGCAGCCAGGAAGGACGACAGAGAAUGCUGGUAAAUUGAAACAGCCCUGAUAGGACUUAUUUUGUCUUUACUCGACCAAUCAUACUCCUGAUCAGCAGCUGAGGCCAGAAACACAAAAAUGCUUACAGGCAUACCUUCGCAGUUGGUCCACCACUGAGGUCUACCAGAUGGGUCAAAUAAGCACUUUACCGAACUGAAUUCCACCAGUGUCUUGUCACCUGUCAUCCUCUGUCGCUGCAGAUCGGAUAUGUAUUCCCUCAGAAUGUGCGCACAUCGAAGCAAACAAGCUCCGCACAGCCUUUGGCUUGUUAUUUGUUUGCCUGUUUGGGAAUUUUGUCACCCAUACGGAGCUUGUUUGUUUCAUGAAGCCAAUAGAUCAGUGUGCGCCCAUUCCUGAUUGAAGUAAUACCCAAUCAGAAACGACAGAGAAUGAUAGGUGCCGAGGCACUGAUGAACUUCAGUUCGAUGAAGUGCUUAUGACCCAUCUGGUAGACCCCAGUGCUGGAUCAACUGCGAUAGGUGCGUCUGUGCGCAUGUUUGUGCUUCUGGUGACAGCUGUUGACCAGGGUUAUGGCUGGCUAAAUAAAGGCACAAUAAGCCCGAAACAGUAUUAUUUCAAUCUACCUGCAUUCUCUCUUGUCUCUCCUUGCUGCUAUAUAUAUGGAUAUAGGCGAAAAUGUAUAUAUGUGUUAUUAUGGUAGGCGCUUUCCGAACAGGUUACGAACAUGCUCGUUCCGUUGGGUCUUGGGGCUCAUAAUAAAACCCUCGCAGGCAGUUGCAUAGUGACCAGUAGUAGACGUAGGUGAAAUGGUGCGAAAAGGACAAGGGAGACCGGAAUGGCCAUUUCUGGCCUAUUAGCCGUCAUCAGCCAGCCCUACCCAACCUCAAGUGUGGAUCACUUGAGAUUCGAGCUCGGAAUCUUUGGUCAUGGAGAAUGACACUCCACUAUUGAGCCACGGGCCCGUUUUUCUUUUGGUUGUGAUCCGGAAUAUCAAUUAUAUAUGUAUACAUUGUAGGUGGACUGAGCCGCAACAUGUCAACCGACAUUACUAAAUACGUUUUUGUCCAGAAAAGAUUAGUUAAGUAGGACUGCAAAACAAAUCGUCGGGUAGCAUAAUUCCAUAAUGAUACAGUUACCGCAGGAUGCUGGCUUUCGAAGGAACUUCUAUCCUGCUGCAUACUAAAACUAUGAUCUUUAAAUAAGUGACUACUUAAGUGGUAUGCAUUUUUCUCAUUGAUUUUCAAUUCCCUUAAAAAUGUAAUUAUACUUAAUGGGAAAAAUUUGUAUAAAAUAUUUGUUCUUUUACUGAAUUGGUAAAAAAAUUACGUUUUCUUUUAACUAUUGCUCAAGAGAAGGGUAUAAAUCUGUUUUAAAUAAGUUUACUUUUGGGAGAUUUUUCAAUACCAUAAAAUAAUCGUUCACAAUAGUCACGUCUCUACAUUUACCAAUGUGACUUGCAAAGUUAACAACAUAGCUUAAAUCCGUUGCCAAAUUUUAUGAAUCCCGGAUGGUUUCCUUUUAAUGAUAUUUGGUUUUCCGUACGCGGAAAAUAUACGACUUCUGGAGUAAUAACCCCAAAUGCAAGUGAAACGGCAGGUCGGGGUUCAAAAUUAUCGAAAAAUCAAAACUUAUUUUUGAAAACCCAAUUAUUCCCAUCCUUCGAGUAUAAAAUUGGAAGAAGACAUCAAUUCCUACCGAAUGAGCAAAAUAAUGAAUAUUUUUCUGCCUGUUUUCUAAGCAAUAUGGUUGAAUCUUUAAGGGCACUGAAAAUCAAUAAGGAUUAUGCAUGCCACAUAGACCAUUCUUUUUUACAGUGCGUGGUUUUUGCAUGCAGCCAAAAGGAAGUUCGGUCGAGAACCGGCGUCCUAAGGUAGCCGAAUUAUUAUAAAAAUACGCUGCAGGCUGAUUGUUUUUACAACUCUACUCAAUGAAUAUCUUCGAAACGAAAACUCAUUUAUAAAUUCCGGUUGAAAUUUGAUGUGUACGCCCACCUUCUGCAUAUAGAUUAAGAGUGCUGACAGAGUCGAGAAAUACUCUGAUGCCCAUCGCCAACCACACGAGUCAUUAAUAAACUAAUUAGAAGCCAAAAUACGUUCUUAGAUGGUUAAAUGCCUCAGCAAGAAGAAGCCUUGAGGAGAUAGACGCAUAAGUGUGCCUCUUGGGCAAUUUGAUUUGUGUUAUGGGUGUCAACAACAAACCUUCUGCUAAAAUCAGAUGUUAAUAAGCAAAUGUGGCGUAUAUUAGUUGGCACAAGCUUUUUUGAUCCCGAUAAACGCUGGUGUCAACAUCUGACCUGAAAUCGUAUAUUUAGAUAGAAGGGGAAGAUUGCAAGAUCAUUUCGCUAAAGCUGAUGCAUUUCGGAUAAAAUAUCCGUAUUAAUCCACAGAUCAAAUCUAAAAAGGUUUGCUUUAAUGGAUUUACUCCAAAUUGUUCCAUUGAUUUCAGAAUGAAUAAAAGACCUCAGUGCAUAAACAGAUUUCGUAAGUUGCUCUGUUUACUGCCUCCGACAACGCGAUCAAAAUAAGUCUGACUUAAAAGUGAAACCUUAAUCUGCCAAAUGUGAUUCUCAUUCAUUUUGCGAAAGUGACUCUCUCGUCUGUGGAAUUCCGUCAAUUUUCUUAGCGUUCUUUUUCAACCGUCCGGUUAGAUUCGAUUAACUACUAGAAAAUGUGCUCUUAAAAAACCCAAUACUGAAAAUAAUGUGAGUGCAGUUGGACUUGAAAAGGGAUGAUGAGAAGAGUAGCACUUUCAGCAUAAUUCAAUUGUAUUGAACGUUGGAAUGACUUCGGAAACGGUUCUUAAACAGGCAAACCUAUUUUCUGCCUCCGAGCUAGGUUAACUGGGGUUAAGCAAAAACAUAGUCAUAUAUCCGGGGUUUACUUUCAGAAUACGUUUAGCUCAAAAAUGAAGAAGAAAACAAGACCCAGCCUGGAGAACGGAACAUGUUCAUUUCAUUAUUAUCUUUUGCGAUAAAGGCCUGUAAAACCAAAUUGAAGGAUCUCGAAGGCAGUUAGUUCAGCUUAAACAAAAUAACAGAAUAGGGAUGUGGGUUCAAUUAAUGACUGUGCUCAUGUCCUAUUCCCACAAAAUGUGCAAAACCUGCUUAAUUUAGUGUAGGGAUUAAUGUAAAUGUGAUUUGGAACAAGCGGUUAACGUGCGGGCUUGCUUCAAAAUGCCCCUGUGAGGAAAUUAAACCUCGGACCUGCCCAAAACGCAUUAAACAUCUACACACUGUCUCACACUUAAACACACAUAUGAUAAACGAGUAUCUUGACAGAGGGUAAUGAAAUUACAACAUGUUUGUGUCUAUAACUGUCAAAUAAUUGAACCAGCUGCAAAGCAAUCAUUUUUUUCUCAUGGGAAGAGGCAACAUGAAAGUUCCUUGUUUCGGCCUCGCAAGCAUCGAUGUGAUAGCAAACACGUUUCUUACUUCGACGCUGCUUUAUGAAGGUCAGAAACGCUGUCAUGCUUACAAAAACAAAUAUGCAAACUUGUAAAUAUCCAGGAAACACAUCGUCUUUUUCAAAGAGGCAAAGUAACUGGAGGUAGCAUAAGUUACACUUUUAAGCUGGUGCUAUUUUAUUAAGAUAUUUAGGAAAGUUCAUCCCUGUUUUAUCUUUUACUGAGAAAAUAGAACAGGAAAAUGGCCCAAAGUCAUUUUAUUGUUGAAACACUCCCUUGUUUAAAUUUUAAAUUUAUGUGUAUGUCUUUAUACGACUUAUUUUUGACAUUUCAUAAAUUUUAACAAUUGACGCUGCUGUUUAUGCUGCGUUCUGCCAGUAUUUACUUAUUACUUAUGUGGCUUAUCAGACAUAUUCUUAAAAUACACACAUGGUCCAUCGUCAAAUUGUUGACAGAAGUCAGAUGUUUAUGAAAAGUGCCUUAAUGAUUACAAAAAUGUAAAUAUUUUCGCACCCUUUGACGAUGAAUUAUUUACCUAAAUACUUAGAGCCAAGCUUGAGGGUGAAAGCUUAAGUGCAUUAAAAAACCCCUGACGGUAUUCUGUAGUUAGAAAAUAAAGCAUUAAAUGUGAAACUUAGGUUCAGUUUUUGAGCGAUGGGGUACUUACGGAGCUGCAUUGGAGUCAAUGGUGGUAUUUGCGUGCUGGUGACAAAAAAAUCUGCCGAAUGCAGGCAAUACAUCGAACUGAAGAACUGACACUGUGUCACAAAAUGACAUUUGAAUACAUUGUCGAAUUUAGAAGAAGACAUUUAAGCAAUCUCAGGGAGAGACGAUUUGAUCAUCUGACGUUUCGUACUCGUUCUCGAGCACAUCUUCGUGAUAGACAAGAUAAGGAAUAUAUGUUUUAAAAAGGAAAUUUGUGAUCGUACCUGAUAAGUCGUACCGCUAUCUUCUCGCACGUAAGUGGCCUCGUAUUACGCUUCUAGUUUAUACUGCAGCUGAUCGAGUUGGCGUCUGAUUACCAGCCGUCGAUUACUUCUCUCGCCAGUUUGCUUUCGUCUCGGCCGAGCACUUGGGCACCGCCAAAGUCGAACAUGAUAUUAUUUUCUACACUGCGCAUAGCGACUUGCCAUCGUAAUCUUUUCGCUUUACGGCUAAACAUUGUUCAUGCACGCUCGUUCGCAGUCGUUUGUCGAUCAUGCAGCGGUAGUUGACCAGACACCUAACGUGUCUGCAGGUUGUAGCCGGCCCUUAGGCUCUAUGAGUAAGCGGCGGAUGGUGGCCUUUGGUAGGUGUCCAACGCCCACGCUUAGCGAUCUCAAAAUGCGCUCAGUGGCUUAAGAGACAUUUCUAGUGUAAAGCCAAACACGAAAGACUUCAGGUCUUUGCUCUUACCGACGGCCCUCGUGUAACCUUCGCAUAAGCAUUUGUUUGCAAAACUGCGCGGAUAUCAAUCAGCAGUGAACAGGUGCCACAGGGUUUUUCGCGCCCGCAGAAUUUCGGCUUCUGUGCAGCAGUGUGUGUUGAUAAGGCUAAAAAGUGUCCGGACGCAGCUGAUUUCAUGCGAUAGGGAAUGGUUGCUGUCGUAGUGAAAAAUUUUGCAUGUGCUUGUUACUUUCUAAAAGACACCAAUCUGGAGGGUUCCGUCUUCCUGCCUCGAUACCUGGAUGUCGCUCAUAUCCGUAGUCGAAUCUAUAAUCAUCAGAACUUUGGAGCUUAGCCGCGUCGAAGGACUUAUAAGACUAAGAGAAAAUUCUUCCUUUGUCUGCUCAAAGUGUUAUAAAUUGUGUCUCGUGUGCGAGAUUGAUGAAAGUCUGCAAGUUCUACCUGCGUGGUUGUGCCUUCUUAAGGACGACUUUUUUUCCAUCGAAUAUUACCGGAAAAAAACGUAUUAAUCCCUAACUACUACAAUGCUCCCAUGGUGUGCUUAAUUCUGCCAUAAAAACCCCCAAUGUGCGAGUUAUCGAAGGCCGUAUUUACAUUUUUAGCCGUAAAUCCUACCAUGGAAGCCAAUAUUUAAAAGGUUCGACCCUUUAUUCUAAAUAGCUUCCUCAGUAACGGCAACUUUACCCUUAACGAGAACUCAUCGUGGCGAAAUCGGUUGUUUUUCGCUUACUAAAGUGAAAUCAAAAAAUUGUAGGAUUGAUAAGUAAAUAAAAUGCUAGCAGACAAAUGAAAAUCUUGGAUUUUUUGGCAGAUUUUGAAUAAUUCAUAUAGACCCUACAGUGGAAACACGGCGCCUCGGUGGGAGUUGAACCCACGCACUAAAGAGAAGGUCUUAGUGCCGCCAACGCUGUAACCACUUCAGCUACGAGGCCUCGCCGGACGACGCGAGUUUAAUCACGUUUGGUUCAAGUUACCCGCCCAGCCUACGGCAACGUCUGGAAGCCACGAAAUCUGAUACAGUAAGUUGACUGCCUAAGCGGGCGGGUAACUUGACCCAAAUGUUUGAGCAGUCAACUUACUGUAUCAGAUUUGGUGGAUUUCAGACGUUGCAAUAGGUUGGGCGGGUAAACGAGACCCAAAUGUGAUUAAACUCAUGUUGCCCGGUGGGGCCUCGUAGGUGAAGUGGUUAGGGCGUUGAGUGUAUAGAAGCCUUCCCCUUACUGUGUGGGUUCGAAUCCCACCAAGGUGCCGAGUUUUUCACAGUCGGAUCAAUAUGAAAUGAAAAUCUGCAAUUUUGUGAAAUAACCCAUUUUUCCACUUUUGCUAGUAGAGUACGUUUUUAUAAUUCGUUUCUGCCUUCAAAAUGUAUUUCAGUCAAUCCAAACUGCCAACCCGAAUGCGCAAUUUUAAUUUCCUGGGCGUUACCCUUACUGAUUUAGUCUUGAUCCCCCCACAUCAGCUUAUCUGCCUGACCGAUCUACCUGCAUAUGUGUUGGUCGGUUGGCGUGAGCAUUUAACUAACAUUAUCACAUAAAUUCGCCAGAUUUCGCUGAAACUGGUAAUAAUCGCCAUGGUAUAAAUGGUGACGUUAGCAAACCUACCGUCCCCCUCUUUCCCAGCCUCUCCCCUGUAGCUGUGAGCAGUACUGGUUGCGUGCGCGAAACACGACUCAUUUCUGCCUUGCCUGCACGGUUUACUUUCAUGUCGUCCGACCGCAGGCUGCCAAUCCCUCGACCGCGUAAAGCAAGCCUUAUCGCUUGAAUGAUUGUCAUCACUGAUAAACGAAAUAAGACCAGCCCAUUUUCGCGUGUGUAAUAUUUGGCCUGGAGCGACGUACACCGAGCAGGAAGACAGACCUCGAAAAUGCAGUCUGUUCACACCGAAUUCUCAGGAGGUCGAAAAAUCAACAACUGAUAAUUCCUCUCAAUAAAUGUAAUGAAGACGGGACUGACCAUCGUCUGUUGAACAAACGUGCAUGUAUUGAGCGAUGGAUAUUUAGAUUAUACCUACCAUUGUUGGCUGAGGACCGAGUGCCGUUUGUUUUUGAUGCAAAGACUCGCACAUAUGGAAGCGGAUGUGCUGCCUUAUGAAAUGCCAACCGAAAUUCUGAAGGACGAUUUUAGUUCGAAACAAUUACUAAAAUAGGGUUGUUUUAUUAAUUGCCAUGCGGCAUAACUCUAGCAUAGUUUACUCCCAUGAGAAUGUUUGUUUUGAAUAGGCCCCUGUUUAAAAGUCUGAAAGAAUUAGACUAUAUAAAUGACUGCAGUGCAUAUAAACUGUUCAAACUGAUUUUCGAUGUCCAUAUAAGUCAAAAUAUAUUUUAUAGAAAGCAUGCGUAAAACACUCAUUAUUUAACUCCCUUGGUAGGGUCUUAUGUCUCUUUUGAAUUUUGUUCUCGAAAAAAUCAUGUUUCUUUUUUGAGGUUUCUACGUAGGAGAGUUUUUGACACUCUGAUAUUUCCGCUCAUAAAACAUUGCAACUCUACGCUCAUAAAUAUUGCUUGCAAAACAGACAAUGCGGCUCAACUUCACUGUGCAAUCCAUGAAAGCCUAUGUGCUUACUUCUUUAAAGCAUUUGGGGAUAUAUGAUCUUCUCUACAUUUAAAAUACACAGUGUGUAGUUUGAACCACUGAACAAAGGCCUAACGGCAGUUUGGGGUCAGAAUUACUUUGAAAUGUAGAAAAAAUUAUAAAACCCAAUUAUAUUCUUUUUCCAAUGUAAAAAGUUAAUUAAAACGUAUUUUGCUAAUAAAUAGGUGAAAAAAGAAGAAUUUUAUGCCUGGUUUCUAUAAAACAUAUACUAAUUUUUAAGGGCAUCAAAAAUCUAUGAGAAAAAUUUGAAUUACAUCAUAUGCCGUUUUUUCAGCGACCGAAAAUAACUUUAUUGGAAAAUCGGCAUCCUGCAAUUGAUACGUUAUCUUGGAAUUCGUCCGGAUCCUGCAACCUUACUUAACUUAUCAUUCGACUCAAAAACGCGUUUCAGGACAUCGGUCAAAAUUUCUUGAGAUAUCGCACACGUCUACCUUUCUCUGUCACUCUUGUUCCCCUGGUACUGAUGCCAGAAAAUUACAGAACUCCAUAAUGGUGUACAGAUGUCGGUUAUAUUUGCGUGAUUUUACACGCUAUGCGUCUAGUUAAAGUUCACGUCAGGUAAGCAAGUGUUUGGAUACAGACAGAGUCCGGACGUCGUCAGGUCAAGGGGCUAAAGGGCCGCCGUUUUGCAAAUGACUUUACACUAAUAAAUUGCACUAACAUCUAACUGUUGUGUUUUGGUUUGGCGUUGACGAUAAGGGUUGAAAUUUUGAUUUGCGUUAAGAUUAAUGUUGGCGAUAUGUUUAGUGGUGGGGUUAGAUUUUGUAUUGUUCAGGUGCGAGUUGGGGGGAGGGCUAAUUUUGGAUUGAGGUCAGGGACUAGUUGCUCCUGUGGGAUUUGGUACAAGUUCAGCUUUGGUACUGAGUCUCCCUAUUCAUUUACCUAGCCCAAACAAGAAAUCUACUUUGGUGCGAGAGACAACAAUUGUUGUGGAUGCGGCACCAAAUGGGUCAGUUAACGAACACUAAUCAGCCUGCGUAACUACAUAGCAGUGGAAUUCUCUUCUGACACUUUUAUCCUUUGUGGUUUGAUGAUACAGACGGAAAGUUGGUUCUAACAAUUUGUUUUUUUUCUGAAUGUGUUUUGGCGGAGAUCCUAUCUUUUGCAUUUCGCCAACGUUCAUACUCGAACUUUGUCUCGAAAUGUUUCAUUUUAUUUUAUUAUCUUAAAACCUACCCAGAUGGGACGUGGUAGUGGAGACCUGUGCAAUGCAGAUGGUCUCGCGCUUAUGCCCAGGGAGAUGAGGAUUAGGGUAAGGGUUAGGUUAAAUGUUGGAUUUAGGGCUGGGAUGUGGUAAUUGUUGCCCUUAUUAGAAUUUACAGUAGAUGUGCUAACCUAUGAAAUGUUGACUAAAAUUGCGCACUGCGUUUUCGACUCAAAAAUUUAAGUGGGGUUGUACUAAUAAUACCCAUGCGGCACAAUCUCAUAAUAGUUAGGUUGCUUCAGGGUGCCAGCUCUUGAAUGAAUUUCUUCUCGGUCGCCUGCAAAAAAUGCACUCGGCAAAAAAUGACUGCUUACGUAACAUGAGCUUUUCUUAUCGAUUUUCGACGCCCUUAUAAAUUCAAACAUACUUCAUGGAAAAGAUGCAUGCUAAUGUUCAUUCUUUAAGGCUGUUGGUGGAACGCUAUGCUUUCAUUAAAUUUCACAGUCUGAGGAAGAGCAUAAUUCAGUUCUAAAAAGGUUCUACUUUCCGAAUAAUUUUUAAACUAACGUGCUCUUACACUUGCAUUUGGUGUUUUUAAACUACACGUUUAAUGUUUUUCCUAACGGAAAAUCAUACGUCGCUCUUCGAUAUUAAGAAGAAACCGUAAAGUGGUUUAUAAAUUUUAACUUUAGAUUCGAGCCUACUAGAAUAUCUAGAAGCAAAUUAGGCAAAUGCAAACACACAAUAUUUUGUGAAUGGGUAUUUGAUUUCCUUAAACAUUUCAUAGUUAGAAAUGUUUUUAAGAACCACUUUAAACCCUUUUAAAAGCGUAUAAGUUAAAUAAAUCAAAACAAUCUACCGGAUGAAUGAGAAAGUGAGUACUUUCAUGCAUGUUUUCCAUGAAAUAUAGCUGAAUUUGUAAGGGCAUCGAACGUCAGUGAGAAAAUAUUGUGCAACUUAAGCAGUCCUGUUUCACUGCUUGUAAUUUUUGUAGCCGGCCAAAGAAAGUUCCUUCGAAAGCCUACGUCCUGAUGUAACUGAAUAUUAAUGGGAUUAUGUUAAACGGUUGUUAAUAGUGUAGCCGUAUUUUAGUACUCUUCUUGAAUCGAAAACACAGUUUUCUAUUUCGACUAAGACUUUAUGAGUUAGGCCGCUUAUAGUACCCGGAAGGUGCUCCUCCCUAGUCACACUAACUUCAGCCAAAUUGCCGUGCUAGGCUUCAUCUGUGAAAUACUUGUGUCACCGGUAAUGAUUCUUUCGUUAAUUGAACCACCUAACUUAAAUUAGGGGCGCUACCUCAUGAGGUGUCAGUCAAAACUUCGAAAUGCGUUUCCCUUUUCAAAAAGAUUAAUUAGGUAGUGUUGUAAAAUAUAUCAUCAUGCGACAAAAUUGCAUAAUAAUAUAGUUACAGCAGGGUGCCGGCUUUCGAAUAAAUUUCUCUUUCACUACAUGCAAACACCAUACUGUGCAAAAAAGGACUUCUUAAGAAGCAUACAAUUGUCCAAUGAAUUUUAGAUACCCUUUAAAUUUAAAUUAUAUUUCACAAAAAGCAUGCAUAAAAAUAUUGGUUUUUUGCUUAUUCGGUAGGAAAUGUCGUUUUUUCGAAUGUUAUACUCAAAUAGUAUAUAAUUCGGUUUUAAAUAGUUUUUUUUAUUGUGCGAGGUUUUAAUGCCGUGUAAUGGCCAUUCAUAGAACGUCAUGUCUCUGCAUUCGCCAGUGUACCUUGUAAAGUUAACGAUAUGGCUUAAAUCUACUGCUUAAUUUUAUGAAUAACAGGUGGUCUCCUAUUGAUGCAGUAUAGAAAUAUGUGGUUUUCCGUACGCGAAAAGUAUACGACAUAGAGUUUGGAAACCCUAAAUGCGCGUGUAACAGCAGGUCGGGGUUUAAAAUUUUUCGGAAAUCAGAAAAGUUUUUGAAAACUGAAUUGUACCCUUUCUUUGAGUAUGGACGUGGAGGGAAACCUCAAUUUCUACCAAAAGAGCAAAAGAAUGAAUAAUUUUAUGCGUGAUUUCUAUGCAAUGCGGUUGAAGUUUUAAGGGCUCCGAAAAUUAAUGAGGAAAAUGCAUGUAACGUAGAUAGUCAUAUUUGCAGAUUGUAGUUCAUGCAUGCAGUCUAAAAAGAGUUUUGUCGAAAGCCGGCACCUUGAGGUAACUGGAUUAUUAUAGAAUUGUGUCGCAAAAGGAUUAAGUUUACAAAUCUACUUAAUUAAACUUUUCUACAGGGAAACGAAUUUUAAAAUUUUGGUUAACAGUUCAUGCGUUGCCCACCUACCGUGUAUCAACUUAAAUGGCAAAGUACCCGUAUUUGCACACCAAAACCACUUCUGCAGGGUCCCGUCGAUGUUCUGCGUGUCUUAUUAGUAGUUUUAUUUUAUUGAUUAAGCAGACUUGCGGCAGUUGCCUAUAUUUCCUCUAAAGAUGUUAAAAGUCGCCUCUUCCAACAACGACGGUCUAUGUUUAGAUUCAUCCCGGUGGAUUUGCCCAAAAAGAUGAAUUAACGCCUCGCAGUUGCGCAGUCAGCUAAUUUGUCCGCGGCUAUAGCCUGUCCGUUGGGACUGGCAUGUAAGCCUUAUCGCACAGUCAGUCACAUUUUGAGCAACGACCACCCACGCAGAUUUUUACGCUUUUGAGUGCAUGGUGCCACCAAAGGAAGUUGCUGGAGGAGAAUAAUGCCACUAAGGCGACCGUUGAGCAUUGAUUAACAGAGAUGAGAACAUCUACCUAGGUUUGUAAGCUGAUGAAGUAAGAUUUGAUUGUAAGUUUUUCCAGCCAGCCUAGUUUACUUUGUUUCGCAAAAUGCAUUGCUUCUCUAUUAGUGCGCAUUUUUAGUUCAUUUUGAAUAUGUUAAGCUAGUCAUCUGAUUAUUUUGCAGAAGCAUGUGACCCUGUCAAUUUAAUUUUUCGAUUGUAGUAUUAAGUGUCUAAGGAUUUUCUUAAUUUUAAGAGUAGUCCAAAUUAAGUGGUAGAAAUGGCGUUCCCCCUUAAUUGGCGUUAAUAUUAAGGAUCAACAUGUGCGAUGCCACAGCGUCCCUAGAUGUUCGCUCUUUUGCUUAUCUCCGACCAUACACAAUAUCCUUGUGAGACUUGCACAAAAAUGGGAAAUUUUAAAUCUCAGUUUAAUUUCCUAUUGUCUAAAACGGCCACAUAAUAUAAUGCAUUUUAAACGUCUAGCCAUUUUUGCCAUUUUGUUUACGGGCUAAAAUAUCUCCAGGCAUUUUACCGUAGUCAUGCCAAAAGUCCUUUUGUUAUGAUUUAUAUUCAGGCCGAGAACGGCGUUUUUCUUACAAUUACAGCAAGUUUGAAAAAAAAUAUUUAUUGAAAGUCCGGUGCAGUCCGGAGGCAUUAAUUCAUUGCAAGCAAAGUCAUCAUAAUAGAGAGAAAAUAUCUUCCUUUUAAUACUGCAAGUCAACAAGGGCGGACUUGUCAAUCUGCCUGCGGUGUGCAUGUUCCCUGUUAGCGUUUCCUGUGCAUUGGGGUCUGCGUACCUCUUACGUGCACAUGUCGUACUUUCGCGAAGGGGUGGAAAAAUCUAUCUUUCGCAUUCGCCAAGGAAUUUACUGCAGGUUGUUAAACCGAGAUUACUGAUCUAGGAUUGGAUUUGAUGCUCGUGGCUACUCACAAUGCUCAUUCUUUGUCCACUUUGACGAGGUGGGCGUAGGGAGGCUGAAUGCACGUAGUAAUAACCGACUUGAAAAACAUCCGCGGCAGCAAAUCCUGCCAACCCUCCCGGACUCUAUGGCAUGACUAAGUCAGGACGAUCAAAAGUCGGAUGGGAUGCAACGUCUGGCAACUCAUAUACGCGUGCCACACACGCUCGAUCUGCACAUUCCGGUGCACGGUUCACUCUACCAAAUCCCUGAGGGAAAAUUUACAUUUCGCUGAACCGUCGGAAGUGAGAAGCUGUGCCUGCAUAGAACAAGUCGGUCCUUUAAAAUGUGGCGGUGGAAAAAGUCACAUAAUGUCGCCGGAACGCUGAAAACUAACUUUCCUUGUGCUAUAUAUAGUAGUUUGGCUAACGCAUGAAAUGCCAACCGAAAUUCGUUAUCGUUUUGCAAAGGGUAAGUAUGUAGGGUUGUUAAACCAAUCUUUCCGCAGGGUAAUUCUAUAGUAAUUCAGUUUUCUUUGGAUGUUGGCCCUCGAACGAACUAUUUUGGCUGCAUUCAAAACCUAUAAUCUGUAAAAGGUGGCUAUUUAUGUAGCAUGCAUUGUUUUCAUGGAUUUUUUAAUGCUUUUAAAAAAUCAAUAACAUUUCCUGGAAAACAUACAUAGAAUAAAUUUAUGCCCUUUCUCGAUCGGUAGAGUAUUAUGUGUUCUUUUAAUUUUAUACUCGAAGGAAGGGCAUAUUUCGUUAAAACCUUUUCCAAUUCCCAAAUUACUUUGCACUCCGACCUGCCGUUACACUUGCAUUUUGGGUUUCCAAACUACAGGUCAUAUAUUUUUCGCGUACGCAAAAUCAUACAUUUCUGUCGCCAUACGGGGUUCAUAAACUUUACCGGUGGAUUAUAGCCAUAUUGCGAACUUAAGAAGUCAAAUUGUUUAAUUCAGAGACAUGAGCAUUAUGAACGUCUAUCUCACGGCAUCAAAAAAUCUCCCAAUUAGAAACUUAUUUAGAACCGAUCUAUAACUUUCAUUCAAGCAUUUUAUUGAAAGACGACCUAAUGUUCUAAAAAUGAGUAGAAGAAUGCACAUUUCAUGCAUGUUUUGUACGAAAUAUAAUUUAAAUUUUUAAGGGCAUCUAAAAUCAAUGGGAAAAUACAUGCCACCUAAAGUCAAUUUUUACAAAAAAUUGUUUUUGUUUAUUGCCGUAAAUAAUUUUUUUAAAAACCUCCCUCCUAUAAGAACUGAAUUUUUAUAGACCUAAACCGCAGGCUUAAUAGUUUUACAAACCCACGUAACUUAUAUUUUCAAAUUGACAACGCAUUUUGUGAUUUUGGCUGACAUUUCAUGAGUUAGUCUUCCUACUUUGAGUGUAAGGUAAGACGUAUUUCGAAAAUAUUUAAUAAUUUAAUAAAAGGUCGCCAAAGCUUAACAGACCUAUUAUCGAGGCCGCCACAGUUCAAACUGUUUUACGACAAUUCUUAAUAGCAGUUGUCUAAGGAUCGAAUUUUAAGUGGCUCUUACUUAUCUUCUUGUUUUGAGCUUGAUUGAUAUAACAAAUAAACAGCUUUGGAACGUUUUAAAUACUGCGAGCCUUUGAAAUUGGUUUUUCUUUGUCUUUAUUAAGGGAGAUCUUGCUGGCCUUACACUCAUACGUGGAAAAGCUCUGGACACUGCGCAACUACAAUGUUUCGUCGACUGUACUGCCCGCUUCAGUCUGGACUCUGGUGCAUUUCGAGGCAUCAGCCCGGACACGAGGGUCGUCUGGGAAAUGCCGUUUAAUAAUAUUCUCAUUGAUAGCUUCGAUUCUCAACAAGUAGUGCUUCUGAUUCGUCGUUUGCGCGUCCUCAACUUGGAAUCCAGACUGGCCAGCAGAGAGCCUCGAACGGCGCUACGUCUGACCACUCACAUAACGUAUGUUAUUAAUAUCCAACGUUCUGUACGCCUUAAAAAAAAAUACUAUUACUCUGUAGAUGUGCUACGUCAAGAAGUAUGAACUGAAAUUCUAAAGUGCGUUUUCGAUCCAAAAAGAUAAUAAAUUAUGUUGUAACGGUAAUAAUUGUGCAACGGAAUUUCAAGAUAUUUCAGUCGUAUCAGAAUUUUGGCAUUUGAAGGAACCACUUUCCUGCUGCAGUAAGGGUUGUGCUUCGUAAAAUUGGCCACUUAGGUAGCUUGAAUUUUUCUUUUCACCUUUAAACUUUAUACCCGACAGAAAGGCUUUAUUUAGGUUCAAAAAUCUUUUCCAAACACUGAAUAAUUUUGAUUCCGAUCUGUUCUUGUACUUGCGUUUAGGAUUCUAAACCACAAACUGUACAGUUCGCUUAUAAGGAAAGUAAACUAUUUCUGCAUGUAGUUGAAAAGACAUCAUGUGUGCCUCAUACCAUUUUGCAGCGGAUUUGAACCAUAUUAUAUUGUUUGGAAGCAGCACUAAUAAAUGCAAAGAUAUCAUGUUUUAUGCAUGAAAAUUUAUUGGGCUUAAAAAUCUCAUGAUUGGAAACUUUCCAAACUGGAAGACACUCUUUCUUUAGGUACAAUAUUUAAUAAAUAUGUAAUUUGCUACAAAAUGAGUAAAUGAAAGAAUAUAUUGUUCAUAUUUCUAAAAGGUAUAUCUCGAUUUAUGGGAAAGUCAAAAAUUGAUGCGUUAAAGUCAUACGACCCAGGUAAUUGUUUUUUAUUGGAUGUGUUGGUAGCCUCAUGAACAAAUGAAAUUUCUUUCUAAACCGCCAUCCUGACGUGACUAAUAUAUCUUGGGAUUGUGCUACAGAAACUUAAUUUUACAACUCUACUCAAGUAGCAUCUUACCAUUUAAAACGCAUUUCAAAUGUCGACUAUGCGUAUGGAUGCGUAUGGAUGGAGGGUGCACCGUUCGGUCAGGGUCGUCCCGUGGUACUUCCGGCUUCUUGCAGGCUGUCCCAUAGUUGCCGACUUGAGAUUUGAUCUCUAGUUUUUCGGUCGUUGAACGAUAAUAAUUUGACGCAUUACGAAUGAGCCGGAAAUAGUCGUGCCAAUCUCUUCUAAUUCUGUCGACAGUCCUUUCUGUAUCCUAACUGGUUUUUUGUAAUUGCCUGCGCGGUACAGCCGAGCAAGCACGGCCCGCAAUCCUAUUUCUAUGCAGGCUUCCGCCAUUAUUUAUUUUCUUGUUGUCAAAUUAUAUGACACUGGAUUCGUGGCACAAUAGUUGGGCGUUGAACUACUUUACCCACAAUGGUCAAUGAGUAUAAGUCAUAAUUUACGAGAAAGCAGGCAGGAGGGUAGCCCUUAUCUCCCUUGUCUUUAUUGUACUUCAUUCUCUACAUACAAUUAAUCUGCUAUCUCAAAAAUGUUAACUGAAAUUUAAAAAUGUGUUUUUGACUUUAAAAGAUCAGUUUAGUAGGGCUGUAAUGCAAAUUAUCGUGUGGCAUAACAUCAAAGUAUUUUAUUCAUGCCAGAAUGCCUCCUUCGGAAAGAGCUCCUUAUUGUUUUCUGUGUAAACUGCAUUCUGUUAAAUAUUACUGCUUAAGAAGUAUGCAUUUUUACUAGUGGUUUCGUUUUCUCCUCAUAGGCUCAAUUAUAUUUUGUAGAAACAACGCACACAAUUUUCUUUAGGAAAACGGUUUGGAAAAUGUGCAAUUUACCACCAAAUGAGUAAAGGAAAGGAUACUCCUGUCUAUGUUUUCAGAUAAAUGUACUUGCAUUACAGAAUUGCAAAAAACCCCGUUAAAAAAUUUAAAAGACGACUUGGUCGACAUACGUUUGCUUUCGAUAAAUUCUCUUUAGACCGGUAUAUCUAUAAGGCUAUUGUAAAAGGAGUAACAGAUACAGGCAAGUAGAUAAUUAUGCUAAAGGCCCAUUCGGAGAGGGGAGGGCGUAGAACAUCAAAUUGCCGGUCGGCGUCGGGGGAAUGAUGAGGCACUAGGAAAGGCAGUUACAUGCGGGUGGCUGGCUUAGUGGCUGUGAAAAUGGGAACUGCGGAACUCCUAUUGAGUUCUGUGCGCACAGUCUUGCUAUUCAUACAAAGAUUGCAGCCAACUCUGACGUAUCUAACAGGUCUUGCUCAAGUUAUUUUGAAUACCUUGAUGUAACUUGGACUUGAGCUGUUGCACGCCCUCUAAAUAAAAUGGCUGAAGGUCGUUUGUUUGAUGAGGAGGUUAUUAGACUGUGUUUCUAAUUCCAGCUUUUUAAGUCUUGAAAAGGACUUCAUAAAUUUAUAUACGGCCUAAAUUUGAGACGACUAGACAUUCCAUAGAAUUUGGUCCGGAAUCGGAUGAGUUAUUUAAUAAAGCAGCACAAUUAGUUCCAUAGAUUCUCAAUGCUGUUCCUCCAAGCCGUUACCAGACGACUGUAUUUUCAUACUCGACUAAAAACGAUAACAACCUCAUGUCUAAAGAAGAGUGGGCGUUCACCGGGAGGGGUUUAUUUGAUAUCCGACGUUUCGGGUAGUUUACUCGUCUACCCAUCUUCAGGGACUGAGAGGUCCUGUGCACAGCACUCCUUAUUAUGGCGCCCUUUGUCCAAUGCGUGAUCCGCCAAUGCCGCCUGUGUGGCUGCAUCCAACCCGCAUGUCACCGUUACCUGAAUCGCCCCCGUCGGCCGCGGUGAUGACUGACGGCCCCGAUUGUCCGGCGACGUGACUGUCCCCCGCUAAGAAGGUUCGUAAAGUCAGAUAAGGGGGAGGCAAAUUAAUGUGGCGGUUGACAGAGCGGUCGGUGGACAUCCAGGCUUCUUGCACUUGCCUUGCUGUGUGGUCGCCGCCCCGGCCCACAAUCUCAACGGCGUCAAAGUUGAAGAUGUGUCCCAUUUGCGCGGCAUGGGUUGCUACCUCCGACUUUGGGUCCAACCUUCGCACGGCCAACUUAUGCUCGUGCAUUCGCGUUUGCAGCCGUCGGCCGGUUUCCCCAACGUAGUCGCAACCUCCGCAGCUGCAUUGGAGUCGGUAGACAACGGCCGACAUCUCCUGCUUAGGGAUCGGAUCUUUCGGCCGCAUCACUUGCCGGCGGAUUGUUGAGUCAGGCCUGUGGGCAACACCUAUUCCGAGUGGCGCGAGUGAUCGAGCCACGACUUCGGAGACCCCUUUAAUGUACGGAAUGCUCCGCCACGAGUUUGGCUGACUGUGCUCCUCGGCCGUUGUCUACCGACUCCAAUGCAGCUGCGGAGGUUGCGACUACGUUUGGGAAACCGGCCGACGGCUGCAAACGCGAAUGCACGAGCAUAAGUUGGCCGUGCGAAGUUUGGACCCAAAGUCGGAGGUAGCAACCCAUGCCGCGCAAAUGGGACACAUCUUCAACUUUGACGCCGUUGAGAUUGUGGGCCGGGGCGGCGACCACACAGCAAGGCAAGUGCAAGAAGCCUGGAUGUCCACCGACCGCUCUGUCAACCGCCACAUUAAUUUGCCUCCCCCUUAUCUGACUUUACGAACCUUCUUAGCGGGGGACAGUCACGUCGCCGGACAAUCGGGGCCGUCAGUCAUCACCGCGGCCGACGGGGGCGAUUCAGGUAACGGUGACAUGCGGGUUGGAUGCAGCCACACAGGCGGCAUUGGCGGAUCACGCAUUGGACAAAGGGCGCCAUAAUAAGGAGUGCUGUGCACAGGACCUCUCAGUCCCUGAAGAUGGGUAGACGAGUAAACUACCCGAAACGUCGGAUAUCAAAUAAACCCCUCCCGGUGAACGCCCACUCUUCUUUUGAUAUGCCACCUGGGAAUCGGAUUUUCACUAAUAUUAACCUCAUGUCUGCGUUAAGGAGGGAUCCUUAUAUGACCAAAGUUCGUUUAGAUAGGCUGUCAUUUAUUACAUGAGUACCGGACUUUUUAAAAGCGACAUCAAGUUCGAUAUGCGGAUUUACACAACAUUCCUUUGCAUGUUUGGCUUUAGUAACGUUUCGACCUUUAAUGUAUAAACGGCUGCCACUGCCCAAGGUGAGCUCACAUAUACAAGUUUAUCCCUCAAAAUUCUCUUAAAGGUGACGCUCCCGCUGUGUACUAGUUGGUUGCGCGCAGGGAUGCCUUAACUGACACACGCAAGGGCCUCUAUUGACGUGAUUAUGUAUCAGAAAGGCAUGGAGAUGCUAGCAUACUCCAGUAAAAUGUUUAACGAAUUUGUGAAUAAAUCCCCUAACAUUGACUACAACUUUACAGGCAAUCAGAAGUUUUUUUUAGCUUAGUAGUUUCUUGGGAAUUGCUGGAUCAAAAAGGCUCGCCAAGUGUCCAGAGGGUAGACUUAAAACUUAGCUAAUCAUUCGAUGCAAGUAAUAGGGACUAAUAUCAAGCGUAUGCAGACAAUUUAGUGUAGCGAGACACUUGGUUCAUUUAUUGACGAGUCCGUUUCACAAGUUUCCGCUCCAAAAGGGGACAGGGUUGUAGCAGACAAGAUAUUUGAAUUUUUUGAUGUUGCUCAUAUGUCCACGCUAAACAAAUUCUGGUCUGGAUAUAUUUUUGUCACGCAACUGCGUAUACUACUGGCAACAAGAAAAUACCCCUAUUAGUUUACCCAUUUCUCGUUAUCCUUCUAAGGUAGCAUUUUACAAUAGAUUCAUGCAGCACCUCUUGGUCGACAACUUGGCAGAUUUCGGAAUUUCUGUUGCUCAGUUGAACUUUGCUUGUUUUGAAAGGACAGUAGGAUGCUGUGCCUUGAAUGAAUAAAUAGCCUAUUUGCAGCACUAGAUAAUACCACGUGACUAGGUAUUGAUAACAUUCCGGUCGAUGAAGUGAUUUUAUGCAUAUAGGUGUUUUGAGGUUACUUUGACAGACAUGGUGACAGGAGGUAUUCGUCCCUAUAGAGCGCUGAGACUUAACCUAAAGUCCUCACAGGCAGUUAACGACAAGCAGUGCUGCUAAAAGGAUUCGAAUACGUUUUCUUUGGUCCUCUAGCAUUGCUAACCCGGCACGGACUUCUGUUUAUACUGGUGGUCCCUUUGCGAUGGCCCGCGGGGCCUCCAAAUUACGCAGCAUGCCUUGACGGGACGAACAUGCCCCGUUAGUCGACUGACUAAUACACUUCUGAUUUAGGUAAUAUUUCUGAUCUUUACCGGCAAAACACAGUAUUAACCUGCUGCCAUUGACUUACAUUGCGUUUUUUACAGGGAUAAUUAAAAGAGUAUGUGUUUUUGCCCGAAUAAUCUAAUGGAAGACUUGAAGUUAGGCUAAAAGAGGGACAUGUCGAUCUAUUGUGUGCAUUCUUUUUACAAGUAAGAAUCGUAAUGGUUUUUUAAAGCUAAAAAAGGGCAUUUCGAUCUUUUGUGUGCUUAACAUUUGCAAGUAAGGAUCGAUAGGGUUUGUUAGAGUUUGACUGGAUGUCCAAAAGAUUAAAUCGAUAUAGGGUAAUGCUUUUUGACGACAUAAGUGCAAUUUAUUCAGCCCACAGCAUAUGAUCAUUUUUCUCGUAAGGUUUCGUAACACCUUCCUAUCCCACCCAAUUUUAGUUUUUUUAGGAGCGUCAGUUAAUGUUUACAUGUUCUGAACCAAUUAUACUUAAAUGCGUAUUAGUUACAAUGACUGCAUAUUUUCCGAUGUGUUGUGGCUAAUGUCCGUCCGUACCUUCAAUCAAAGGCGCUAGACGCUCGUGUUUUUAGUCCAAAGUUAGUUAUUCGUUAAACUUAACGUGAUAUUACUUAGAUUAUGUGCUGUAUAUUCGGCAGUUAUUUUGAUCGCAACAGCCCUCGUCAUUUCUUAUGUGUCCACCGAAUUGCUUUACUUUCGCUCAGAAGUUUUCAGGGAGUCGUAGAUCAACCAGUAAUUGAGAGGUAUUGCCGUGGGAGGGAAUAAAGUGCAGAAUAUUUAUUUCUGGGUUAGUCAUCAUCGGCGUGGUCAAAAUACCAACAUGAGUGAGACCUUGAUAGGAGAAAAAAUUUUCACUAAACCGAUCUCGUGUCGUUUGUAGAGCAAGUUCGUUUCAAGGCUUCCAGUGCACGUUUUAGUCACUCAAAAUGUGAGAAACAUUCAAGCUCUCCCGGAGAUUAUUAAACUUCCUCUUUUGUGAUUGCACUUGCAUUGCCUUUAUGUCAGGUGAAAUGUUUAAUUACUCCCCCCUUCCUCCCCAACUCUCGCAAGGACCAUCGGUUUCAGGCGGUUUUUCUUUCUAAAUAAAUUAUUCGGCCAGCAGUCACCAUUUUAAACCUCGAUUCUUGUGUUUCUUUUCAGCUGCAAGAACUCGGAUGAAAUUCUGCACACAAAACCAACAGUAAUUACUCUCGCCGGCACACGUUCAAAUGACAGGGGUCCUACUGGGGCUUUCGAAAAAGAGGAGCCCUCCACCUUCAUUCCUUUCCAGUCAGGGAACCUCCCUGAAGCUAAUUCGCUGAUAAAAGACGUGGACCACGAGUUGACGCAGAAUGGAGAUGGAGCAGACGAGAUUGGAGAAGCCGACUUGAUUGACGAUCAACCCUGCGCGUAUCGCCUUCGUCUGUACAGUGCUCUCAUUGACUCCCAGGCCGGCCGAACACUCAGAGUAACAGGCCUAGGUGCGGGAGAUGGGCAACUACUUGUGCCCGAUAUGGAGCUCUACUGGGAUGCCAACUCGAUGCGCUGUCAAGAAAUCUUAAAGGAGCAUGAAAUAAAUGGUGAGAUUGACCUCCAUUGCUGCAUCAUCAUGUUCAGAAGAAGUCGGCUUGAGGAGGAGUUGACCGGAGAGUCCGUAUCUAGUCAAAAGGACUGGUAGGGAGGGCAGGAAAGAGUCGGUGACUGAAAGCCGUGCUACCUGCUGAGUUGUCUAUAGUGGCGAGAUGAGCGCCAAUGUUGGCAAAAAGGUGGAAAUGGGAAAAAUUGGUGGAUAAGAGGAUUUACGUGGGUCUUCAGUGAUGAUCAGCCUGAAAAUUUGUCUUCAGUGUUCGGUGUAAGUUUCCUACUCCAAACAAUCGAUCGUAAGAGCGGUCAAAACAGUACUUUUAGUUAACGGCUGACGCUGCUUCGGAGCUGUAAAUUGAGCAGUCAGCCAAGCUGAGCGCGAAACAGAAAGAGGUCCCUCCUUAAUGUUCUGCCAAAGCAAAGUGUCUACGCUAUGACGUUACUGCUAGUAUUACGGCCGGUUGGGUUGCUGACCCGAACUCAGAUUCUGACUGGCGUAUUUAUCUUCAAUUACGUAGAGGGGAGUUCAAGGGUCUAUCUAGUGUUAAAGAAGGAGACAUGAUCGCUUCGACAAGGGCUUUAUUAGUCUGACGCUUCGAAUUCCUGCUCGCACCCAUCAUCAGAGAAAAAAGCAGAUGCGGGUGGUUCAUGCUCAAGGGGCUGCAGUAUUUAUAGGGUGCAGUCGCCAUGCUACCGCAUACCUAUGAAUGUUCAGGGCUCUACCCUUCCUCAGGGAUCGUUGCAUGUGAUGUUAUGGCUGGUUGCAGCUCCUUGUGCAUGAACCACCCGUAUCUGUUUUUGUCUCUUAUGAUGGGUUUAAGCAGGAAUUCGAAAAGUCGGGCUUAAAAAGCUCUUAUACCAGCGAUCGUCUCUCCUUCUUCAAGACUGCUUCCUGAGAAUCGUCUCUUCGCUUCUAUCGGUCUGUGCAAUGUUCAACUUUUUUGGCAACCAAACCUUUGAAGCCUCCUCUGGAUGGCGAUAAGCUUUUUAAAGGCCGUAUUUUUAGUUUAUAUUUAGAGUGUUGGGGAUAUUCUUCUUAAAAUCUUCGUCUGUUUGUGAGCGUCAACUUUAAUGAAUUUAAUGUCAGUGCAACAUUUGAGAUGAUCAGUCCGGCCAUUAACAAACCCCUCAGCAUCCAAUUUUUGGAGUUCUGCGAUUUCUGCGCAAAUCGAGGGUAGAUUAAACUCACCAGCCUCUUAUUGCCUUCCGCACAGACCCUUUUCCGUGUGCGAAAGCAAAUCCCGAGGCGUGAGGUCAGACCAGGAAGGUGUUCACUUAACGAAACUCGUUUCAUCUUUGUCCAAGAAAGUCACCGCAAAUUUUAGUUGUCAUGCAGUCCCAGCUUGUGAAUAAACUACCAACGUCAGAACAUAUCUCACCUUGGCGCACUUCGGUGUACCAAACUGACACCUUUAACUCACCUCCGUCCAGGUCAAAGGCUGUUUUUUUUGUCCGAGAAAAAAUAACAGCGGUCAUCACAUUUUUAUUAAUCAGUGGAGCCUGUAAUACAUUGGUGACGACCCUAAACCUGAUUAUUACAAUUGUACAGGGAUGUUGCUUUCUUGUCGUCAUUAAAAGAUAAAAAAAAAUUAAGUUUUUUUCAUGUAUCCAAGUCUAUGAGGACUUUUCAGACAAAUCGACGUGACGGCACUUGCAGCGGUCGGAAAUGCUUCAGAGACCGACCAGCCAGAUCUCUUUCCGAGAACAAGAUGGCCAUGUUAGCCUCAUCUGAAGGCCUGGGCAAUAGUUCUUCGAACUGGUGGCUGGUGAUUUUCGGGUCGUUAAUAAAUGUUUUCAUGAAAUGACCUUUAUCUAUCUUGUUAGGGACAGUCUUUGAACAUCCCUCCAGUAGGGUUUCCUUGAAGACAAAAUAUAUGAUUUUAAAUUUUGUAAACCACUGAACCAAACUGCGAAUCUUUAACUUGAGCGCUCCAGCUCUCCGAAGCGCCCAGAAGCACUUAAACAGUAAUAAAAUUUGUAGAAAAGAACCUGAAGCAGGUCAGCUGUCUCAUUGAUUGACCGUUAGCAUGACUCAUUGUCGACAUGAUUUAUUAUCGUUUAAUUCUGAAAAGAAAAAAAGUGGCUUUUUGAACUCUGACAAAGGUUUCGGCUAUAAACAAAUGGUUUUGUUUAAACAGGAAUUAGUGUCAGCCGCUGCACCCAGAACUUAACUUGAAGGUAGUUUCUGCUUCACUCUCGAAGACAUCAUGGAAAGUACAGUCAGGAAUUAGCGAUCGCAUAGGGUUUAAGGCACUUUUGGGCUGUUGUCGCCAGGCCAAUGCCGAGCAGUCCACAUAAUAAACUCCCGUCCGUUGCGGUGGCUACCAAUAGCAAUGUCCCGAUCAUUCUCAACGAUAACUUCGAUGCAGCCAUGAUCACGGUUCUUCUUACGGAGCAGCAUUCGACUUGGGUGGUCAGAGCGCUGUGCGGUGCCUUUGAUAGCCAGGCCACAGCAACUAAAAGUGAGAUCAUAUACAAUCUAACCCAUAGCAAGCGGGGGAGAGUAAGGUGGAUGCAUUGCUCGCAAAUGCGUACCUGCUGUCUGCCGAAAUUUUAAGCCGGCAGACAUCUUGGGUGGCCUCCUUUAGUAAGCAAGUAUAUUGACUCUGAAAACCUAGGCUAUGAUUUAAGUUAGAUAAGCUCUCAUGCUCAAAGCCUGCGGCUGCUUGCUGGGAUGCCAGGGUGUCCAAAUAAUCUUUCACAGCGCGCCGUCUAGACUGCUUCUGCUAAGCUGCAUGAAAAUAACCUUUAUACUGGUUUUACUUACUUCUAGGUCCCUCUAGGUAUUUUUCAAAAAUAUAAGUCGAUAUCAUUUAAACGUGUUGAGAUAGACGUGACAUGUGCUACUGUUUCAAAAUUACAAAAGUAAAGUAAAUAAUUUGAAGUCUGGAGUAGAUCAUCUGGUCCAAAUGCAGAGCAUCCGUGAGUCGCACACCCCAAAAUUGCUUAUACAGCUGAGGAAUAAAGGGGAAUACAACAUCUUCCCUCUUAUUUUUUGGCCGUUGACCGUGCGUAUUUCCCAGUCGCAACUCGAUCUCAUUCGCAAAACGAUUAUGUGAAAAUAGCCUGUAUUUUUCUACCAAGUUCUAUUUGUUUCAGAAAUUUAGACAUUUACCUUAAAAUAAUUCCCUUAACUCUCGUGAUUUUUUCUCUUCAUAUUAUAGAAUAUUUUGGAAGUACACGCUUAUUAAUAAAUUGUGUAUUUUUUCCCGAUAGCCAAUGUCUUUAUUUUACGUUCUAUGCUCUUUUUAAGUACCGCUUUGUUGCUCUGACGUUCCCUAAGAUUGCUAUGAGAAUCUUGCUUUCAUAAGAAACUCGUAAUUCCUUAUCCACCUGUCGUCGCAGUAUUUCGCAUUUCACGUAAAAAUCAGGGUUUGCCAUUUGUUUGACUUCAUCACGAGCGGAGAAAAAAGUCACGGUUUGUGCUGCGUCAAGCAUUUGUACGCCAUUGCGUAAACCGAUACUUCAUCUGUGGGGAAGAAUUAAGGGGUAAAGUUAAGCUGUAAUCCAUAAAAGCCUACCGGAAGGAAUUUGACACUCAUCGGACACCAUACGUCGAACUAUUUACGGUCCUCCAUUUGGAUUUUUCGGACGCUCACUGGAGAUGAAAACAGAAUUAAGCCAACCUUGUACUUAUCGCCCUGUCACAUGCCUCAUGACAGCAGGUAUCGUGACAGGCUUUACCAAGGCACUGAUUCGAUGAGGUUUCUGCCACUUUGUUACUUUGUUAGUUACCGCACUCCAGGGCCCGAGUAAGGGCGAAAAACGAAUCAGAUUUUUGGUGAGGGAGAAUAUUAGGUAGAUGGUUGCCCAAGCUAUCAAUCCGAAAUCGAAAUUUCGCUGUCUCUCGUCCUAAAAUAGAAGUGAAUAAAUGAGUGCUACUGAUCCAGCGACCUUGCCUAUUUCUGACCGCAGGUUGGUAAGCAUUAAUCUGGCAGUUGAAGUGGUUAAAUGUUUGACUUUAGAGCUCUAUGAUCACCUGGGCACAAACUACACCGUUGGCAACAAAUGCGAUCUAACUGUGACUGGCCAGCCACGCAGAUAGGCGGGAAUCGUUGAUACUUACUUUACUUCUAGUCCUGAGCUUGUGUUAAUACCAGAGAACAUUCUAACUUCCGGUUUUAUUUCAUUUUCACGUCCUGCUACAUGCAUCUUUUUCCAUAACUCGCAUUUGCUCUAGGUGUUUAUAUCUCGGAAAAUGGACUUAAUGCCCAUAUCAAAUGGACAACUUGCUUCACCAUGUGGUACACUGGUCACAAAUUUUAUUUUUACCUGCGGUAGAGAGACAAUGUUUUGGCCACUUUGAAUCCUGUCGCAGUUUAACCUAAACCACUUUAUUUAAAAAGGUUAAUAUGGGGCCAUAAGUUCUUAUUUGCAGUUGUCCAGCCCGUUGAAAGUUACAUUUAGGCAGAAAUUAGCUUCAUUCCUGCGGAGUUCGCCCAGCGCAAUCCGUAUUUAGAAAAUUUUGUCUGCGAGCCAUAUCCUCCAAGCUUCUUCUUUGGGACAUAUUUUAAUUGUCUCAGUUUUUCCAAGGUGACGGUAACUGACAAAACAAGACCUGUCCUCUGCAAAUAGUCUUUUGGUGCAUUAUCUGUCAAAAUACCUCUGAGGGAUCCCAAAGUUAGCUCUUUUUAAUGGUUUUUUUUCCUAUUAUCAUCCCCUAUAAGUUUUCUAAUAACCUGGAAAUAAGCGUUAUUUAUUACCUGUGUAAUCUACAGGAGUGAAUGACAGUGCAAAAGCCAUUUCAGAACGUAUAGUUAAAGAGGAUAAUUGUAGAAUGAUUCGAAAUGUGAGGGGUUUUUUAUACUAACCGAUUUUGCCCGGGAUAUCUUCUAUCGUUUUUUAGGAAUACAUUGGGCACAGUGGGACACCUCUAUGGUCUUCCGAGACACUGAUGACUAAACAACCUACCUGACACAUUAAGUCAUACGUGAAAAGUACUGGCCUCAUAAAAGUAUAUACGUGAUUUUGGCAGUUUGGGAGCGAUGAAUGGUGGCGGAAGUAAAUAUUCCCCUCAGAUUUAAUUUUGAUUUAAAAGAAAGGGAGUGCCUAUUCGUGUGUUCUACCGCCUCCUUUAUUCCAACCCCCAUACGCCUAAACCCUACCUAAAAAGCUCUCAUAAACCUAAUACUUUCAAUUUACAUUAUAACUCCAACUCCGCUCUCUGCAUUGCAGUGAAAGGCAUUCCAAACUGUCUAUUCCCCUGUCCUUUUUCGGAAGUUUUUCAAGCCAGAGAGCUAACUUAUCAUAGUGUGUGAGAGUACAGCAGGUGGACUAACUCGUGAAAUAUCAAUUAAAAUUUCGAAAUGUGUUCUUGAUUCGAAUUUAAUCAUUUUGCAGCAUAAUUCUAUAAUGAUCCAAUUCCCUCAGGGUAUCCGCUUUUGAAUGAACUUAUUUCUGAAUGCAUGCAAGACCUAUAAUCUGCAAAAAAUACCACUUAAGUAGCACGCAAUUUUCUCAUUGAUUUUCGAUGCCGUGGAAAAUUAAACUAUAUUUACUAGAAGACAUGGAAAAAAUAUUUACUUUUUUAAAUAUUCGGUGGGAAAUCACGUCUUUAUCCAAUUUUAUUCUCGAAAGAAGAGAUAAUUAGGUUUUUAGAAACUUUUCUAAUUCCCGAAUAAUGUUGGACCCGCCCUGCCGCUACAUUUGCGUUCAGGGUUUCCAAACUACAAGUCAUGUAUUUUCGUGUACGGAAAACCAUGCAUUUCUCUACAGUUUUAAGGAGAGAUCAGAUGGGAGUCAUAAAAUAAAGCAGUGGAUUUAAGCAAUAUUCUAACAUUUAACACGUUUGUAAAUGCAGACACAUGACUAUGAACUGCCAUUUCGCGGUAUUAAAAAAUUUCAAAAUUAGAAACUUUAUUGAAACCAAAUUAUGCCCACCUGUCGAGUAUAAAAUUGAAAUUAGACGUGAUUUUCUACCGAAUAAAUAAAUGAAUAUUUUUAUGAGUGCCUUCUAUGAAAUGUAGUUACAUUUUCAAGGGCAUCAAAAAUCAAUGAGAAAAUUGCAUGCUAAUUAAGUAAACAUUUUUGCAGGCUAUGGUUUAUGCAUGCAGUCCGAAAUGCGUUAUUUCAAAAGUCGGCAUAAUGAGGUAACUGAAUUCUUAUGAAAUUAUGUUUUAUGGCGAUUAAUUUUACAAACCUACUUAAUCAGUCUUUUAGCAACGAAAACACAGUUCGAGAUUUCGGCUGACAUUUUAAUAGUUAGCCCACCUACUGUAAAUUUCAUUGAGGCCGUUUGAUCAUAGUUAUUCUAAAAUCCCGUUAAAUGGACACCACCGUGUAUAUUUUAACGUAUCCAACAAUAGGUUUCGCAGUCGACUAUAAUUAAUAGUAAAUGCGAUUGUACUGCUGGGCUACUGAAUCAUUUUUGGACGCUCCGUGCUUUCAUUAAUUGAGCUAAAUCUGCAAAGAAUUGUACCUUAGUCCACAACAGUAAGGCGCCAUUGACAUCUCUGGCAGGAUCAUUUUUUCCCUUUAAGGACUUUUUAUUAGUAGAAAAUCUCAAAAUACAUUGAUUCUAGUUUUAAACUGCUCAUCCUGUUUUGUUUAUUUUAAGAAAAUUUAAUUUAAGACGAACGUAAGAACUGGCUUUAACGAGACACUUGGUUGUAAGUACUAAGACGGUUGAUUCAAUCAAUGAGAAACAUUUUGCGCAGAGGUUUGCAGUGAGUUGAGACCUGCAUUAAGAUUUUGUUAGGCUCGUACAGAAUAAUGUAUAGCACUUCUAAAUAUCGUCAAUCAUUUACUCUCAGUAACACCACUGGGAUAUUGAGUGAGAUCUUAUGAGAGAGAUGCAACUGCCAUAUGUUAUGAUAAUAAAACCGGGCAUUGUUUUGCAUGAACAACCUGAGUAUUUGCUACACAAAACGAGGAGUUAAAAGCCAACUUUUUAGUAGCCCGCAGUGUCAUUGCAGAACGGUUGUCCUAACUCUCUUAUACGUUGGCUGGUCUUGAGCUCUCAUCUCUGAUUUUCGAUCACAGUGGUUUGUCAGACUAAAAAGCGAGGGAAGAUGCCAACGGUAGCGUUAAUUGCUGCUUUUCAGUCCUCCGUCUGUGAAGUCGGAAGCAUCAGAUGGUAAACCCCAAUGAGUAUUUAGUGGAAAUGCACGCCGUGCUGACAGUCGUUAGGCAUGAGUAACGCUAAGGAGCGUGCUCUUCAGCAAGACGCGGAUAAAAUUAAGGAUACUGGACUAGGGCUACUGGAAUUUGCUAAAAAGGACACGAUUCUGACAGUUGUGAACGUUGCGUUACACUAACCUGAAUAUAGCUUAUACAUUGGAGUAUUCUGUUAGAGUCUGACUCACUUAGUCACGAGCCUUCCAUCAAAGUCAAUAAAAUGAUUGAUUGAUUGGUAUUUGACCUUUUUCCCUAUUGGGUUUAGUACUGAUUGCGUUUUUCACAAUUAAUCUUCAAAAACAUACCUACCUACAAACAAUUGUGGGCUCUUACAUCAUAUCUGAAGAUCAUAUAAAAUGCAACAUUCGUGACAAUAUACAGGGGAACAGUCUUAUGGAAGCUUUAUGACACGUACCUUAAUGUGUGCAUUAUCUACUAUUUAUAGAGCUCACGUUUUACAUCUCAAAGGUGAAAGUGGUGUGCUUAUCUACUCGAAAAUUCAAACAUAAAACCGAUUUUUGAUGCGACACAGUCCGGCCGGUCGGACUUAAUAAGCACAGCUAAGUUUUAGACUUCACUGUGAAGAUUAACUAAAAUGAAUGUUUUAUACACGAAUUAGUAACCGAGUUGUGGUGUUCAAUUUAAGGUAUGGUUUCCAUAAAUACUCGGCAAAAUGUGUUUACACAGCUUAAAUGAAUAAGCCAAAUAGGUUCAAGGAAGCACACAACCCGUUGAGUCGUCGAAAUUACGUUAAAUGUGGUGAGACGAUAAUUGGCAUCUAUAUAAAAGUGCAGGGAAAGGCCGCACAAAGUUCAAUGGUAGUGGCACGUCCCCCGUUUCGGGGAACUUUGCUAUUAAGUUUAAAAAAAAUUAGGGUGAGUCUAAAUAAUAAAAUCGAAUUUUAGGUAAGGGCUAGUCUUGGAACCAUGUUUAGGUUAAAAGUUAAUGUUUGGGGUAAGUCUGCUGUUUGGGCCAGAUUUAGGGCACGGAAACAUUUGCUUCUUCUGGGAUUUUGCGCAAGGUCACCUGGAAAGGGGCGGUUUUACGCAGACUGAGCCUUUAUAAAGUGUUUGUGCGAACUAGAACAGCUUCCGUUAUAAUGACUCGCAACUGUUUCACCCUUUGCAAAACCUACAUUUCAAGCAUUUGAAAUCAUAAGCCACAUGGCGGAUUGAUUUUAUAUUUCGAAAGGCGGCAUUUCAUGAAAUAUACGUUGCUGCUACUGAUAGCAAACAUUUGAAUACUUUUGAGUCGGUGGUGGAUGUUGUUUGGAGUUCACAUCCCUGCAGACUGAAAGCAGCCAGUUCGACAAACACAGACUUGAAAACUAAAUCAUUUACAUAAUUCAUUGGAUUUACUUUACCAUUCCGCCCCAGACAUAUUCAUUAAUAGUGAAAGCAAGCGCAGGUGACCUUGUCUUACGAUCGUUCAUCAAGUCGCGCAAUCACGUCAGGAAGCGUUGUUGGGCAGGAAGCUUUUCUUCUGGCGCCAUUACCUCUCGACAUAGACGACCAAAACACGUGUGUUAUAGCUAGUUGGUUGCUAACAAAUUCGUCUAUGUUGUCGCACACCAAACAGGAGUUAUAAAGGGCAAACUGGUGGAAACCCAGUUAUUUUUACUACCUGUAUUCAAAAAUGCACUGCUAUGUGCAUUGAUACAACACCAAAUCCUGUCUUAAAGGAUUGUGCCACAGGGUGGAUUUUGCAAUUUUGAGGGCGAGAAAAGUUAGCCAUAUCAUAAAAUGCCGUUGUUUGCAGUCCUUUUUAUUAGAAACGGACUUACAAAAUAAGUUUCCAUCCAUACGCAAAAUUAGAACUGUCUUAUGGUAUGCUGCGCCGCCUGAUCAAGCUCGAGUGACUGUUUAUUUCGCAGCCGAUUUCGUUUUAGUUCCCGCCGGCAUCCGUGCCGGUUACCCCGUCAAGAAAAUGGCAAACACGCCCAUCUGCUAAGCGUUCCUCAAAGUCCAGUCUAUAGAUUGUGACACACGCAUUCUGUCGCAGUUUUCCUAACGUUCGAGUUAAUUAGCUUACGGCACUAUGAUUUUCUGGUGUUAUAAAUGUCAGCUUCAAUUUUUACUAUACGGACAAUAUUCAGACGACAGAAUUCUAUCGGUGUGUCUGCAUUUUCAUGGUAAAUUUAUUAACCACCUACUUAAAAUUGGCUCUUGGUAUCAAACACUAAAAGAACGCGCAUAGGAGUAUCUUAGUGGUAUCUCCAUUUUCGGAUGGUUUGAUAACUGACCAUAGGGCGUCGAAACAAAUAAAAAUACUAUUUUCGACGUUUGUGCAGGCUUUCCUUCUUUUGGCUAAAAGUUGUGCGGUCAUGUACUUUAAGAUUUGAGCCAUCUUAAAAAUAAAACCAAAAACUGUCAGCUCUCUACUCAUUCUUAUGUGCUUGCUUUAGUUUUCUCGAAAUACUUUUUAUGUCUUUCUCUAUGCUCAGAGCGGUUUUUCGUUGCGUGACGUGCCACGAUAGCCUCUUUUAAAAACUUCUCUGAGUAACGCCGACUGGCAUGAAUAAGCAUGUUUCUGCGCAGUUUGCCUCAAAGAUUUCGAGAAUUCUCUUCCUGCGCGUUUUUCUUGCAUGCCUCAAUGUCAUGUUUAAAUAAGUCACUGGCGCCGCUUUAUGCGAGAAUUUGUUUUCCCUGUUAUAUUGCUCGCUUAAAAUGCUUUUUACUUUAUAGCAGUGCAUUUGACAUAAAAUAAAGCUUGAAAAAAAAGAUACGAUUGCCGGGACAAUAGAUUUAUUAGCCUGAUGUUUCGGAUUCCUACUCGAAUCCAUCAUCAGAGACAAAGAAACAAACGGCUAAUAAAGCUCUUGUCCCGACGAUCGUGUCUCUUUCUUCUGAACUACUUCCUGGAACUCGUAUCUUCGCUUCUAUUGGCAAUGUAUUUGGGCGCGAUGCGCUCCGAUCAGCCCGGCGAUGGGGAACCUUCGUCCUUCGGGAGGCCUCUACGUAUUCGCAGAUCCGGUUUCUGCACAGGUGUCUCGACAAUAAUGUGUUACCGAAAUGUGUUUCAUACAAGCCACCGGUUAACACGGAUUUGGCGAGACGAGCAGUAUUUCAGCACAACAGAAGGAUGAUUCCAGUGCUCCUCCAAGAUUGCCACGCGAGACUUCGUAAGUACCGUCAAACGAUUGACCAAGAAAAGACCAGAUGCUGUGAGUUCAUGGGUGAAAUCGGUGCGAAUCUGCUCCUGCGGAGGAUAGUCGAACAAGCCCACGAAAAGAGCACGAUACGCGACGCAGCACUGGAGAAAAAAUUUCGAAAACUGCCCAAUCCAACGUCGCCCAGAAACGACAAACGGGUGCACAACCUGUCAUCGAAGGAUCUGACGAAGGAUCAGAUGCAGAUUUUUCGGUACGAAGCUUCAUUUUACACGGCUGACGGCAAACGUGUUAACAUGAUUGCAGCAGUGGAAUCAAUCCUUUGUCAGACGGAGGCAACGGAGGAGACUAAGAACCUCAUCCGACACCAAGUGUCGUCUCUCCUGAUGGCCCACAGGUCUCAGGAAAUGCUUUCUAAGGUCGAACGUGAUGCGCUUAGAGAACUCAAGGCCACCAAAAACCUGGUCAUCGUGCCAGCGGACAAAGGACGCGCCACAAUUGUACUGGACAGGACAGACUACCUUCAAAAACCCAAAGGUUUACUGAAAGACCGACAGUUCUAUGUCCCAUGUGCAACGAACCCUUUAAAGGCGCUGACACGCGAAAUUAUUGCUACGUUGUUGGCCUUGGAGAACUCAGGUGCAAUAACACCGACCGACAGACGCAUGGCGAGACCUCAAGAUACGGCUUUGGCCCGAUUCUAUGGCCUCCCUAAGGUGCACAAAGACGGCGCUCCUCUCCGACCCAUCGUGUCGUUCAAAGGUACUCCAACGUACGGACUGGGUAAGUGGCUGUUUCGGCGUUUCAAGUUACUGGCCGCUGAGUCAGACAACAUGGUCUCUUCGUCAGCACAAUUCCUGGAGAAACUCAAAGGGGUCAGCAUCCAUCCAAAUGAGGUCAUGGUAUCUUUUGAUGUUACAUCCCUUUUUACUUCUAUUUCCCAGGACCUGGCGAUCAAGACAACUGUGCUUCUACUACAAAUCAAAUACGAUGAAACGGAGAACCAUCUUGGACACGCCCAAAUACUUCAGCUCCUGAAGCUCUGUCUCAGGACGUACUUCACGUUCAACGGGACAAUCUGCGAACAGGUGAAGUGCAUACCAAUGGGUUCGCCGAUUUCGGGAUUCGUCGCCGAGGCGGUCCUGCAACGGUUAGAAUCGCUUGUCUUCCGACACCACAGACCGAAAUUCUGGGUCCGGUAUGUGGAUGACACCUUCGUCGUCAUCGAACGGGAUCAGCUGUUGACAUUCCAAGAAUAUCUCAACGCCGUCUUCCCGGACAUUCAAUUUACGAUGGAGGAGGAAGAGAACAACCAGCUGGCCUUCUUGAAUUCCUCGUAUGCCGCAAAGAUUGUAGUGAACUAAAAACCAAAGUGUUCAGGAAAGCGACAAAUACGAUGCAAGUACUGAACUUCAACAGUAACCACCCAAUCAGCCACAAACGCAGUCGUUUAAGGACGUUCUAUCGGCGUGUCGAUACGCACUGCAGUGAGCCGGAAGACAAAAUUGCUGAACUACAAUACUUCCGACGGGUCCUCAAAACCAAUGGCUACCCGCGCAACUUCGUCGACCGGUGCAUACGCAAAAGGGACCAAAGGCCUAACCGCACGGACACCAAGUCUUGGCGGGCACUUCCGUAUGUCAAGAACGUUUCGGAAGCUGUUGGCCGCCUUCUCGCACCACUUGGGGCUGGAGUUGCACACAGGCCGGAGGCAACUAUCAGGCGUCAGUUGAUGAAACUGAAAGACCCACUUCCACGGCAAGAAACGCCUGGAGUCGUUUACUGGAUCUGGGGCAGUUGCGGACAAAGCAACUACGCCGGAAAAACCGGAAGACAGCUCCGAACGAGAAUGGCCGAACACGCGGCAGCGGUGCGCAGAAAUGACGUCAGCUCUCAUGUUGCGGCUCAUUCGACGAGAUCCGGCCACACAUUCAAAUUCGAUGAGGCCGAAAUUCUCGCAAGAGGUGUCAACCGCAUGAGCCGGGAGCUACUGGAAUCAUGGUUUACUGGCCCCCUGUCCUUUAAAAAGUGCAACGAUCUUCCCACUCCAUACUCCGAUCUAAAAUUUUGCCUAGGCGGAACAACAAGCCAUAAAGGGAGAGCAGAGGUGACAGAUUUUCCCAACACCGGGGUCGGUGCGUCAGAUGGUCGAGCAGUCAUCACACCACCAUCCAACGCAUGUGAUGCAAUUGCAGCAAUUAUCGACUCGAAUGUCGGCCAUCAAGCAGCGAUCACACCAAGUGCGACGAUCCUGGAUGAAGGGGGGAGGGAGCCGUGAAUGUUCAUAUGUAUGUGGUAGCAUGGCUACUGCAUCCUAUAAAUACCGCAGCUCAUUAUGCAGCAACCACCCAUUUCUGUUUUUUGUCUCUGAUGAUGGAUUCGAGUAGGAAUCCGAAAAAUCAGGAUAACAAACCUCCUGUCCCGGCGAUCAUGUCUCCUUCUUCAAGACUACUUCCUGGGGCUCGUCUCUGCCCUUCUAUUGGCAACAAAAUUAAGCUUCAAAACCCGCAUUUAAACUGUGAAUAUUUGCGGACUGGCACAUGUAAGUAUAUACUGUAACCGGGCGAUCGAAGAUUCUCCAAAGUUCAUUAUGGACAAUAGAGCGUCAUACAAUCCGACCGAUUUAACGAAUACCCUGCGGAUGCAACUUUCGCGGUUUUACUGAUUAAUCUAAGCAGGAUGAGCACAUCCUGCUGUCUGAUUGGUUAAUGUCCCCCCGAUGAUUCAUGCAACGCUAGUUAAGCGAGUGACAUACUGUUUCACCCAUUGCAACUGGCCACGCUUCCGACAACUGAUGCACCCGGUCUUCUACGUAUCUUCAAAAAGCAUAUUUCUCCGCCUUGAAAGCUUGACGAUCUUAGGUCGGUUAUGAUGGCAUAUGCUGCGCCAAUCGCAGUUAUAGUAAUAGUAGUAGUAUAAGUAGUAGUAGUAGUAGGGACGAUGGUCGUCCAGAAGACAUGUCGACCUGACGACUGUUCACAAGGUGCAUCGCGAGCAAGCAAAUAUCACAGUUAUUGUAGAUUUGCGUUCGAUUCUCUUUUUGUUGGUCAAGUUGGAUUUAGCUAACAAGCUUUUAAACGCCUUGUGAAUAAAUUGCUUUUUCAGGAAAUCUCAGCUCCAUCUACUCUCUCUGAACUUUGAAUAUAUUCUUCGUUUCAAAAAUGUCUUGAGGUUUUGUUUACAAAGAACGUUAACGUGUUUUUGUUUAGUUCUCAGCUGUAGCAUAAGUGCCUGUUUGCCCUCCGACACCGUCCUCCAUCUGGAUUCCGAACAGCUCAGUCUCCAUGGCUUCGACCAGAACAGCCUUCAACGCCUGAAUAUAAGCACCGAGUUAGACAACGAAGGAAUGGGCAUCUCGGGCAAGGCAUCUCUCCAGACGUACGCUCAGCUGUUGCGCAAUCUCGGCUGGAGUUAUUCCUAUCGCAUGCCCGGUGAUGAUAUGCGACGCUGUUUCUUGAUCCAAUGCACGGCGACCAUCCAGGACAACAUGAACCGUGUCAUUGCCUUCCAUCGCAGUAACCAAAUCGCCGUCAAGGUGAGGUCUUGAUGUAAUUUCUAUGUUGCAUUCAGAAAUACAUUCACAGGGAUAUAAUCUUAUUCCGGAAAAGUAAAGUUAGGUCAUGUUUGUACGAUUGUUGUCGCAGCCACUUACAAACUGAAACAAAAACGCUCAUCAAACACUUUCAGCAGAUAGUGCAGGGUGAUGAGUUAAUGCGUACACGCUGUUGUUUGCCCCAAACAUAAACGCAGGUGACAAUCUGUUUUUAUUAUAAAUUGCUAGUCAGGUCGCGCUUAACCAUUGCGUCUAAAAUCCUUUUAACGUACAAGCGCAGCUACUUUGCCCGAAGGGCCUGUACUUUCAAAGCACUUAUACUACUAAUGCAUCAAUUAUUUGACAAAUUAAUUAGAAUACGUCAUUACAUCCGCACUAGCAGCGGGGCAACGAAAACCCUGUCUUAUGGUUUGUCUAAUAAUUCAUUUGACAGCGUGUUCAGGUCGACGGGUGUUCGGAGCAAAUGGUUACCCUUGCGUCUCUGUCAUCCGGUACACACACAAACGUGACGAGAGGCCAAACCAUACUGAGCCCCGAUCGCUCUAGGCUAAGGACUUUUCGGAGGCCGUCGGACGCCUUUGCGUACUACUUGGAUCUGGAGUUUCACACUAACCAAAAGUAAUCAUCAGGUACUAUCUACUGAGACCAAUAGACUCACUGGUACGGUUAGUAAGGUCUGUUGUUCAUAAUCGGAUUGAGCGCAGUUGCGGGCAAAGCAACUACGUCGGGAUAAAGUGUAAGAUUGUAUCGAACGCGAAUAGUCGAACAAGUGACAGGAAUGCAAAUAUCCUAACGUCUAAGUCAUAGUUCAUUGGUCAGGACCCUGGUACCACGUUCAAGUUUGAUGAGGCCGAAAUUCUUUCGCUAGAUGUGACAACCGCGUGGAUGGUGAGCUGCUUUUGUCAUUGGCCGCUGGCCCCGGUCUGGUUCCAGGCGUGAUAACCUCCGCCUUCCAUAUUCUCUGCUGUGACUUUACCUGGGCAAUGUACGGCGAGUGACCGAUCUCAUGAAAUGUUCGCUGAUAUUCUAAAAUGAGCUUUUAGUUAGGAUGGAUUACUUAAGUAGGGAUGUAAUACUGAUUACCAUGCGACAUCAUGCUAUAAUAUUUCGUACUAACCAGGGUGUCGGCUUUUUAAUGUACUUUUUUUAAUCUCCGUAGAGACCGCACUUGCUAAAAAUGCUUUAAAUGUAGUAUGAAUUUUUCCAUUUAUUUUCAGUGGUCUUAUAAAUUUAAAUAUAUUUUCUAGAAAACAUGCAAAAGCGCGUAGUCUUUGCGUUUUAUGUUUAUUUAGGUUUUAAAAUGUUUCUACAUAUGAGAUUUUUUAAGAUAGUACCAUGUCCACUUAUACGACAUCGUACGUGUCCAUUUGCCAGUGCUUCUUAUUAAAUGUACUAGACAGUCCACAUUCCCUGCAAAAUUUUAUGAACUCUAUAUUGUACCCUUUUAAAUGCAUAUAUAUCAUUUUCCUUACGCGGAAAGCGUGCAGUUUGUGAACUGAAAUAGCUAUAUGCUUGUGCAACGGCUGAUCAGACACAAAAUUAUUCGGGAAUUGGGAAAUUUUUUCAAAACGUAAAUGUGCCCUUUUUCAAAUAGAAACAGGUAAAAAAAACUUGAUUUUUAACCAAACGAAUAAAUGUGAGCAUAUUUUGUGCAUGUUUUCUAUAAAAUAUGUUUGAAAUUAUAAGGCCAUCAACAAUUAGCCUAAAAAAGACGUGCUAACUUAUUAGUCCUUUUUGCCUAGUGCGGUUUUUGUAGGAUGUCGAAAAGCGGAGCAUUCAAAAGCCUAUAUCAGGGCAAAUUCUAAAUAUUACGGGAUAAUGCCACAAAGUCAAUGCAACCAGUCACAACGAAGCAAGCAUGCGACCGCUGUUUCCAACGCCCGUAUCAGUGAGUCAGAUAGCCUAAUAUUCAUCACGCCAUCAUCCAACGCGUGUAAUGAAGUUGGAGCGAUUAACAACUCGAUCGCUGGCCAACACGCCAUUACCGCACCAAUGGCAACUGUCCUCGAUGAGUGGGGAAGGCGUUAAUUUUCAUAGGUGUGCAACAUCACAACAACUGCAUGCUGUAGAUACGGCAGCCCCUUGUGCACGAAGUACUUAUAUCCGAUGCUGCCUACGGUGCUGGGUUUUGGCAUGAAGCAAAAACGUUAAGAGAAUAAAUCCAUCGCAUAAGCCUAUUCGGUCGCAUGUGCAUUCAAGAAAACCUGUGGUAGGUAUGGAUCGAGUUAAGGCCCCCAAAAAUAUGUGGCAUGCAAAGAAUACCUAAUCUUUGAAGUGGAUUUAGGUCCGACAAGAUUAUUUUGGUUUGAUGUUUCAUCGUUCAAGGUUGGGUCGUCUGUUGUAGACGGUGUGAUGCACUAUCUACACUGAUCUCAUGUCAGAGAGCUGAGAAGCGAUCGUUGCAAAAAUUUAAUGUUUAUUUUUUAAUAUCCUGCUUAAUUUUGGUUGUUACAUGUCAAUGCGUUAAAAAUUUUCUAACCGAAAAACAAACUUACUAUUUUUCUAUAUUUAUUUGGCAAAUCCUCUAUUCAUACAUAUGCCCUGCCCAUGAAAUCCCUAUUACCACAUUCCCCGUAAGACAGGCACCUUUGGCUGGCCUUGUGUAUUUGGGUGCCAUCUCCUGAUCAUUACACUGUGGUAAAUCACCGCGUACCUAAUCACAUCGCUACACACAUCCCCUACAACAUGUCUCAUCACUGGAACCUCUCAGCUAAGUAGAGAGUUGGCUUUUCGGCUCCCUUUUUCAUGUGGUUCGUCUGCUGUGUGUAAGAUCCCAACAUUCCUCUUCCUCGUGUGUGAAAUAUUUGUGUGUUCACGUGGGCGGUCAGGUCGUUGUGUGUGUGUGCGACCCACGAGUCGAGGUCUAUAGCUUUAUUAGCCACCGCGCCUACUUCAAGUAGCAGAUGUUUGACCACCUAGGACAGUGGGGGGUUGAACGCGAGUGAGGUCGACGGUCUCAGCGUAUGUUUCUCACUCUAGAUAAUUUAACGAUCAUAAAGCCCUGAAGGUGCGCUAACAACCGUGGCAAGGGACGGGUUCAGUCUGACCCCACAGUCAGCCCAGCGAGUUUGACUGUAGUGGCGUACUCGUGGGCUGAAAACCAGGCUGCAAUGCCUCCUUCUUAGUGUAGCCUAUAUUGCACCUUCAACUACUGGGAUCAGAGCUACCUGUUACCCUGGUGACCUUACGCUGUAUACCGUAGGGUGUGGUGGCACGCCAAUGUGAAGGACUAACUUAAAAUAUUAAGUAGUGGGUAUGAUAUCAUGGAACGCAGACAUCGCGAUGUCUGCUUAGAGGAAUUUUCGCCAUGAUCGCAAAGUCAAUGGACUAAUAAAUGCUAGAAACCAUAGUCAAGCGUCAACUUCUAUAAAUCAACUGAAAUUAAGCUUUUAUUUUAGCAGUAGAGGAUACCAUUCUGGCUGAAGGCCGGGACACUCUCUUGUUCUCAAUAAGCUACCGCUUCACAGCAGUAAAGUGCCGAGCCCUUUUCGGCUGUGACAUGCAGCGGCAGAAUAUCGGCGAAGCAUGCGUGCCUGGACUUUUCGCUAGUACCUAUGCUGCUAGUAUGGUGUCCUAGAACUCUAAAAAUAUACUAAAAGCUGUGUUUCGGCAAUUAAUGGAUAUUACGCGGUCAUUCCGCUGUAUCUGAUAAACUUCUGCACAAAUUUUCAUAAAUUAAAUCCCUGUCUGCGCCUGUAGACCCUGGUAUAAACUGAAUUACUUCAAAUUAGCAGUUAAUUUCAAAGAAAAUCAAAAAGCGACUGUCAAGCAACUUGUUAUACAACUAUUCUUCCUAAAGGGAUGCGCGAAAAGAAUAAGUAUUUUAAGCACACCGGAGUGUCAAUGCCUAGACGACGUCCCUCCUUUGUUCUCUGUAUGUCUCCAAAGCGUUUGCUUGAUUCCCUCAAAUAUACUGUGGUACAUUAAACUGUUGUUCAUUUCGACGAACUGUCUUCCUCCGAUGAAAGUGCAUUGUUUAAAAUUACGAAAUUAAAAUUCUUUUGGUCUCAGCUAGGCUCCUUUCAUAAGCGAAGACUGGAAUAUCAUUUGCCAUCACGCAGUAGGGUUUCCUAUUGCAAUUUUCAUUACGCAGUAUCAACAGUUAGUUUUAUCACCAAACAUAUGAAAAAUCUUGCUUCCAUGCUGUUUUAUUAGUCUUGGUCAGGUAAGCGUGUAUUCACGGAGAAGUUGGUUAAAGAAGCUGAAGUUUUACUCAGAACUCGAUAUAUCUCCGCACAUGUGUGUCUAUAUGUCUGGAAUUUCAGCUGGAGCUGGUGGACUCGCCGGAUUCCCAAUAUGGUUCUUCGUUUGCCGAGUCAAACGACUCACGGGAUCUGGGGCAACACCUAACCAUACACGCCGGUUUACCAUCGUCUCCUCGACCAAGUUCUCUCAAGUCCACCUUUCAACUGCAUGGUGGGGCCAAACGCAACCGAAAGGUGCGCUUAUCAGCCUGAAGUAUCUACUGUUAUGCAUUGUAAUCACGCUACUAACUGUUACGCAGUAGGCUCUUUUUCUUCAUUUUUUAGUACAAUCCCGGUUAUUGGGCUGCACUGGUCAUUCUCGUGAUGGCCUUUGUGAGCAUCAUAACAGGUUUUGUGUGGGUGCGUGUGCAGUCCCGAAAGCGUCGCUCGCCCGCAUACUCACACAAAGUUCUCAUGCGAUCUUUCGUGGCCGCAAAUCCACACUGCGGUUUCGACGAAGAGACCUGGCUUCGUGACGCUGGCAGUCCGGACAUGCAGGCCCCGGUCGCCGGGACGUCAAGGUCGCCAGCGAAACCGGAUGAGAAGGAUGAGGAUGGAGAUGAGAACGUGUGGAUUCCAGUGAGACGGGAAACCAGUCCGUCGACAGAGACCCUGAAGGAUGAGAAUCUGUUGAAACUGGCAACUGUGAUGGAUAAGCCAAGUAGACAGGUCCAUUUUAUUCUAAAUCCCCUGUUGGCGGUGAGAAAAACACUGAACGCCGGCUCAGAGUGGACCAGUGAUGAGAGCGAUGAGGAUGAAAGUGUAAGAUGUCUUAUUGGGCUGGCGGAAAUGCAUAGAUGUUAAUCUGUGCAUGCUUUUUGGGGUCCUGUCUGUCGAAUCCAAAUUUGAGAAUCUAAUAGCUUUUUAAAUGAUAUUUCCAAAAGCUUCGAAAAUUUUCCUUUAAAAAAUACAAAAGCUUAUUUGACUAAAAUACAUCUGGCUUCGAUAAAUUCUGUUCAGGCUAGCGCAUUUAUAUAGCUAUUGAAAUAAUGAAUCAAAAAUAUGGGCAAGUAGAUAAUUACGCUGUAGCUGGGGAUUGAUGGGGGUAUGAAAAGUAAAACGCCAAAAUUCCAGUCGCAGUCAGGAAGAAGUUGGGGGUCAGGGAAGGGUGAUUCGUACGGCUUAAUUCUAAAUAUAACUUAAUCAGCUGUACAAAAAAGUGUAAGAAGGAUCUAACCAACAGGCCGCAAGUUUGAGCCCAGGGUGUUCCACACUUCGGAGUUGGGUAUAACUGGCUGACGACGGCUAAUAAGCCAGAAAUGGCCACUCCACUCCCCCUUGCCUUUGUCGGUAGUAACAUUCUGCCCGUGUCAUGCGCCGCUGUGCGGCUGUUGUUUGGGCUCAUGUGAGAGCCCAUAAGGCAUCACGGAACGAUUGAGUUCCAUAAGAACGAUCGGAGAGCGUCCCCUACCAUUAAGAAGGAUCUGUUUACCUGAUGGAAUAGAGCUUAGGGUGAUCGGAAGUCGUUUUCCCCAGAACGGAUGUCCUGAUCGAUUUAUUGCUAAGAACAUGGUCAAAAGAAGGGCUUAUUAUCAGGGUCCAAUUUCAAGGGGACGGGCCAAGUGAACUUUUAAGAAGAAACAUAAUUCAAGCUGUGCCAAGGACCUUUCCGGCAGCUGGCGCCCGUAUACUCUUCGCUAGUAGUCCUAUCCUAUAUGGAGGGGCCAAGGACAAACGAACAGCUCAAACCAUCUCUGUGUCUAUUUACUUCUUCACCAGCUCCUGUGGAAUAGAAUAUAUUGAUAACACGAGCUGGUGUUUGUCCAAAAAUGUAAAAAACAUUUUCCAGCAUGACUAGGCAAGGGUCAUACGAAGAACGUUAAAAGCUCUAUCCUCGCGCACAUGGUAUAAGCAGACCAUCGUAUAGACUCUAGUGUGGUCUUGCGAGUGUUUCGCAAAGUUCUGUCAAGCUGUCCAAAAUGGAUUGCAGAACGUAUGUUGACAAAGGAAGAGCCGACUGCAAUCAGGGUACACAAAACAGUCGUUUGUGCACAGAAAAACUUUAUACAGGUCCCACUGUUGCCAUGGCCGAAGGACACCAAGCCAGUCAUCCGCAUAUAAUUACCGUUCUGGGGUGUCCACCUUCUCCCUGACGCUAACAGUAUUUUUGGUUAUUCACUCUCCCCCCGUAGACCCGAGAUACAACAUUAUUAUCUAUUUGGCCGUAUUUUUCGGUUCAUUAUUUCAAUGGCCAUAUAAAUAUACAGGUCCAUCAGAUAGAUCAUAGCAACUUCGGUGGGACAAAGUUCAUCACCGUCUCGCCACCCCACAUCUGGCAACCUCAGCAGAACAAGUACAAUAGGUGGGCCACCUCAUAAAAUGUCAACCAAAAUUUCGAAAUGCGUUCACGUUUCGAAAAGAAUAGUUGAGUAGGGUUGGAAAACUAAACAGUCUGCAGUACAAUUCUAUGAUGAUCCAGUUCCGCGGGGUAUCGGCUUUCGAAUGAAAUUAUUUUCGACUGUAUGCAAGACCUAUGUUCUGAAGAGAAGAUUACUUAAUUAGAAUGCGAUUUUUCCAUUUAUUUUCAAUGCCCUUGAAAAUUCAAAUUUAUGUCAUGGAAAAAUGCCUAAAAAUGUCCAUUCUUUUACGUAUUCAGUAGAAAAUCACGUCUUCUUCCAAUUGCAUAUUCAAAAAAAGAGUAUAAAUCGGUUCUAAAAAACUUUCAUAAUUGUGGGCUUUUCUAAUAUCGUUAAAUGGCCGUUCAUAACGUCAUGUAUCUGCGUUUACGCAUGUGGCUUGUAAAAUUAACAAUAUUGCUCAAAGUCACUGCUUAAUUUUAUGAACCUCAUAUGGUCUUCUCUUAACACCGCAGACAAAUGCAUGGUUUUUAAUACACGAAAAUAUACAGCUUGUAGUUUUGUAACCCUGAAUGCAAAUGUAACAGAAGGUCGGGUUCAAGGUCGGGUCGAGAAUAAAAAAAUUUUUUAAAAGCGGAUUAUACUUUUCUUUUAAGCAUAAAAUCGGAAGAUGUCAUUUGCUAUCGAAUAAGUAGAAGCGUGAACAGUUUUAUGCAUGUUUUCCAUAAAAUAUAAUGGAAAUUUUAAGGAAAUCGAAAAUAAAUGAGAAAAUUGAAUUCGAAUUAAGUAAUCAUUUUUUCAGAGCAUAGUUCUUGCAUACUGUCGAAAAUAAGUUCUUUCGAAAGCAGACAUCCUGAGGUAAAUGUAUCAUUAUAGAUUUGUGCUGCAUCAUGAUAAGUUUUAGAACACUACUUAAUUUAUCUUUUCGGAACGAGAACUCGUUUCGAAAUUUUGGUUGACAGUUCAUGAGUUAGCACAAUACUGUAACUUCUUUCAAAAGCCGACACCCCGAGGAUCAUGCUUUAUGAUGAUAAGUUUUACAUCCUUACUUGUUUAAUCUUUCCGAAACGAGAACACAUUUCGAAAUUUCGGUUUACAUUUCUUGAGUUAGUCCGCCUUCCGUACUUAGGUUUUACGCAUAUUAACUGAGCAAUAAAACCCUAUUGGUGCCCAGUUUUCGGCGAUCACCAUCUAGGCACCAUACCUCUGUAUUUGCCGUGUUGGCACAGCAGACGGCCAGUUUGCUGAAACCGCUUGGAAACAAUAUAGGGUUAAACCAGGCUAAUUCUGUUCUCUGGAAGCGUAGAAAUUUCAACGCAAACCUUUUAAAUGUAAGGCACUGAGCACAGCAGAUCUAUCUCAUCAUCAAGGAGUUUAACGGGAAAAAGGAGACCGCGAUUGCGUCUCCAGAUAAUUUGUCGCCAUCAGCCUGCUACAAGUUUACCCUCUGUUCAGUUGGUCAUUGGACGUUUCACCUGACUGGUCGAGCCAUUAUCCAGGCCAAGUAGGCCCUAAUCGCGAAUCUUGCAAAUUAAAAAGAAGUGACAUUCGCUAAUCUAGUGUCCUCGAUGUGCGGUCGAUUGCGACGAUCGUCGCUUCAUGCGCAAGUUCUUUGGCCUUGCGUUCUAGCCAGCUAAGUGAGCACUAAGCGUUGGCGCUUUUCAUUACUUACGCAAAUACUGACUACGGCCAGCCUAUGAUUAGUGUUCAUUGAUGUAUUGUACUGAAUAUAUUCCCUUCAAGAAGCUAUCUUCCCAAUACGUCCACUACUAUAUGAACACACGCGAAGUAUCCAGCGUAGAGACCGUACCUGUUUUAACGCAAAACUACCUCAUAUAUACGGCCUUGCGGUCCGAUUUGAUUAUGUAGCCGCAACUGAGGUAAACAAAACCCAGCCGCCUGUAAUACGAGAUCGGGAGGUGAUAGGUAAUUUGCAGACGGGGCCGGGGAACGAGCAGGUGACGAGGUCAAGUAAUUUUAUGCAAAAGAAAAUCUAUUGGGAAUGCGCAGUUGUAUUUUGAGUGGUUAAAAAAAUAGUUGCCUUAAUUCCUAACCCUAACCCCCUAACGCCUAACCCAUAGCACGGACCCUAAACCCUAACGGUGUUUUGUCUAGCAGGUGCAGCUGCAUAGCCACACCUUUCUGGCCUUCCUAAUUAUAGACAUUUCGGGAAAAAUCUGAAAACUACUGAAAUGAACAACGACGCUUACAGCCAUCAAUGGCCAGCGUACUUACCAUUUCUAGGGGCUAGACGCGGAAAUGUUUUGCACCUAAGUUGGUGUGCCCGCUAGCACAGAAACGUUUUGUUGAAAUGAGUCGAGAGCAAGGGAGGCAGGACUAUUGCGUUUUCGUCUCUUAUUGAGCCUAAGAAUCAGGUUAUUUUUUGGCCUCUUAGUCAGAGCGCAAGUCGUUUAUCCGCAUUCUCUGUCCGGGCAACUAAGCGCUUUUUUCUUGCAAAACUGCCAAGGAGGACGACGAUUUUGAACCGAGCGAAAUCCCACGCAGUCUCAAGGGGACAGAAGUAACAACAGGAGUGGAGCCGGCUCUUCUUGACUACGAUCAGGUGCCCCUGAUUUUGGACACCCCUAGGCCCUCACCUACGCGUCCAGGUCCCUUCAUGGAACAGGCCAACAAGAAAGAAGACAGUCUACCGGACAAUUUUGUUUCCAGCACGACAAACAUUACCCCUGUGGCCGGUUCUUCGAGAGGUGCAACCAACGGCUGA